UACGGACCACUCAGUGGUAUACCAGAGGGGUAUCAUGACUAUUUAUAACCAGCAAUUCUCGGUUAUCAAUUUUUCAGCCGCUACACCGUGCUGUCGUCGGUUGUAACGCCGCGGUUAGAGACAACAACACGCCGAGUGGAGCAGGAUGUAAACGGAAGCGGGUAAGUUGUGCCGAUUGUAAGUUUCCCGUCUGCUCCUAUUUUUACUUGUUUGGGCUGCGUGGUUCGGCGAGUUUGCUGUGCUCUUGGUUUUGGUGCCACACGGGGACCCUGACACGGACCGGACAGGGCAGGAGAGGACGCCGUGUUGUCUUAUCGACCCUGGUCUCUGUCAGUUUGUAUGUGUGUGUCUGGUUGAAGGGGGUCUCGUCUCUCACACACACCGAGGUGACGUCGACUGCGCCGCGUCCGGUUUCUAUGGUUGUUCCUGGGAAAACUGUGUGCUGGUUCGUGAUCCACACUGCUCGGUGGGAAUGAGUAGUAAAAUGUGAGGUCGGAAAUGCUUGUCAGGGGUUGAUGAGAGGAGAGGAAAAGGGGGAGGCACCUGCGAGACGGAGCAGGUCGGUCAGCCUACCGUGGUGUCAAGUUUACGUUAAUCACGAUACACUUUCAGACGUUUUAGUCAAGCGGAGGAGUCAUUAUCAGAUCAGCUCCAGCCACUGCCUCUCAGCCUCAUAAUGACUACGUGUUGUUGUCAAGGAUUUGCCGUGUGAGGUGAGUCAACCCACCGCAAACUGAAAACGCUUCUCCGAUCAGCUGAUGUAUUUAAACCUCUUAACUUUAGCUCAUAAACAUGAAAGUGCUGCAGGCCUGAGCGAGAGAAGUUUACCUCGUUACUGCUACAGAUAAUCUCGGGAUCUUUCUGAAGCCCUGCAUGAGUGCAGCUGCAGCUUUAUAGACAUCUCAGAGGAAACUUAACUUUUAACAGUAUACUCUGCUGGGCUGUGGCAUGUAGAUUCCUGCAGCACUGAACUUUGUCACCAGAAGUGAUCAAUGCACAUCUGCAAAACACAGCUGAUGUUGCUGAGACAACUUUGUCCAUCUCUUGCAAAGUUUGCGUCUGCUGGAAUAACCCAGGGUGAUAAUGCAGCGUCUCUUUAGGGGGCCUCAGAAUUUAAUAUGUAACUAAGCUGUCGCUGUUAAGGGUCCGGCUAUUUGUGGCAAAAAAAGUGCUUUUGGUUGUGGGUAAUUGUGUUGAAUUUUGCGCACUGUAAUUUUACCCUUAAGUUGGAGUCACUUAUAUUGGGGAUAUACGGUAAAGUACAGUGCUGUAGAGUCUUGUGCAUGCAGAAAAGCGCUACAACCCAUACACAAACUGCACAUAGUCCUGAAAAUAAUUGUGUGUCAGACUUCUAUUUGUGUCAUGAACUAGCAACUUAAAGAAAUGCACGCACUUGUCUUUAUCUCAGAAAACAAAAUGUAUUAAGGUUGAAUUCCAGUAACACAGUUUUGUUGGCAUUGUUUCAGAAAGUCUUAGAAACUAGAUAGGUAACAGUUCUCGGAAGAAUGAAAUGUACAAGGAAGUUAAAAUAGAUUACAAAAGUCACAAGUUAUCAAGCCAUAAAAAUACAACUGAGAAAUCUCUCAGACUUUUCAGUUUUCACUAGAAGCGUAUUUGGAAAGAUGACAGAAAAAACUUAAACUAUGUUUGUUCAUGAUUACAUAAAUUCAAAAACAAAAAAAAAAAGGAGAAAGUAUAAUUUUUUUAGCCAAAAGGCAAAAUGGUUAGAGCCCUCAAAAUCAACUCAUACAAUUAAAUCCUCCAUACAAGAGGGCAACACUAUGCAGACAUACAUGCCAACUGACAAGAGCUGCUUUUGUGUUCGUAAGCAUCUUGAAGAAACUCACAGUUGUGCUAAGAUCUGUAUCAGCACAGUUCAUAUUCUCUUGAGGUGAAUAUUCCAGCAUUUGUUUCCCUUUUUGUUACCUUAUAAGUUUAAACCUGGGAAUGAUUUUACAAAACAAUCUGAGUAAAAAUAAAACAUUGGAAAUAAUGAGAAAAUCAGACAUUUUCAAAGUCCCUCUGUAGAAAGAUUAAAAGGUCAUGACUUCUGCUUUGUUUCAUGUAUGUUAUUCAGGCUGUAGUGAAAAACUUACAUCAUCUACAACCUUUUUUGACCCAAUGCAGAGAGAAUCUGCAAAUCAAACAGUGCUGCUGUUUUUUUGUUAUUUCUCUCUGCUGUAAUUCAAAAUCUUUCUUUGUACAGCAGCAUUUUUGAAAACCUUGGAAAAUUACCCUUAACACAUUACUACACACUUGGGUUUAACGUUUGAAGUACUUGUUGCAACGUAGAAGACAGAAGCAGACAUCUGGUGACACACACGUCCUUCCUGAUGAUAAGUCGGCUUCCUUGUAAUUCCACUGCAUGCGCAUAAGAACACCAAUGUAUCGUACUAAAAAAAACAUUCAAAGCAAAAGCUUGAGCACCCACAGAUAAAGUAAUCCUCUCAUUUUUUUCAUUUAUUAUUGGUAAACCAAAAAUAAAGUAAAGCUAUUUACCAUCCUAAGAAGUACUGCCGCAUUGCUUAAACUCUGUUGUUGUUGUUGUUAGUGUUGUAGGAUUGCUUUAUCUUGGCGUGCAGGAGUUUUGUUUGCUUUAUGAACGAUCUCCUGGAGCUUUUUUGGCUGCUAUUUUUCACAUUUUCAUAAAAGCACCAUACAGUAUGGUUAGCAUUCAAAAUGUUUGUUUAGUGACUUAUAUCUGUAUUUGUAAGAAGGCUUACCGUCAUGCUGACUGAUAAGAUGUUGUUUGUCCAAGUGCAUGAGCAGAUAGCGCUUAAACCCUGUGUGCUCAUUUGAGGGUAAACAGGACAAACAUUGCAAACAUAAAGGAGACCUUCAAGCUUCAUUUAAAAAGUUAAAAAGUUAAGUUUUUGAACAUCAGGUCACUGAGUAAUUACACUUUUAAACAUGUUGAAUAAAAAGCUCUUCUCAGUAAUUUAACUCGCUUAACCAUUGACGGUAAAAUCUUACAUAACACGGCUCUGUGUUUCUGUGGUGGUAGUGCUGAUGAUGUACCUCCAAAUAGUACUUGAGAUAGUUACUCUGUACCAAACAGUGGUAGUUCACUGCCUGUUCAACAGUUGGCUACAGAUUUAGUGAGGGUGAUGUUCUUGAAAAAGCUGAUAAUGACAAACACACUCCCUGGUCUGGUGACAGCAAACAAAAAGUUUAUUUGAAGGUUGAUAAUGGAGUAUUUGUGAAUUGACUUUAUUUACCGCUGUUGUUUUUCUCAUUCGCACAGUUUGACCUACACACACAGCUUGUCAUUCUUCAUCCCUCUGUGGGCUGUCUGAGUGUUUCUGCUCCGAGAUUUUGAUUUGAUGUUUAUCACAGUUUUGGAACAGGUGGUAAGAACUAGACAUUUGUGUGUUGGAUAAGUCUGUUUUGGCUAAAUGUGUUUGAUACCAUCUCUACCUCAUUAAGAUGUAAAAAAUAAACUGAUGAGGUGAACACUGUUUCCUUUUUAAAUUGCCCUGAUGAGUUUGGUAAUGAGGCUGAUAUUAUCCUUUGGGUUAAUGAUACUUGGCUAAUUAUAAUUUGGUGCAGUUUUUUUUCUAUUAUAUCGUCUGUUAUCACAGUCAGACAUAUGGUAUCAUUUACUAUGGCACCGCUAAAGACCACUCACUGCGAUAGGCUCGGCUUCUCCUUUGUCUCUUGGAACAGUUAAGUAGUUGGGCCACUAUUACUCCAUGGUAUGUGGUUUUCACACUGACGUAAAAGAAACUGAGUGGUUGAGCCCCCAGAUGAGGUCACAAAGCAUCUGUACUUAAAGUCAGUGUGUGUCGAGAAGCCAAACACAUGCUGGAACAGUCGCUCUGUGUACAAGUUGCAACAGAGGACAGAGUACACAGCUGAGUAAGUUUUCAACUUUAUUUAUCUAGCUUAUCUAUCUCCCCUUUUUACUUCGUUUUUAUUUUAGAAUUUAGAUAGUCUGGUUUCUGAUAAAUGCAGUAGAACUUGUUGAAAUUAGUAGCAGUGGUUAACCUUAUAAAUAGGUUGUUAUCUAAAUGGGCUGCAACAGUUAAAGUUGGAACUGACCUAUAAAGAAAAUCACCGUUGGAUAUGGAUCAUUUCUACUAAAUUAAGCCAGAUUUUAAUGUGUUGAUAAUGUAGGUUAAUGGCGAUAGGAAAGUAGAAUUCAGGCUGAUGCUUUGGGUAUGAUUGUGUAUUUGCACAUUUAAAACUCAUUCUUCUAUGAAAGGCAACCUAACUGAACGUGGUAGGCAUCUAGUUGUUCUUUCUUUUCUGCACAUUUUGCUGUUCAGUGAACUGUUGUCUCUUUUCACUGCAUCACAAGCUAACUUAUUAUUCAUGUAAUGAGAACCUAUACCGUUAAAAAAUCUGGCAUGGAUUUGCAACCCACAUACCAGCACACCGUUGGUCUAACAGAAGGUUGCCUGCAGUAUUGCUGAAUGUCGCAAGAAACGCACAACACCCUAUGAUUGCUGUUUAUAAGAGGUUGUACAGCCACUAUUUUUGUUAGUCUUUUAGCUCUUAUUUAAAAUCUGAUUGAAAACAAAGUCACCAAAGCAUGUUUUGGUGAUGGCAUCUUUAAAAAAAACUUAAGCGAUAAUAUAUCUUAUGUAGUUUGAAACGCCAAUGAACCAGCCGGAUGGAAUUAUUUGCUACCGAGGGGUACUUCUUUUGUUACGUUAAGAUAGUAAUGCUUUAUAAAUAAAUGCCAUAUAGUCUCAAUAAUGACAGAUGCGUGUUUUUUUUUCACUGUACUUGUACUAUUAAGGAUUUUAUCAUAGCCGAGUGUUUAAAAAAGUCAGGUUACCAAUGUUAAAUUAUACAUUAAUACUUAAGGUUAACCCAUUCCUGACCAAGUAACAUGGAUUUGAAGUUGCUCAGUGCAAAUAGCUCUUAAAAGGUUCCUGGCAGGGAUCUUUGGGUUAAUAGUAUUAUUUGAUUACCAUUCAUUUCCUCAUUUGUAAUGGUUUGCCUGUGGUAGUUUGUCUAAGUGAACAGAUAGGCAGAGCUGUAAUUUGCCUGCAAGAUUACCAACCAAGGGUUAAUGACUUAAACUCUCUCGAUACUCAGGGUGAGGCCUUUAACAAUGCUGCUGAACACAUUGUGUCAGAGAAGAUAUUCACUCAUCUAAUUAUUGCCAAUUAGGCCACAGGUACAACUUGAUUGUCACCUUAUUACUGGAAUAUGUAGAACCUCCUCUUUCCAGUUCUAUAAUUGUUCUAUCACGAAGACUCAUGAUGAUACUCUUGUUUUCGGUGGCAUCCUGAUGUGAGAAUUCAAAUAUUCGUUUAUUAUUGAGGUUAUUGCUUCAGUGGUGAUGUAAUAGACAAUAUUUUGUUAGGUAGAUGUUUUCUUUUGUACCAUUUACUUACACAAAGGGUGCAGAGACACUGUAACUCCUCAAUUAUUUUGUCCAUCGCAACAGCAUUGCUGACCAUGACCUCCAUCGCAAACGGAUAAUUAGAUUUAAACAUUCAUGAAAAGUGAGCAUGCUGAAUGGCCGGGCUGUUGCACUGGAUUGCAUUACAUAAUACACUCAAUUCAGUGGCCACACAGUGUACUUUAUACACAAGAAAAGGGGGCUGAACUUGGUGAUGAAAUGCUGAAAGCUUGGAUGCAUCAACAGUGUCCGUUGAGGGUUAGUAAGCAAUGGAGAGAUGCCAGCUGGCAGCAAGCGAGGCACAUCAUCUGCAUCUCAAAAUCUUGCCAGAAAUCAGUGUAACCAUUGCCCCAAAUCUCUGAAAUUAAAAGACCUUCAGUAGUUGUAAGCAGUCAGCAUCUAAUGUCGGGUUAAUAACUUGAUGUCUCUUUGAAAACAAACACAAUAUUGAUUGACUAUAUAGUAUGGUAAACAAAAAGAAUAGUCUAAUAUGUUAAAAUCAAGAUUAAAAAGUAGCUACUCUCAAUACUGUGGCUUUGAUCGGUCUCGAAUAAGGUUGGCACUGUGCUUUCUAAUCCAAAACUACUCAGAGAUGUUUAACUAAAUGAUGACUUAAAAGCUCAGUGAAUUUUCCCAGCCACCUCUUAACACAUCUUUCUUGGUUCACUACAAACUAUCUGGGGAAUAUAUUUAAGUGCUUCUUUAUUCAUUUGGAGUGUGGCAUAAUUGCACUGAAAGUGAAAUUCGCAGGUUUUGUUUAUUGGAUGGGUAAUGCAGGGAACACUGAGUGAUUACAGAAGGCUGUAACAUUUGCAGAAAGAUUCAGUUGGGUUAGGAGAACAAAUGGGACUGCACAGAAAACACAGUGAAGCGGCAGAGCAUUUAAUGCAGUCCACUAAACUCAGAGUUGCCCACUGUAAAAGUACACUUUUGAUUGUAGUCUCAGUGGACUAGUGGCACUGCUGACUUUGGUCACUUGAAGCAGUCGUUUAAUGGUGAAAUCAUAUCAGAUAAAAAUUACUGCAUGAGUUUAUGCUGGUGAAGGUGCUUGCUCUGAACAUCAAAUCUAGUCUGUAACCCUGAGGUUUAUUACAUUUUCAUUCACUAGGUUGAGUUUAAAGUGCUUUUGUCCUCUGAUGGCCUGUAGCAGCAUAUCAUCCAGAUCUCUUCCACAAAAUGCCCUCACUCAGUUCAAGAUCAAAUGGUAAAGACGUGUGCUGUAGUUAUUUUUCUGGUGCCGAAAGUGUUAAUUUUUGCAUAUACUACGAUCUCACAGCAUCCAGGGCGUAGCCUGCCUUAAUAACACAACUCAUCCUCCUCCGUCGUAGGACGUUGUACCUAAGCAUUUUCCUUUCGCAAGCUUCAUCUACCAAAUCCCUCCAUGGGAAUGUAAUUACCAAAAUUUGCUGCUACGUGUAUGAUUGCACCAUCAGGUGUGGCCCUGACAUCCCACUCACUGCUCCCUGUGGGAUUAUCAAAUGUCUGUACUCAGCUGAGCUGUAGUACACCUGAUCAAACCAGCUGUUGUGCUGCCCUUCAUCCUCAUGGACCAAACAUUUUGAAUUUGUUGUCUAACACUUCAGUUUCAGUCUACAAAUGUACCUUUUAAAAGCUGAAAGUUUCCACAAAGGUUACUGCUUUAUUCCUGCCUCUGUUCCUUAUGCCACCGACUGUUGAAGCAACUGCAAAGGGAAAAAACAACCUCAAUUUGGAACCAAGUGUUCUAAGUUUAGCCUUAUGCGAAUAGUUUCCCCGUGGAUCUUGGCGUGUCUACAGUGUAACAGCCUUAUUUGUAUUACAGUUUUCUGGUUAAAGAGGGCCACCAAAGAAUGACUUUUGUACGCCAUCACCAGCUCUGCUAAACCUGCGUAUAUUCAUCCUCUUUUCUUUUGUUCCCUGCCAGGUGAGCUGUGACUGUCCCCUUCCUUGUCUCUCUGUGCACCUGCAUGUACCGUGAGCAGCCCCGGCCUGUCGGAGAGGCGCUGUGCUCAGAGACUGUGCUGCACUAGGAGGACCCAUGGCUUCUGGCCCUCAAUCUUCUUCUCUAGACCGCAGGCUCAGGUUGCUGGAAUUGCUUCUUGGGCCUCUGUUGGUCUUGCUGAUUUCUGGGCUGGUACCAACACUUGGUCAGAAGGUCUACACCAACACAUGGGCUGUACACAUACCUGGAGGUCAGGAGGAGGCUGAUCGUAUCGCUGAUAAACAUGGGUUCAUCAACUUCGGACAUGUAAGUAACAACUGCAUUGUUAUUUAUUUUUUUAUUUUUUUAUUUUCUCUGUUUUUCUGGCUUUACGCUAAGAUUUAGUAAAGAGUCAAAGAAUUAAAUCACUCUCGAUAAGAAGUGACACAGAGGUCAUGUGUGAUUACAAAACCAAACACAUUCUGACUAUGCAAAUACAGGACUUGUUUGCCUCCUGUGGACAUGCCUUCAAGGAGCUAAGCUUGCCUCUAGGUACACAGUGUGUCCUUGUUUUUUGUCCGUAUUUAAAGGUACCUCGGUGAAAACAAAUAUGAAGGCUCUUGUUUGGCUAUAAUAUGUGUUGUGGUCACCAGGCACUAUCAAUCUGCUCAAAGCUUAUCGGUCAUAAAAAGGAGCUUUCACAGCUCACUCACAUGUAUACACAUACUCUUGGCAGUGGUGUUGCAAUAAGCAGAAUACUUUUGCACCAUUAGAUCAAAACUUCAUGUGACAUUUUUACCUCCUUGUUCUUAGUCUGUUGUCGAACCAGUUGUGAUGGUAGUCACAGCAGCUCUCUGCAGUUAAGUAAUGGUGGGAACAUAUCUGAGUGCCGAGACCUUUAAAGGUUUGACAAGGCUGACAAGGCUAAUACCUGAUCUCCCAUUACAUGUACAGUACAGUAAGUUUUGACAUGUGAAAAGGAACAUAAUAGAACACAUGCGUACGUGUUUUGAUCAACCAAGCAAAUGAUGAACUAAAUACUUAAUGUACACAACAGUUAGAGCUGUGCACCCGCUAUCUGUCUGAGGUCUAAGGUUACUGAUUUAUGCAGAUUUUCGUGUCUGUUUGUCCAGUUUUUGUCCAAGCAGGAACGAAGAACAAAUGUAAAUACCAUAUUUGUAAUAAAUGCUGGUUAGAGAGUUAAUGAAGACACAUAAAGGGUUGAGAUGUAGCCAGAGCUCGAUUUCUGCAGCACCUAUCUGCUAAAAACCCCUGUGUUCAAUCAUAUUUCAUAGAAAAUUCAUCAAUACCAAUACAACAAUUGAAAAUUCUCACAUUCUAGACACCAUGACAACAGCUGCUUGAUCAGAUUUUAACAGACCCCAUCCAAAAUGUUCUGAAUAGUGGCAGCACAUCUCUUUGUCGGCUCUUUUGUCACCAGUUUUUACGUGAAGUCAGAAUUAUAAUGAUGUUGACUCAAUCUUGAGAUGCUUUCCUGUCUCAAAGGUUCAUCUUAAACUUAUCUCUGAACAUCACCACAUCCUUCCUAAAAAAUCUGUAAAACCUGUGAGUAAUUUAGUCUUCAGUCAGAUAGCAGGAAGAUUUUUUUCAUUGAAAUAGUUUUUUUCCUCUUGUUUCUCAUUCUCUCUCUCUCUCCUCCCCAAAAAGUUCUCACUCUGAAACUCCAAUCACUCCUUCAGACUGUAAAGAAACAAGUUAUUUCAGGGUUCAGACAAAAGGGCCUUUUUGGCUUUUAAUCAGCACAUUUUUGAGUCUGCAUUUGACCUCAAACUUUGUGAUUAAUCCUGAUGACCCAACAAUAAUUAUCAACUAAUUUGAAUAUAAUUUAAUUUCCAAGAGUUGUAUUGAACAAACAAAUUAAGAUCAUCUGUUCCUCCCAUCUUGUUAGAAGAAAUGUUUUCACAAAGUAAGGCUAUAAUUUGCUGAUUGCACAAUGUACUUAAAGACCUUUAAUUACAAUAGUUGUGACACGGCACACACAGUGAGCUUUCAAGUAAAACAGAGAUGAUUUUAAUACUGAUGUGCGUUUAUACUCCUCUGAAAAUGAAAAACAAAGCCUCCAAGACACUAUGGGCAGCUCUCCAUGCAGAUGUUUAAUACCAAAGUCUCAAGUCUCCUAGGGAUACGUAUUCUGUUUGCUCCAUAUGGUCUUACUGGUUAUCACCAGGGAUGUAAUUUGUGCUCUGAAUCACAGCACACAGACUAAUGAGUAAUCCUACACACUGGAAUCCUUUAAGUGUGUGUUGCCUGUAGACUGUAGGAGCCCAGACGAAGCAAUAACACCCAUGUAGUUACAAAACUGGGUCUUGGAGGGGAGGAGCUGUGUGGUUUUGUCUUUUCCAGCAACUUGCUUUCUACUAUUUUAUGGUAUUUUGAGGGAUGGAAAUUUGAACAUGGUAUCUGACCUCAGGAGGCUUGACAAAGUCUUGAUGGCAUUUAAAAUGGUAAAAAGCCAUAACAUGGAAUUUUAUGAUGGAGGAGCUCUAACAGAGUCAGCUGGAUAAAUGAUGAGUAAAGCCCUGAGCUGGCUCAAAUCUGGAUCAUGGACUAAAAACAGAUGUACCAGGUUUGGAUCAAAGUGGUUAUUCUUCUAAUUAAACCUCCUUCAUAAACACUGGAUCUUUGAUCUGACAUUAUUUCCUGGUAAAAAAAAAAGCAGUUUUGAAAUAACCUUGUUAAGACCUCCCAUAUAAGAAAGGACAAGGAGCCAAAAAAGGCCAGAUCUGACACGGUGUGUGUUCUGUUCAAAUAACCACAGAAAACAUCGCAUGUUCUCAAGGAACCCAAUCAGUACCUGCAUCCUAUUAAACUCGUUUUAGGCUGCUGGUAUCAACCCAAGCAGUGGGCUCGAGGUGCCAAACAAAAAAGUGAGAUAUGCUGUCAUUGCAAUGGAAAAGAACCACCUAUUCCUUCGAUAAAGGGGGUCCUGUCGUGUUUUAGUUCAUCCGUUUAGAUAAAUGAUCAUCAAAGUUAACCUUGUUCCAGUGUUUCGGCCUGAAGCCUCAUGAGUAAGGUAUCAAGCCUCAGGGCUGAUCGCUGAUAUAUUGAAUUUUUGACUAAGUGGCAGCAGUUUUGGAAUAGAUUUUUCAUCUAAGAGCAUUUUCUAAGAAUAAGACAAUGUCAUGGCUUUUUCUGUAGUCCUCUACAAUGAUAAAACAAACCCUUUUUGGUUGUACAAAGUGUAACAUAGUGAACACAUACUUUGGAAGAUGUCAUCUGAAUAUUUGUGAGUUUUCUGUCAUGUUGUAAACAAAUAAUGAUCUGCAAAUAAAAAAAAACAUCCUUAAAUAUCAUCAGAUGGCUCUGAUUUAAAAGGCCAAUUUAUCGUUUGUCUGAUUAGUAACUUUAAAAGAAAAGGUGUAAUUGUUAAUGAUGAUUGAAAUUGAGAUCUUCAGACAUUCUGUGCUGCCCUGCCUGCUUGCCAGUAAGUCCCUGAUCAUUGAUUUGAAAUGAAACCAUUUCAUUAGAGCAGGUAACAAACAAAUCUUUUGAUCCUUUUUUUUUGCGUUCAGCUGAUGUAAAACGAGCAUCGCUGUGUGAGCCAUGUGUGGCCAGAUGUGGUGAGUGUGAGCUAUGGGGGUCUGCAUGUAGUUCUGCGCCUCUAUCUGUGUGCAGGUGUUGAAGCUAAGUGCGAGAGCUGGAGGGAAGGAUCAAAGACUGCAGCUGGGCAGGUUUUACAGCUCUUAUGAUACUUCUUUUGGCAUUUUUCAUUCUUCUCACAUCUUUACUGCCUUUACUCAAACAUCCAAGACUCGUGGGUUCCUCCUUCAUUACACAGACGUGGCUUUCUGUGGGUCGAAACAUUUGUAAAAAUAAUAAUUACAUAACAGGUCUUAAAAGAGCAACCUCCUAAACCUAUAAAACUUGUUUUACAGCAUGUGUAGGACCGCCAAAAAUAAAGACUUAAUGACGACGCGAUUGACGUCGAAAAUUAACACAUUUUAAAAUCAUGGUCUAAGUCCCUUUCUGCACUGUAGUUACGCUGUCACAGGGUGUUCCUGCUUCUUACUACCUGCUCCUAAAAAUAACAAUACAAUUGUGCUUUAUUAUGACGCAUAUCUGUAAAACUCCCAGAUGGCUCAGUUGACGAGUCAAAAGAAGUAUGCACUUGGUUUCAAAUAGGAUUUACAUAUUAAAGAAGUUAAAGUUACUACAAGCCAAGAAUACAGCUGCCACUAAUCAGACUGAUGUCAGCCUGCAACUGCAUUGCAAAAACCAACAGAGUACGGUUUUAGAGUGUGUGUGAUCUGUGUAUGAAACUAAAGUUAACUACAGCACCUGCUGAACAGGUUUCAGUCUACCGCAGGCUCGUCAGCAUUGUGGAAGAUUUAGACCUAAGAGGGGCCCUCAGUUUGACAUAAUACUUCAAAAUGUUCCCAGGGACUAAAAAGCUUUUGAAAUGCAAAGUAUCUGAUUUUUAAACUUGCACUUAAAAACCAGCCGAUACAUAUAGUAUCUCAGUGUUAUUACUAGUAAACUUAAGAAGCAGUAUAUUUACAAAAUGUGAGAUAAAGUAUGUAAUCUCUGUCAUACUUUACUAAGAAAGCAUUGGCUGAAAAUGACUUUUUUAUAGUUUAACAGGGAGACCAAAACUUCAAUGAUUUAAAAUUCAAAUCUUCAUUUGUUUCUGGAAAAAGGACCUGUGUAUUGGAUUUUGUUGAAUAUUUGGAGUUUGAUUUAUUAAAGUGAUAACCAGAUUUCUGCUCCUGAAUAUUUUUACAAACUUAUGAAUGUGUUUGAUUUCAUAACUGCUAAUUUAUCUUGUUUCCUCUUUAAUUUGAAGUUAGGGUGCUCACAUGUUUUUGUUACCUGUGUAAUAUCAUAAAUUAGAUGCUGGAAAGGUUUAUUAUAGCUACUAGCCUCAUUUCAAAAAGAAAGCUACUUGUAAAGAGGAUCUGAUGGCAACACAAGGAUCUGGAGAGUCCUCUACAUCAAGCCGGCAGGGGUCUACUGGGUGCUCUUGGUUUGUUUUAUAGCAGCUGUUUCACCUUAUGGCUUCGGAUGGCCCUCAGGUUGUGUUUUAUGUUUAAUUCAGCGUGUUGAGAUUGUAUUAGGUUUCUGACUGUCUGUUGAUAUUUUGACACAACUAAGAUUCAACAUUUUGUUCUGCUUCCUCCUUGUUUUUUCAUGUGUAGAAGCAGAAGUAGUGCCUGUGGUCACAUUUUGAUGUCCAAGUCAGAUUUGCUGUGACAUGAAAAUGUUUGGCUUUUUUGUGUCCUUUGCUUUUCUAUUGUAUUUUUAGGAUUAAAAGCACAGGCUGCCGGCUUGUCAAAUGGCUGGCUGAUUUGAUGCAUCUGUCCAUCUUUGUUGAUGCCUUUCUUUAAGGUUGGUUUGGUGUGUCAAGGGGCCAAAAGUCACUUGAAGUCUAUUUCUCAUUCUGUCACUUUUAAUCAGUCCAGAAGGACUGACAGUGGGGCUGGUCUUUUGCCAGGGAAGAGAGUAGGGAGGUGUUGUCUGACAGCAGCAAAUCAUUUUAAACCCUCAUAGACUAAGUGGGCAGCAGCUCUAUCUGCUGGGUUUUAUCCACUCCUCUUUAACUUUUUCCUAUGGCUUUAAAUACCUCUUUUUUUUUCUUUGUUCUCCAUAUUUCUGGAGGAGCUGCAAAAGAUUAGGCCUGUAAGGAAUAUUAAUAUUAAUGUGCCUGAAAUGAAGCAGAUCUGUUUUAAAGUAAAAAGUUGCCAUGACCAAGUGAUGUGCAAUUGGAUUACACCCCUUACUGUGUCUCCUCUUCUGCAUUGCAAGGCCAUUUAAGAACAAGGAGAAUAAUUAAAACUAAGUUAAAGUCAUAAAAUUAAGAAACAGCUGACUCACACAGCUGUAAAUGGGCAUUAACUGCAAACUUGCAUCUCCUGAUGGUUAUUUUACAUUUUAAAGACCUUUUCUUGCCCACAUCAUCAGACUUGCUCUGCACUAUUUCAGGGGGGAACUUAAAUUUCUCUUCCGCGCGGCUCAAUUGCACCUCUUUUACGUGGCUCUUUUAAUAAAUAGUGAACGUGAAUCAGAGGAAUAGCUAUUAGCAGUAUGGAGCGAUUUGAUAAGGAGGGGUGACACAAGUUAAAUAAACGUGGAGAAUCAUCUUAGUAUAAUGUGUGGAAAAGAUCAAACAGAAUGUAGACCAAAGCCUCUGUUUAGAAAUGGAUUAAUGAUGGUCACUUAUACAACAAAAGCUUCACUUUUUAUUCCACCUGCUGAGCUUGACUGCUGAAAAGAUUACUGAUUUUUUUUUUAGUGGGUCUCAUGUAUUUGGAAAUAUUGUGCCUUUCUGUGGCCUCUAGCUUUAGACAUUUCUUCCACUCUAUAAUCACAGUUGAUGAUGAACAUUGAAUAUAGGCCAUUCAGAUAUGGACGACAUGCCUUUAUCUCUUUCCAUUGAACAAAGUGAAGCCAAAGAUACAUGUAAGAUCUAUGUGCGCUGACAUAUUGGUUUGGUGAUAUCUUGGAGCCGACGCAUGAGCGAAAGGAAUCUUGCUGUGGAUUGAUAGGAUUGAAAUCACAUCCAUUCAGUCAGAGCACGCUUUAAGCUUACCACCUCCUCCGCAAAGAUCUCUUGAGUGAGUAACAUGUUCUUGUUUGGCACAGAGACCUAUAGUAAUUGAAAGUUCAAUGACCCCCUGUGAUGGUGUUCAUUUUAUUUUUUUCCAACCAUUUCUCGUCUUUUCUGUUUUACCAGUAAAAAACAUAGCAUGAGCCACAUUUGGCAACAGAGCUGUCACUCUUUGUGUCCUUUUCUUAUUUUUUAACCCAAUUUUUAAUGAACACUUUCACAUUCAUCAGCAUGAUAAGAGCUAACUGGUAUGACAUAUAGCAUGUUUGAGCUUUGACCCAAGUCCCAUCUGUUUAAUAGAGGAGACAAGCUUUAUCAUAUUUACAGCAGCCAACAAGGGGAACUUCCUCUUUGUGAGAGCUCCGUUUCUAUUACAGUCAAUGAUGAGAUUUAAGAUUAAUAUGUUCCUCACAAAGUGUCAAGACUGGUUCCUGUUUUGUUCGAGCUAUACAGUCUUUUAUUUAAUUAACAUGGCCAUUAUUUUUGAGAUGUAAAGAGUAGAGAGUACCAUAAUGUAGCAUGAAGUAGUAUAAUGAUGAUUCUAAAAACGUAAUUCAAAAGUAAAUGUUGGAUUUUUUGCCACAUCUUUCAGAGAGAUUGUUUCAGGUUGAAGUUAUGCACAGGGAAGUAUCAAAUUCCAAGAAGUCUUAUUUUCUACUUCCUGCUUCCUGGUAUUAAAGCAGGUUACAGGUGAUCAUUCUCACAGGACAAAAGAAAUCUGACAUUAUAGUGUAUUUGCAGGAUACAAAACAAACCUUUUACUUUCUCUAGAAAUGGCUUUGAUUAUUCACACGCAGAGGUGGAGGGAAAAAAAGUGAUAAAUAUAUAACUCAUCUUAUCCCCACUCACUUCAAAGUAAUACGAAGCAUUUCUCAGAAGUGUGUCACUUCCCCUCUUGUGAACAGAGGUUUCUGUUGCCUGUGGUGGAUAAAAACGUCCGUGUUUGUACUUCGGCUCUAUUUUGAGGCCAAGUUUCUUCAUAACUUGCCCUGCCGGUCCACUCUAGGGCUUUGCAUGUAAAGGAGGAUUGUAUUGGCCACUCUGUGCCUUCACUGUACUCUGUGACACCAUCUGGGCCUAUUUUGGCUAUCUAAUGUGCUGAUUUCUUCACUCCUUUCUGAAGUGGUUACACUCUUUUAUGAUGAAAUUUAAUAUUCUGCUCAGCACAAGAUUAAAAGAAGGAGCAAAAGAGAUGGUUAUUAUCUGUAGUUGUGAUGACGUACAUGAAAUGACUCUCUGCUAUCAGUUACUUGAGACAGCACUGCACUUAAAGCAGCCUGUGUAAGAACUUGGCUUUAAUCUGGCUCACAGCUUUCUCAGUUCAAAAGAUAUGAUGGAGUGAUGCACUUCUAAUCCCCUCAUUCCACAUCUGGUUGGCUUUUCCUUUUUCACUUUACAAGCUACUUUAUAUGAAAACUGCUUUCAGGGUUGCAGAGGAUCAGUCAUUAUAACAUCUAAUGCCUUCAUAUCUUCAUAGCGUGAAGUAAUUACUGAAAACACCUGGUGCUUUAAGACCAUAUUUACAGGCAAGAACAUCAUUUCAAAACAUUUCUUAGUAUUGCAGAGAUCGUAACUGAGUAGACAGAUUUGUCCUUUAUUUUCAGUCCAGAAUUUAAUUUUAAGCCCUUUUUAAAUGAUUAAAAUAUCCCAAAUCCAAGACAUUGUUUUCUCUUCAAUCCUUUUUUGUCUGGUUGAAGUAUCUGUUACUUCCUUCAAAUUGCAGUGUUGGGCAUGGUGAGUGAUAGGCAAACAUCAAUAAUUGAUAAUGGGACCAGGACACCCCUAUUAACAACACGACUGCAGACAGAGAUCUAUGCUAUCAUUAGUCUUUUUCUUUGAUAUCAUCAAUGCUAUAUAGAAACAGACAGAUAGUCAGACACGUGUGCAAACAUUGUUCUGCUCUUGUCUUGAAAUUGAUUCUCUUUCACCUUCAGAUGUUUUCGUUCAUCCUGUUACACGCCGCUCAUAAUUGGUUGGAUGGUAAUAAAAAAAAAGGGAAAACAUCAUCACCCCUGCCUGCUUGUUUGCAGUGAAUCUUCCUGAAUAGCUCCUACUGCGUUCUCACAUCAGCUCCCCAUGACUUCACACAGAAAUUUUGUCAGGAGGCUGGAAGGAGAAAGUGCUGCUGAAAAUGUUGGUAGCUGUUGCCUGUGUAUGCAAUCCAUCCGGAAAAUUCUGUGUUUUAAAAAAAUAUGUAUUUUCAAGCUUUCAUAGAUUUAUUUAGAUUAGAGAGAGAGAUGAGUGACAUGCUUGAGAGGGGUCACAGGCUGCCCGUUUGAGGGGUAUAGCCUCUGGGGCUUAGACUUAGCCACCAGUCCACAUUGGGGCCUGAAUUCUAAGUUUGAGGAUUUAUCUUUGAAUCUUAGUGCAGCUGUAGCCACCACAGUGUUGGCAAAUCUUCUUUGUUGACAGAAUUAAAAAUAAACCCUCUUGAGUCAGACUUCUUUCCAACACUUUGCACAACAUUUGUGGUAAUGACUCAAGUCAGAGCUUGACCUGAGUAAUUGCUCCUUUUUGGGCUUUUACAAUGCUUUUAGUAUCGAGCAUUACACUUAUAGUUGAAUGAUUUAGUUUUAUGGUUUAUCCUGUAUCUCAGAUUAGGGCUUUAAGUUUCUUCUUACCCUUAACUAUCCUUCAGUGUUUAAUAUUUUGUACCUCUUUAAGUGCUGACAGCUUGUUUAAAAGUUUCAGUCCAGACAGCAAACACAUUCCUUAUUUCAGCUUAUUUUCGUUCUCUCUACUUUUGAUAUCAAAGUGUUGUUUUUAUCUCACCUGCAAAAUGUGCUGAAUGUUAAAAGUAGCACUAAGGCGAGGAUUAUACUGAUUAAAAGAGGAACCUCACAUGUCAAAACAGGAAGCUUCUCAACAGUUAACUAUCAUGCCAUUUGGAAAUCUACAAACUACUUUUGUACUUUAGCAAUAUUCAGCUGGAGACUUGUGCAAACUUCCCACCUGUCUCCCACUAUCUCUCUUUUCCAGUGGAAAUAAAAUAGUGUUAAAUGCGACACCUCCAUUUUUGCUGAACUGUUAGUCCUGCUCUGCCUGAUAAGAACUGAAUUAUUUCGGACCCAUCUUUCAGUUUAAAUCUCAUUGAAAACUACUUCCAGAGUAAACUUGAAAACACCGGGAAUGAGAGGCUGAAGGUAUGGACUAAAUAAUUGGUCUCUGGAGACGUGAGGCAAUUAACUGUGGAGCUGAAGAAAUUUGCUGGGAAAUCUUCAGACGAGAUUUGAUUGGCUCAUAGACGAUAGAAGAAGAAGCUGCAUGCUGAGCGCUGAGAGGAGGUGCUCUGCAUGAUUUGUACAAACCCACACAGGUGCUUUCUCUUAUUAUUUUUUUUAGCAGCAUCGCCACCAAACAUAACCGGUCUGCCAGAAACUAGACACAUAAAAACCUUCAUAAAGCCCUUUCAGGAUUAAAUCCAUGCUUCUCUGCUUACAUUUCACCCCAGUCUGCAGCAAGGUGUGAAAUGAACUUUUCAAAUGUCACAAAGUCUGUGACUUAUUUGUGGUUUUCCAGCUGCUGCAUUGAGUAAUUGAAUAAGGCUUUCCUCUACAAAUAUUUGCAGCCGUGUCAGUAAACACACCCACAUGAAAAAUGGAGGGAGCCUUUCAGGAAUUAAUUAAUAUUGAGAAGGUUAUUCCUCAUUCAUGGCAUUUAAUGUCUGUAAUAUGCUUUCAGGUUAUAAAACGAGGUUUUAUGAUGUUAUAAUGUAAACACAGAAGGGGCUGUUUACACGGGAAGCACAGGGCAUUUUCUGUAUGAGGGGAUGUGAUGGACAGAUAAAGCCUAAUUAUGAAUAUAACAAACACUCUUUUAUCUUUGUGCAUUCAAAUCUUUAUUUUUUUUCAUUGAGAAAUGAGCACCCAUAACCAGCCUGUACUGUGUUACAUAAUUUAUCUAUUCGAUGCAAAUCCUGCCCUCCACUUGUCCUGUUUUAAUCUUUUAUGAUAUAUAGUAUACAUGUCAAAAAAUGAAGGGAAUAAAACCAGCUAUUUAAAAUGCAUCAUGGUUUCUAGUCAUGCAUGAUAUGUUAGUCUACCCACAGGGCCAUUUCAGGGGUCCUUGAGUCAAUCAUGUGGCUCAGACACACCAGCGAUAUAGAUUUCCUCUCCUUAAUAUUUUAUUAAGCUCAAGCAGGUUUUGUAAGCUGGUUUACUUGUGCGAUAUCUUCAUAAAUCUUUUACACACUUCUCUGUGCUCAGUGGCCCUGGCCCAGUUUAACCAAUGAGAGCUCAAGGCUCAUACAGACCGUGAAGCCCUAUAGAUCCAGCAGAGCGUGGCCCUUAGAAAUGUUGCAUCUUUGAAGCUCAGUGAUGACAACACUGCAAACACAGUCCAGUGAGAGCUGUUGAUUCGAGUCCUUGUUUGGUAUGAACUCAUUAAGAGGCCGGGCUUGUCAUCCAGAGAGGAAUGUAUCAUUUCUUAUCUCGGUGUGGUUGAUCAGCAGCAGAGGGUGGUGCAUCACUGCUGUCUCUUUUCUCCCAAUGCCUUUGGUCUGUGUGAUGCUGUCAAUGAGUGAGCCUCCCUUUAUUCUGUGCCCGGGCCUCUCUCUCACACACUAAGCAGACUCAGAUCUAACUUCAUCACAGUGCAGCCGCUCUUCUUUGAGAGUUAAUGAACUGCAGAGAUUGACUUAUCCCGGCUGCUCUGCUGGACACUUCUGUGUUUAGAGGAACAACUUUAGAGCCAAUACGCCUGAAAUUCAAUCCUGAACCAUCGCAGUCCCAAAGCGAUACCACUGACACUGUGCAUGAGGUCAUCCAUAAAGAAGUAUCCAAACUGUUUAACUGCAUGUCAUGGAAAAACAACUUUGACAUGAAUUUCUCUUUUUUGGUAUAAUGUUAUAUAAAACAGAAAACAAACAAUGUAAGAGAAUACCAAGAAGUGUUCAAAUGUAAUUCCAAACCUUAAUGCAAAGCUGUGCACCCCUUCCUCAUAGCUUUAAGUAAUACAGUUUUAAGAACCUUUACAAGGGGAAUCUGAAAUACCAAUAAUUUGACACGCUGAACUUUUAUUAACAUUCAAUCCUAAAACUAAUGUUUUCAGUGAGAUCUGGUUGACUGUGGCAUCAAAGACUCUGUUUCUGUCGUAGUUUAAAGAUUUGUCGACACCCCUUUUUUUGCAGAAGGCAUGCAUGAUGUGAAAUAAUGACAAAAUAAGAAGUCAACUGAUCUUGAUAUAAACGUAUGCUCAGCUUUGUAUGAUGAGUGUAGGAUUGUAGUGCUGAAAAGUGACAUUUUAUUUGAUACCAGCCUUGGAUGUAGCGUCCAUUUGGCUACUGAACUUUAGCUGAAAACGAGUUCUUCCGCAACAUUGACUGUGCUCAAAAGUUUUGUGAAGCGAGAAAAUCUUCACAAAUGGAAACCCCUUUUUCGUCAUAAAUGCAAUCAUCAGAAGUAAAAAGCCAAUGUGACACUAUCAAAUAAAACAUAACAAGGUGACAUGACCUCAUCAUCACAGUCACUUAACUAUUAACUCAUGUUGUUAUCGACUUUUGUUGUUCCUGACACUCUCCAAAGACUCAUGAAACCACUUUUUAUAGACUCCCAAUUUGUGAUAGAAUUCAGAUGAGGAAUAUUUUCCUACUUAUUUUAUGCUGUGAAAAUUACAACAUUUUUGAAGCUUGUGUUAACCCCAGAUCUCAUUUCUGCCUGAACCAAAAACCCAUUAACUUUGAGUGAAGGUGACCACGCAAACGCUCUAUCUUGGUUUCACAAUGAAUUCCUGCUGCGCUCUGUAUAAUUCAUCUCACUUUUCAUCAUCAUCAAUCAGCCGUUUUUCAGUCAUAGAUCAAAACAGAACCAUGCCAUCACGUUUCUCGCAGCAGAAGCAUCACACUAAAACAUGACCCGGACAAUUUUGAGCCUGAGCCCCCUCAUUCCACCAAACUCAGCAAAGGCUCAAUUUUUGAUUUCUCUAAAGCAGAUUUUACCUGAUUUUCAAGUGAGGAGACUUGACCCUUAACGGGGCUGCCCUGGUUAGUAAAUAUUAAACAUACUCAUGGUGACGCUUGAUAAUGCAGACUUCAGAAACAGAGGACCAACUUGUUGAUUUGUGGCGACAUGUUUACACAUCAUGUCUUAUGGAACACGCCACGGUCAAAGUGACUAGGAGAGGAGGCGAACAACUGUAAUGGACGUACUAGAUAAACAGCUAAGUUUAGUUCAACAAACAUCCCAUUGUUCAACAUGUCUGUGUGCUCUUUAGUGAUGUUUGACUGCCAUUUAUGAGAUAUCAAGUUCUGAUUGUUGGAGUAAUGGACCUGUUACUCUGUGUCGUGCUAAAGUGGCCAAAUCAUCGUACACCACACAGUCAGAACAAAAACUAUUAAAUGUAUCAUAAUUCGCCAUCAUGUGUGGCCUCCCACAUUAAAAAAAAAAGUUAAUAUUUUAAAAUCUUUGAGUGUGAACCAAGCUUUGGGAAUAAGUUUAAAAGCCAGAUAAUUGUCUUUAUUGCCUACCCUUCACAUGUACCACUGAACCCUCCAGACACCAUAAGUUCUGGUCCUGUUAAGUCUUUUUUAAGCACUGAAGUAAGCACUGAGAACAAAGCUCUGCUCUGAGUUUGUUAUUGUGUCUAUAUAAGCAACUAUAUAUCUCAAUAGAUGGCUCAGUUUUGUCCUCAGAAGUCAGGAGAACAACAUCUGACACCAAUAGUUUGAAAACAUCUUUCACCCAGACACAUCUGUUCUCUCAGCUCUCGUCUCCAGGACUUUCAUUAUAGCUCAUCCACUGAUAACAUUUUGUGACCCUGUAUGUGUUUGUCUUUUUAGACGAGAUUAUUAAUCUAAAGGACACUGCACCAGGUCAAACCAAUAAUUGCUAUCUUUAAAAAAAAAAAAAACUGCCAGCAUUGUAAGUCGAGGUGAUAAUAAUAGAGGCCAGCAUUCGGAGAAGAUAAGUAGUGGGUGCAUAAAUCAGUGAUUUCUGGAGGAUGAUAUAAAUGUCUGCAGUAAGACGGACCUGGCUUCACUUCUUCUCCCUUAAACAACGUCAGACUGAUGACUAUGAUGAAAAAAUAACAAACUGGUCAGCAGGAGGCUGCCUCCAGCUUAGAGCAAAGUAGUGAACACCCAUACUGCCAGGGGUCCUGAGAACUGCAGCAGCGCUCAGCCAUUAUUCGGCUUUCCCACAGUGGAGCGAUGGGGGCUGGGAUGGAGCAGAACCACACACAGGUCACAGCGGCUGUAACAAGAGCCAGAUGUGCCAAAGGGACGUGAAACUCCACGGACAUGCAGCUCUUUCUAGCUUCUUGAAUAUGACCAUGCUCACAUGUGUGCACAUGCACACACAGGGAGGAAGAGGGUUGAGGUAUUUGAGGAAUGUCAGCUUAGAAGUGGAAAAGGAGUUGUUUUUGGUAUUUUCAUAUGAGAUGAUAACAAUAACAGAUAAAAGUGAAAGGCUGCCUUUUUGAUCAGCUCCCCGCACAACACACAACCCCCCCCCCAAAAAGUCAGUUUAUGAUCCCUGAGAGUUAACCAGCACUUCUUUUUAAUGAAGUAAAAACCUGUUCAGUUUUAUAUGUCAUACUUAUUUUGUAUGUCUAUGUGCUUAAACUUGCAGUGACAGACGACUGAUCAACAACUUUCAGCAGCUUAGAAAUAAAAGAAAAGGUAGCAGAGCUUAGAUGAAAAGUAAAUUGACAGGGAAAUUAUGAUUCGGUUUCUUUUCUGCCAUUUCCAAGCAAAAAAAAGAGUUUCUGUUGUUCAAACUUCUUAACAGAACAUCUUUUUGUCUUUUGGACAUAUUGGAAGUUGUUUUUCCUGUGAUUUUUUUCUUAAACCUCAACAAACAGACUAUCAGAAAAAGAACGGAAAUACUGAUUGAUUUAAAAAAAGCCCUCUGGUUUGCAGUCUCCCAAAUAUAACAUGUGAGUGCUUUUACCUUCCUGUGAUACAAGUUGCUUGUUUGCUUUCUAAAUCUGAUCUAUAAUUUAAUAUGACUGCAGAAAAUCUCUAAACCUAAUGAGAUUUGAGAUCUUUUCCUCAUAGCUUCUCAUUUUUUUACAUUCACAUUUUGAACCAACACAAAAAGAAAACACCAAAAUUCCCAAUCAAUGUAUUUAGAUGCAAACCCCAGCCAUUGAACUGGAGCAAAAUCAAAGCUUAUGAAAAUCUCAUCAACAAGCCCCUCUUUACACUCGGGGCCUUAAUGAGGAGAUUUUGGUUUGGCUGGGAUCAAACCUGUGGGUAAAAUUUCAAAUCCCAAAUUAGGACACUGAAGUGCUUGUUAAAGCACAAGGUUAAAGGAGCAGGCUUUUGGUCACUUGAGGUCAUGCAUGUAAAUCUUUAACAAACAGAAUAAAUCUAGGUGGGGAAAUGGGGAAGGAAGCCAAUUCACAGGGCUGUUAAACAUUGCACCUACACAUCUGCUUCAGCGAACAGAGAGGGGAUAAGACUGGUGCUGCAGUGUGAAUAUCUCACUUAUGUUUAGAUACCUGUUAAAUCCGUCUACACUGGAUUAAGCAUACAUUGUGUUAAAAUAAUGAAAUGCUGUGGUCCUAAACAGCUCUUGCUCAGAUAUUCCUCUGUUGUCCUCGGGCCAGUGUCUGAUCAGAGACAGUUGUAUCUCUUAAGUUGUUGGCAGCCGAAGUUGGACCCAUUGUUCAGCUCUGUGUUCGAGAUAACUGAUCUGUCAGUGAAAGAAGUUGCUUUUGGCUUGUGUUUCUUGUCAUGGAGAAUCUAAUGAGGACAGGAUGCUCCUGUCUAACCAGACUUAAACGACCCCCCCUCCCCUCUCUCAAACACUGGCUGGCACGCACUGGCCUGGGAGGUGGAGCAGAGGUUUUUUUCCAGUAGUUUGGAAAGGGUAAGGGCUUCUAUCUGAUAAGCCUUUUACAAUGAAAACAAUGGGGUGAACGUUUAAAGGCCUAUAACUAACCUAAUGGAGGUAGCAGUGUGUGAGGAAUGCAGCGUUUGGGUGGAGCUUUGUUUUACGAUGGCUUCAAGGGAUGGUUUUUUUCCUCUCAUUGUAACAAGAGUCCUGCUAAGUUGUAACAGAUCAGAAGUUUGGUGCAGAGAUGCUGGAUUUAGAUUUCAGGUCAGGUGUCAUUUUCACUGAUAAUGUUCAUGUAGCUGCACACAGAGAGGAAAAACAGGUUUGCUUCAAAAGAUUUGAUCUUUGUGUACCGUGAGGAUCACCUUUUCACAUGUGACAAGUAAUCUUUGUGUUCGUCGUGCCGUAAAUGGUGCAAUUUAGAAGAAAGGAAAAAACACAAACAGUACGCUUUAGGUGCUUGCCUUUACACUGUCAUCGUAACACUGUUGAUACAUCAGAAGAUAAGCACCAUCUUGUUCCUCUUGCCAGAUGAAGCCUUUUCUUUCUUAAGCUGGAGUGACCUCAAGAUGUUGAUGCAGUUCAUUUCCACGCCAAGUUUGCCUUGGGAGAAAUCUUGUGAAAAUAUUGUUGGCACAAAACGGGUGAUAAAAACAUCAAGCAAACAAACAAACAUCUCUCUUUCUCUCUCAUGAUUUUGUAUCACCUCAAAUCCAUUUCACAGUUUUUAUAUUUUUUGCCUCCAAUCAUGCUGAGGCUGUUUCCUCCUCGCAGCUCGGCACUCUGAGUAGGUGCUUAUUUGUCUCUGAAUGUUUCCAGUAAUAGUUUGGUAACCUUCCAACUUGGCAGACACGUCCCUUAAAUGUGCUUGAGGUAGAGUUCUUUUUUUCUCCUUCUUCUUCUUCUUCUUCUUUGAUACGUUUUUUUCUUUUUUCUUCUAAGGAUGAUAUAACAUCUGUUUUACUGAUGUGACAGCCUCCACAGGUCUCUCUGUGCUUUUUGGUUUCCUGACAGUUGGCCACGGUUAAACUCGUAAACGCAGGAUCUUCAAGGUCAUGUAUCCACCUUAUAUACGAAGUGGAAUUUAUGAUGCCUAUGUACAAAACCAGUUGUUGAUGUGUGUUCAUGAAUAUUUUAUUGCCGAUGUAAGCCAUGCAUCAUUGAGCAAGUUUCCUCUUCUUCACCCCUGACCACCGUCAUACGUAUGGGAAACAGAUCCCCCUGAUGUCUGCCACUACAGACUGGGCUCGUCUCCUUCGUUCCUUCAUGUGAGAUGAUUCUGCUAACUGAAUUGGAUGUUUUACACAGUCAGUUUUAACUGUGGGGGCUUGUUACAUUGGUAUUAAUACAAUAUACAUAACUGUUGGCUGCGUGUUUUUUUGCUGCGCCAGGAAAACUCUCUGAGGCAUUGUCUUUUGUAACGAACAAAAAAAGCAGGGCUGCUGAAGUCAGGACUGUUAUAAUGAAAACGUAUUCUUGUGUGAUGCAGAUUUUUAAAUGAUAAGUAUAUAAUAACAUAAAGCAUAAUGGUUAGUUAAUAUCUAUGUGGACUUAUUUUAAUUAUCUAGUUCUUUUGCUUAAUAAAUGUUAAGAAAAGGAGGUAAAAAGUCUUUAUACUGCAUGUCGACCUCAUAUGUUUGGUCUGUUGUACUCACAAAACAAGACUUAAGGUGCAGGGCAGUAUAAAGUUUUUUGAUGAACUCACUGCAUUUUUAGUGUGACUCUGAAAACUAACUCCUGUAAUAUAUCGUGUAAGGUAGAAGGGUAGUAGUGAGUGGGUGGUUAUGUAAACUAGAAUCCUAACAGAGUGAGACAAGACCUCUAUGUGGAGUGUGUUUACUUCAUGUGUGUUUUAACAUCCCUUGAUAGUUUCUACUUGUCGACUCUCGUUUCUCAGCUGGUGAUUGAUCAGCCAUUAACCACUGAUCUGAAAUUUUGUAGACUGAAUCCUUUCUGUGGCUCUUGUUCAGUCUAAUAUGUGAGAUCUGGUUAUCCCCAGCAUCACUCUUGCUAUUCAGAGUCUGUUGCCAUUCUCAAGUUUAGACCAAUCACAAUCAAGUAUUUAAUGCAGUGAGAAAGGUGGGUAAUAACUCCAGAACAAAUCUCAUGACACUUCAACUGCUUGUCACGGUAUACACAACUAAAGAAAGCAGUAAAUACUUAUAAAUUCAGCUCUAUAAAUAAUGGAGUGUAUUAGAAGUCAAAAUAUCAUUCACAGUGUAGCUCAAAACUGUGUACAGGUCAAGUAACUAAAGUGUUUUUCUUGGAUUAGCUGAUUUAAAUAACAAUUUGUAACGGCAUAAUAAUAUCAGCGUGACCUCUUGCAACACAAAUUUACAGAGAGGAAUAUUUUCUUCCUAAAAAAGUUCCUCCUCGUCCAACAGUAUGAGAUUUCACUGAAUUAUGUAAAGGGUUUCCACUGAACAUGCAUGCGUGUUUAAAAAACAACUCCCUUUUCAAUUAUUAAUACACAUUUUGAAACAUUUACCCAUUACUGGAAAAGCUUUCUUUAUUACUCUGUAUUAAAACAGCAGCAUAUAAAGUCUAUAUACGAUGAUGUACACACAAUCCCUAAUAUGAGCUCUACACAUACUGUAGUUGAGCUUUGAAAGAGCUCUGAACAUCAGUUUCCUUUCCUAUUCAGCAAAGUGAAAAGAAAACUAACUGCACAGGAAAGACUAAAGAGGUUGUUUUGUAAGAAGUGUCCAUCUGUUUGGAUCUGUUCCUCUGGAGGCUGCUGCAGCUCAGGGAAUGUUACCCGUGUUUUGGACAGGAAACUGUGGCGGCGAUAGUUGGUGAGCCACUGUGAGUGAAUCGCUCUCAUUCCCAGGGUGGCAGUAACUCCAGCUCAACCCCCCCUUCCUCAGUCUGCUUGGUAAAACCCUGCUGUGUGGCUCAGCAGAGAUCCUCCGGCUCCCAGGUUACUCCCACUGUCUUUUGCCUCCACUUCUUGACUUUCCGAUAAACAAGUAAACCAGGAGAACUGCAAUUAUGGUGGGUCAGAAAGAGCUGAGCCCUGCACCAAGCCCUUCCCAACAAGUGGGUUCAGUGUUAAGUUCACAGGCAUCAGCCAGCCUCCUACUGCUUUCCAGACCUGUAAUACUCGCUGUUUAUGAAAGGAUCUCUCUCACCCCCUCUGUCUCUCUCUCUCUCUCUCUUUCUCCCCACACUCAACACUGCCUGGAACCUUGUAUUUUCGCUAUUUUGGCUCGUUCGUCUAUUUUUGGUCUGUUCUCAGCUUUUGUUGUUUUUCUCAACCUACAGUAACCUAAGAAACUGCUGCAACUUGUUUUCUUUAGUAUAUGGGAAUUAAAAAUAGUCAUAAUUACAGUCACAAGGAGGCUCUGAAAAAGAAUCAAAAGAUGCUCAAAGUAAUUUUCGACUUUAUACCUUUUUUCCCUUCCUGUUGUGAAACCAUGUUAGGAAGUAUGUUAAUCAACAAAAAGAGGAAAAAGUAUUAUCAAGAUCUGUCUGCAAGCUGAGAAAAAGGGUUAUAAGAGUGGCCGUAACUGACUGUUUCAUGAAACCUGUUUAUUAAAAUGAAGUACAGACACUUCUUCAUUGGACAGAUGUUUUUUUCUGGUUUAUGAUGUCAAUAGUGUUGUCAGACUUAAGCAAAUAGUUGUGGCUGGCUUUCCUGUCAUUGUCCAGCCUCCAGCAGCAGCAUGGUUUGGGCAGUCAGAAAGCAAAACCCAGUGGUUGUGGCAGUCAGUCGGACACAGUCUGAGUGUUUGGAGCCUUAAACUAGACAGUUUAAGAGAGAGGAAUGUUCCCCCUCUGUGCAGUAGAGUGACCUGAAAAGUCACUAAAGAGGGGACACGCGCUAACAAGCACGCACAUGCAAAGGCUUAUCAAGAAACGAGGCACAAAGAGAGGACAAAGAACAGGACAAAACUGUGUCAACAUCAAAAAAGUUAAAAGUCAGUGAUUUUGCAGUGUGGGGAUUUCACAUGUUUUUUGGUCCCCAAGUUCAGCUCAGCUCAAAAUACUUAUACUGUGGUUUGCCAACAGGAAUGUAUCCACAAUAAAAAAAUACAAUUCAAGGGAAAAUAUUCAUAGCCUUGUGCUGUUUGUGUCACUAUGGGCAGUGGUAGACUGAAUUUGCAUUUCUCAACACUCUGCCUUCCCCACAUGCACAUGGGACCCAAGAUUAUUUUACACAACCUCUACGUAUUCAGAUUCCACAAACAAGACAUACAUAUUUUCAUAAUUUAUACUUUAAUUAAACCAGGAAGAGCUCAUUAAAUUCCAGGCCAAAAAAGACAUAGCUCAGUAAACAAAAACUUCCGAUCCACAUUGAGCAGCCAUAUGUGAAAACAUAAUGCAAAAUACACAAUUAAAAUGAAUGGAAAGACACAAAAUAAGAAGUAAACAGUGAACAUUUGUCUGAAAUUUCCACGGUUAUAAAAGCAUCCAGUGGGGCCAGUUCACUGGUCUGGGUAUGAGCAAUAUUAAGACUUUUAAAAAUUAUUUUUCAAAACAUUCAUAAACAUUGAACUGCAUAUUUUAUUUCAAACUGAAUAACUAUUCAAAGCCGGUCAUUUAUUUUAAUAUACUAAACCAAGAAGUUGGCUGCUUUAUAUCGAAAAACAAUUUGCCACUUAUUGAUUUUUUUUUCUUUUAGGAUACCCUUUUCAUAUUCUAAUACCCACCAGACUUUGAACCAAUAAAAUCAAUUUGUAAACUGUUGGAUGAAAUAAAGAUAACAACAAAGUGAUGGGACUGCCAGUCAGCCAAAAUUCAACCACACCCACAUCAUCUGUAGAGGAGUUUCAGACCUCCAGCAUCAAUAAAAGCAGCUGUGUGGGUGGAUCUGGGAGUUCUGCAUAAAUAACCAGGUUGUGAUUAAUAGUUUAUUGUCAGAUUGCACUGUUGAUAACACCACCACAUUACUAGAAGCAUGAAGUGUACAUGAUCAGGCGUUAUUGAGUUGUAAUUAUUUCGCCGCAGUAAUUAAGUCAACAUUUGUUCAUUUACUUGAUGUCACACUAUGGUGGCUGCAUCUUGAUAACUCUUCCUUGUCUCAUCACAGAAUCAUAAUGCAACCUCAGUGUUUACAUCCUUUCAUUCUCUGUGAUAAAAAAGCCGCAGUGGAGAGAGCUCUCCUAGAUGAUAUAUUCUUCCUUCUUCAGAUUUUGCUGUGUGGCUAUAUAUGUAAGCUCUGAUAUACUUUUAGAGAUGCAGCUCAAUAAAUUAGACUAUCAUGAAAACUUUUCUUUUUUUUAAUCUCAUUUAAAAGAAUAAACUUUUAUAUAUUCUGUAUUCAUCAUAUCUAAAUUAAAAAUGAUGAUGAUUAUAGGUUAUACCUCAUAAAUCAGAAAUCCAGUAUCUCAGAUCAUCAUAAAAAUAUCAACUACAAAAAAUGAUUCAGAACAUCGGAAAUGUCCCACUUCUGAAACGCAUGCUCAUUUAUAUGCUGGAAAACUGGUUAAGUGUUUUUUUACAUGUAUGACUACAUCAGAGUUGAAGGAGUGUCUUCAGCUUGUCUGUAAUUUUGGGUUUGGUGUUUCUCAUGCCCCUUUUGCUUCAGAUCAGGUAAGUCAACUGGUCAAUCAAGCAUAGUAAUAUAAUUGUCAGCAAACCUUUUGGUUGGAGUUUCAGCACUGUAGGAAGGUGCUAAGUCCUGCUGGAAAAAUAAAUCUUCAUAAAGAUUGUCAGCAGAUGGAAUUGCCCUGAAAUCUCUUGGUAAACAGCAGCAUUGAGUGAACGUCACUUCAUCUUUGCCUUUUCACUCUUCCUCCAGACUUUAGGACCUUGAUUUCUGAAUAAAAUCCAAAAUGUCUUUCAUCUGAGAGGAGGACUCUUAACCGUGCAGCAACAGUCCGGUUCUUUUUCUGCUUAGUCCAGCUAAGAUACCUCUGGCAUGGUCUCUGAUCCAGAGGUGGCUUGACAUGAGAAGUGCAACAGUGGCAGUCUCUUUCCUGAGGACAUUUCUGUGUUGCUCUUGAUGCACUAACUCCAGCCUCAGUUCACUCACUGUGAAGUCCCCAAACUUGUGAAUCAACUUUUCUUGGCAGUCCUCUCAAUGCUGUGGUCAUCCCUGUUGCUUGUGCGCCUUUUCCUGUCACACUUUAACUUUGCGGUCAUCUUUCCAUGAAUUGUCUUUGGGACAGCCUCUGAGCAGCCAGCUCUUUCAGCAGUGACCUUUUGUGGUUUACCUUCCUUGUGGGGGGUGUUGAUAACUGAGUUCUGGACAACUGUCGAGUCAGCAGUCCUCCCUAUGAUUACGGUUGCAUUUUUUUGAAGUACACUAAGAGGUAUGUGGUGUUUAGUUGGUUUGAAUGGUACUCAGACUGAAAACUGGAUAUCUCAACAUUCAAAUAUGUUACGACAUCUAAAAGUGCAGACAUGUAUAAUACAAUUUUUAAACUGUACGUCAGAUUAAAUUAGAAAAAUAAAGUAAUGAGUCAGGUAUAAAAUAAAAUAUCACCUUCUUGAAUAUCUUUAAUAGCUGAUCAAUAAUGCUGAACUAUUUCAAAUUACUAUAUUUUACAUGAACACACGUUUUAAAGCAAAAUGAACAUUACUGGAACGAAAUGUGAUGUGAUAGCAGAGAGGUGGAUGUUGUCUUUUUGAUUUUCAUUGCAGCUUUAUUUUCACAUCUCUAUCUUGCAUGAAUGCAGUCUCAAUCAAAGACCCCUGUGAGUAAAUAUAAAGUAUCCACAGGAUGAAUUGUUGAUGCUGUAAGGUCAUUGCCAGUGCCCAGCCAGUGGCUCGGUGGUUUUCACCCUCACCUGCUGUGAGUGAGAUUGAGGAGGCGGAGGUGGCAAUAAAGAGAUGCUCAUCGCCUGUGUACUCAGAUGACGUGGAGCACAUCCUGUUUCUGUGAGGACUAGUCCUGGCGCGCAGUUGUUUGCCAGGCUUUAUAGUGCCACUUUGAGACCUGUGCCAAACCCUCUAGACAUUGGGUUAUUUUCUUCUCCAAGAUAUUUUUGACUUAAUUUUGUAAUGCCAGAGAGAAAACCAUGGGCACAAAGGGUGAACGAAGAUACUGAGUUUACUAUAUGUGCCAGCUGAGAGUCUCUAGACUUUCUCUGACAACAGCAUCUAAACAGAGCUGUAAUUUAAAGUACCAGGACUGGAGAACCAGCUGGGAUAGGGAACAUCUGUGCAUUUUAAUUGAUCAAAUCAGGUCAAGCACACAGCCUCUCACUAACUGUAAAAAUUCAUUAUCUCAGCUCACUUUUAUGAGAAAUGCAGUGUCUCUGAGACAGCUGGCCUCAUUGAUGAUCGUACCACAGCAGCCUGACAAAGAUGGAUCAAUUGGCAAACAGGAAAAGUCCGAAUCCACUUGGUUCAUACUUUAUAUUUGAAGAGAUACAGACCAAAAUAACUGUGGACUGUACAUCCAGUUGGAAUAAAGAAACAUGGAACUGGCUCCUCGUGUAGGUUACUGGUUUAACUUUGAGUCCAUAUAAAAGAGGGAAAAUUCAGUUGCCACCAACAACCAUUUAUCCAGUUAGUUUGAUAUUGAGGGGAUAGUAAAAACCAGAAUGUCCCAACAGCACCAGCACACGGCUUGUCUGUUUAUUGGAAGGCCUCAGUCAUAUUAACCUUGCCCUCAUCAGAUAAAUGGUUGCAAGUGAAGCCAAACUGCAUCAGUUCUGAUGAAGAUCAUCUGAACAAGACGGGGGAAAGAUGCAUCUGUCAGAGCGAAUCAAUCACGAGCCUGCACUUUCAUGUGGAUCCAAAAAUAUUGUUGUUUUGAGGCAGCUCCUGUUUUGAAAUAAGUCAUUGAAGGAAGAUGGAUAAAGUGCUCAUAAUUGCUUUAGAUGUCCUUGUUUUGUUGCCUCUUCUCGAUUGAUGGAGAGCUGGACUGUGAUGUCUCUCUGCCAGAAAAUGUGCAGUACAAUACGCUUCUUAAUGGCUGCACACUCUCCACUGACUGGAACCAUCGUCUGAUUGAUAUCAUUUUUGUUGCUGGACCCCACAGCUCUCUUUGACAGGGAGAUGAAAUAAAGGCGGCCACGUCAUAGGGGUUUAAUGUUGCUUGACAAGGCAGUGACUGCUUUUCAUUCUCAUAAUGUGGAUGAGAGCGCAGUUGUUUUUGCAGGGCGCCGCUGUCUACUAUGAAUAAUUCUGUGUUGUAACUGCGUUCAAUAUCAACCCCCUGAUUGCUGAAUUAUUUGGUUGGAAGGGCUCAUUUGUUCAUACUGCCCUGGGAAUGGAAAUUAUGAAUAAUUUUGUUGAUCGACAUUCACCCACAUAAAUGAACACAUCAAUUUCUGAUCCCGGGGAACAAAGCAGUUCGGCUCGUGUGGCGGCAGAAGAGGCUGCAGCUGGACCUGGACUCAGUCUGUGUGUAACUCCUGUGUUAAUUUGCUUUUAUAAGAUUCGAGAAUGAUGAUGUAAAAUAAACCGUGAUGACCCAUUAAAAGCCCAAUCCAAUCUCUCUGAAAUAGACUUCCUGCUUUCAGCUAAUUUCAGUUCCACUUAAUUGCUGUUGACAGUAUUUUCCCUCAGCUUCAUUUUAAAUAAGAGCACCAUACUAAUUGAUGUUUGCUCAUUAUUUUCAGGGCAUUAACUGUGUAGCACACCAUGCGGCUUUCAUUCAAGCUGCAAGGACAAACCAUAGCUUAUGUUUCAUUAACUCGUCUGUUUAAGUACUUUGUCUGGCUGAGAGUUACUUAAAGCUGACCUGUGGAGCUAUCGUGUAAACAAAUAAAAGCCUUUGUUCCGCACUGAGUGUUUCUCACAAAAAUCAAGUGGUUCAAACAAACGACUUAAGAUUAUCUUUGGGGUCCUUGAACACGCCAAGUGUGUACCCCUCUCAGUAAAAUGCAUAAAAUUAGUACAGUUUUUAAACUUUUAACACUCUUUCAUUCGCAUCUUUGUUGAGUGCUUUGCUUGACUAUUUCUUCUUGAAUGUGUUUACAAGAAUGACCAAAACACGGCCAGAUGAACUGAAUUCACCAUAAACCACCACUCACUGGGUUGUAGCUCUACUACCCGGCAAAGAUGACAUCUCCAGAAAAUGGAGAUCAAGUUGUAUUUGACUAUUUUUGGAGUGUUUUGUUCUCAAGUUACUCUGUUUGGCGUUUUCGCAUUUAUUUGAUAGGGCAGUAAAAGAGAGACAGGAAAUGUGGGGUGUAAAGAGUUGAGGGGGAAACACAGCAAAGGACCAUGGCAGGGAGUCGAACCAGCAACUGCUAGGGCAAGGAUUAUAGCCUCUGUGCAUGGUGUGUGUUAAAACUGCUAGGCCAACAGUAUCCCUUCUUAGUGUUUCUUUCCUUUUGACAAAUCUGUUAGUCAAAAUCUACAUUUCCACACAAAAGACAAGAAAUGAGUCACUUUGCAACUUUCCCUAGUUUCCACUGAAUAUUUUGUCAAUGCUAUCGCAGAUGCUUUUAAUUUUCUCUGAGAUUAAAGUCACAUAAUUCUUUUAGUCUCUUUUACUUUCAACUCUUUCUCCAAUCAAUGUAGAGGGGGUAAAAGGUUGCAUUUCCAGUCAGUCAUGUGCUACUAUAGAUCAGGUUAUAUCAUGCUUUGCUUCUUCAGUGUAUUUCAGUGAAAACUUUAUUCUGGGUAAUGAAAAUGCACUAACAGGAUAUCCUUUGUUUUUUUGUCCGACAGAUGAACAUCGAGCAUGCUUUUAAAAACCCUGCGUAGCUGUUUCCUGGCAUUAUUCACAGUUGUGAUGCAGUUAAAUUAAAGGAAACUUAGAUGUCAGCGCGGGGCUUUAUAAAGUAUUCUCUUUAGUAAGCAGCAGGGAAAUGGGUGUACCUGCAGUGUGCAUUUAUGCACUGCUGAUGAUCCAUCUCAUUGUGUCUGACACAUUUUUGCAGAAUACCCUCCUCUCAAUGAGGCUGGGCCGGCGAUUAGGAAGUUUUUCACAAAGAUGCGUUCAUUUCACAGCCGCUUUUUGUCAGCGUCUUUCAGUGCUUUUAUGUGAAAGCAGGCAGAAGCUCGAUUUUUUUGCAAGAUCAAUUUCUCACCUAUUUCUGCACACUAUCUGUAAAAUUGAUGCAGAGACAGAUUCGAGCAUGUGUGUCGGUUUGAGUGUGUGUGUAUUGAGUUGCUAUCAAGCACUAGUUACUCAUUUAUUCGAUCAAAUUCACCAUUUAGUCCAGGGUAGGAGCAGCAAAAGGAUUUCGCCCAAAUUAAGUCCUCUGUGAUAACAUUAUAGAAGCAGAAGGCUCCAGUUUGUAGUCUCCCCUGAAGCAAGACAAUAGCUGAACAGAUAAGUGAUGACUGAUGAGACUGUCAUUCUUUCAGCCAGCUUGACGUGUUCAACAAUUUUUCCAUAAAUAGCAGAUAAAGUGAGCUAUGCAUACGAUGCCAAAGCUACAUCGGUUUUGUGUGGUUGGUGUCAUGUUUUGAAAAGGCUUGUGAUUCUGUAAAAGACAACAACAGGGCAUACAAGAAUCUGUUUUGCCAUCCUGUGGUAUUCUUUCAUACAGUUCACCCCUAUGAUUUAUGCCAGCUUACAAAAACAGACUGACUGCAUAAUUUUUGGCAUUUCUUUUUCUGGCUAAACCAAAUACUUUAUCACAAUCUGAUGCCCUCUUAACCCUCCUACAGUGUGACACAUCAUCAAAGCUGAACCAUUAGAGCUAGUCUCCAUGUAAACAAAACAAACCAACAACCAGUCUUGCAAGGCUUCCCCCUCGACCAUCUGUGUAAAAGAUCUUGUUUUGUGAUCGCCUUUCUUUCACCCCACUUCCCCUGCACAGUGCUAAGAGGAGGAGUACAAUGAGUGGGAGGCUUUUUGUAGAGCGAGGGGAUCACAGACUGUAAAUGUGUGUAGCCUCGGGCGUUGGCAGAAGCAGGAUGAUUUCAUGUUGGUGGUGUGCAAUGGGACACGUUGAAAUAACCAAAUCAGCUAUAGCGAUAAAAGCGUCUUUGAAAUACAGUGUAUCAUACUAAUCUUGUAUCAGUGGGUCUAAUCUUUCCUUUUUUUAGCCAAUGAAAGCACCAAGUGAAGUGAAUUUCUCCUCCUAUUGAGGGUUCUUUUUUCAUUGAAAGGAAAAGGUCCUUUACCUCGAAAUGUGGAAGCAGCAUAUCUGGUCCACACUUUUCCCAAAGUCAAUCUCAAACUGCUGCUGCUGCCAUGCACCUAAGGGAGACCCCCAUGACAGUCCAUUUAAUUGUAGUGCAGAGGGAAUAGUUACCCAUGGUGGGCACGGAGACAAAAGUGCUCAGUCCUUUGUGGAGGUAGAGGACACUGAUGGAAGUGUGUUAGAUGGAAAGUUGUAAAGAAAUUAAGGGAGUGCAGCUUCCUCUAAAUGGCCUCGGUGGUCCUUCAUUUGGGGUUGGAAGAUCCUGUUUGGUAUUUCUGUCCUGUGGUCCAUCAGCACUCUGAGAGUAAAGAGGGGAGAUAAAAUUAGACUCCAGAGCUAAAUCUUAUUAGCGCCUGUCCCACUGGCAAUCACCUUUAGCACCAUCUUCUUUCAGACUGAGUGUGUUUGUGAGUGUAUGUGUGUUAGACAGAGAAAGGGAAGGUUGGAAAAGCUCAACAGGUUAUUAAUGAGAUUCAGACAUCCUCACAGUUUCAUGCGUCCUUGUAGCCUCUGCAUUUAUAAUCCAAACGUGCUCCUCUGUCAGUUCAAAGAGAGUGUUGUAUUGAAGAAGCCGGGACAAAACCACUAAUAACUUUUUUUUUUAACCAAGCUUGAGCCUUCCUCACUUUGCCCAAAACUCUCUCAAAUUGAUUUGUUAAAGCAUGAAAAAUCAAGUAACAAGACAAAAAUAAGCCAAAGCAUUUAUAUCAGAUCUUUAACCUGUGACCCAGUCUCAAUAUUUUUAGACUUAUCCCUGCGUGAGUGUCAUGCCCAUGUUUAUUCAUCAGAGCAUAUUGGUUCAUCUUAACACAGGACUUUAAGCUGCAAGCUUCCAUGGCCGCUUAUAUAAUGGUGUUUACUCUAGCGCUACUGGCAGGGGGUCCCUUGGAGCUGACAGACAAACUACCUCUGUUGAAAUGCCAGUGAAGUCACACUUAAUCCUCUCUGUCUCUCUCAAAACUGUCACUUGCUACUUCCCCACACAUGAAGCAAGAAAGGGUGAAAAAAUAUAAAACUUUUACUCUAAUUUGGAGAUCGUUUCCAAUUACAACAAAACCAAAAGAUCAAUCAAACACUAUUUAACGAGACUCUUCUGUUGUAAUUGAAAAUUUAUAUGCACUGAAAGACCGAUCUAUACUGAGUGUCAGCGGUUUAAGAGAGAUAGUUUAAAAAAAAAUUCACCUGUAAAGUGUUUUAUGUUAAUAUGGUUUAAUUGUGAGGUUUCUUCACUGCGAAAGGUCAAACUCAUUAAUGAAGAAGCUCAAGGGCCUUUCUCAGACCAUCUCCAUUACUUAUUCCCUACACUCUUCCACUUCAUUUACACUAAAGGUAUGCCACAUUAAGUGCAGUCCAUAACCGCUAAGGGGGAGUUCUCUAAAAUGGAUUGUUCCUGCUAAUUGCACCUAGAACUGCACAUCAUUUUCCCUCUGUGUCUGCUCUGUCUCAAGAUCUCAUUCUCAAAGAAAUUACACCAAUAAUAUAUAACAAUGCCUAUGAAGGGGUACAGUUGUGUGCAGUUUGCUCCAGUGUUGCAUUUUGUUGUGACUGAACUGUCAGCAUCUCGCUCUUUGCUGCACAGAGCUGCAUUGUGUACUCUCAUCCUGAUGACAUCAAGUUCUGUCCACAUACACAGAACAGCCUUAAAGUUGCAACCUAGUAUGAUAAGAUGCGGACUCCACUUAAUCUCUGAAGGUCUGCUUAGGUGUCGUCAGCAGCCGAUCCUUUAAGCUCUGGAGGUUGUGAGGUGGGGCCUCCAUUGAUUGGACUUAGUGGUCCAGCACAGAUGUCAAGUCAACACCAUCAUGUUCCUUCAGGCCACCUCCUUCCGGUGCUCCCUGAUCCAGUAUGGAUGCUCGUGCCCAUUGUAGGCACUUUUAAAGCUAGAGGACAGGGGUUAGCAUGGACCCUUUUAUAGUAUGUGUUCACAUCUGUCAGUACCAGCGAUAACUAUUAUGGCAAUCUGAGCUCCAGUUGCCCUUUUAGUGGACACAUAGGGCAUCUUUCACUAUCCAUCAGUAAGUAUCAGUGAGUCAUGGCUGCCUUUGACCCUGCUGCUGCCUGUUAGACCAAUUUUCCCUCAGACCACUGCGAACCGUGGACACACCAGAAGAGCUGCAGUUUUUGCGAUGAUCAGAUCCAAUAAUAUCGCCAUCACAAUUUGUCUUUCAUUAGAGUCGCUCACAUACUCGCUUUGAGCCAAUUUGUUUCUUUCAACACAUAAACCUUGAGCACAAAAUGUGAACUUGCAGCCUGACACGUCCCUCUCAGUGUAAGGUGCCAUUGUAACAAGAUAAUCAAUGACAUUCACUUCAGCUGUCAGUGAUCAUAAUGGGUUGCUGAUUAGUGUAUUUGGUAGAGAGCUGGAGAGAGAAACGCUUCACCAGUUUAUUGUAAUUGUCUAUUCAUAACCAACUUUAAAACUAAUUUUACAGUUUAUAUCUAGCUUACUUCCCAAAGCAAUCUAGCUUUUUCAAACAGGAAAAAAAUGUGUUUUGUUUCAUAAUGACACAGCCUGUAUCUUCAGAAACUUAGCUACAGAAAUCCCCAGACUGAGUGAACCCCUGAUGCUUUGGGGAAGGGCAGUGAGAGAAAUAAUCUUUAUCACCAAAGAGAAUGAGUUUCACCAAACUGAUCACCAACAGAUAUCAGCAAAAUAUACUUUUCUCUCAUACUGGGUGUUGUUGUUAAAACCAUUACUUGUAAUUUUUCUUUUUAAAUUUUACUAUAAGACUCAUUUGCAUAAAAAAGGCAUAUUUGCUCCAAAUAAACGUACAGUGGUCCAUCUAAAUGUAUGUGAACAACAGAGGCAUGUGAUACUAUUGGCUCUGCAGUGCAGUUUGUGGAACAUCAAUCCUCUUCACAUGUAUGUGAGUUAAACAAUAUCAUUUUGUAACUUUACACAGGUUUAGUGGGCAAACACCAAGUCCUUUUGUGAUUCUUGAUCUGAGUACGGAGUGGAUUGGCAAACCCUCCGACAGGGAGUCGAACCAGUGGUGACCAUGGUUACAUAAAGUUUCUGUGUAUGCGGGAGCGAGGGAAGUUUAUCCCAAAGCUUAUUGCUGUAUCUGAUCCUAAUGAAGUGUGAUUCAUUCAUCUGUGGGUGUGAACUCAACUCAAGUUUAGGUUGUGAGUGGGGAUGGACCUUUUUGAGAAAAACUCCAACAUUUCACGGUCUUUGCUUUGGCACCAUCAGAGGGUUGUCAGUCAUCAAUGAAAAAGAUGAGGGAGUGACUGAGAAAUGUCCGUUUACAGAGUCAGCACCAUGCUAUCCGUGAACUUCUUUGACAGUGUGAAUUUGGAUUUUACAGAAAGACAUAAUUCUGAGGCGGGUUAUGAUAGGGUAUGAAAACAUGUGCCAGUUGUUUACAGACUAACGCCAGAAAUACUUCUCCAACACCCCCAUUUUGAAAGUGUGAAUUCUCUCCAUAUGCUGGUCAUUUUUCUGUGCUGUCUCAGAGUUUCAAAGCUCAGAUUAGAUUCAGUAUUCCCUCAUGGAGUCAAAAGCAAUCAUACAGUUUGCACUCCAAGGGAUAGAAGUGCCUCCCUGGUGAUUAAAACCUGCUUACCCCUGUCCCUCUCCAAUUUCCUCCAUCUCAGUUUAGCAUUUUGUCUCUUUUCAAAGACACACGCACACACCCGCAUGCACACACACACACACACAAGCACGCAUACACACAAACACACACACGCUCAAAAACUGGGUAACUAGCAAUGGAUACAGUCGAAUUCCUCCCCUAAUGAGGAUGAGCUCAUAAAGGCAUCUGUAUGAGAGUGGAGGACGAGCUAGCAGAGAUUAUCUCUGAACUGUUAAUACGACUCCUUAUGGGGAAUACUUUGAUUGAUCUCCAGCAGACUGAUAAUAAAAGGGUUAUUUUCUUUCUGUUAUCAUAUAUUUAUAAUGUCUGGUUUUGUGAGACUGAUCACACAGUGGAUUGUCACACCAGCUCUGCUCUCAUUAAAAAUAGAUCAUCUUUAAAAAAAAAAGUCUGUAUGAAUUCCCUUUUUUUCAAUGUAAUGAAAACAACUGAAAAUGUCCACAGUGUUGUUGCCUGGAGAUUAGCUGAAAAAAUGCAAGAAUUUCUUGAAAAGUAGGGCAUCGUGAGUUGAGUCACAACAAACUAUUCAAAGUUAGGCAUGUUCAUUCUGCUUAGACAAAAGACUUCUAUCUUUACCAAAUGAUUACUUCAAAAAAGUUAAUUAAAUUAAUGAAGUGAUCAAAUUAAAAUAAAUAAAUUAAGAAUGAUCAAGUGUCAGUACCUGAGGAUUCUUUCAUUUACUGCACCUUAACUUGUCUUUUAGCUACACAUAUAGCAGCAAUUAAAGCUCCUGUGGGGAACUUGUUUUGGUGGAUUUUGGCGCCCUCUGCAGACAAAGCAAUACCUCUUCUCCUUUGGUUUAAAUGUAUCCUGUAUUGAUUCAAGUUGUGGUUUUUCACCAAAAACAUCAUCCUUAUUUUGUCUACUAUUUCAGAUUCCCCAAUAUAUAUAAUAUAUAUAAAAGGGGGUGAAUCAAGAGCUGCAUAGUAAAAAACAACAACAACAACAAAAAACAGACAUCAAUGUGUGAUAAUACUUUUUCAUUUCCUAUAUUCUAAUGAACUUAGGCUGUUGUUUUAAACUGGUAGCAGUCAGCCAUGUUUGGUGCUUAGUGUUUAUUUGGAGGCUCUUUGUACACUUGAAAGUGUGAUGCUCUAUUAGCUACUUGCUGUUUGUGUAGCUAAUAAUAUUGUGCUAACAAAGUUAACUCUUAGUUUCUGUGUGUCUCCAUAUAGUUGUCAUCUUAAAUGUCAUCAAAGUUCAAUACUCAGUAGAUUCAGUAAAUUCUUUUGUAGUAGAUCAUUGCUGUUUAACAGUUUAAGAAGCACAUGAUCACUUUCUGAGUGUUUAGAUGCAGCACAGCAUCUCAAAUUCUAACUCACCCCAAGCUCUAACAAAACUAUCUCUGUGUAUCUGUCACUGAAUGUUUCUUGCAGCCCUGAGGUUUAUUAGAUUUAAGAUUUCAUUACAUUAAGGUCUUCCUUCUUCAUUGCAUAUAUUAUUCUGUCUUAAAGUUUGUGUUAGAAAUAGAAUAUUAGCACAGAAAUCAACUGUAUCAUGAAUCACAUUUAGUUUGUACUUUUUGACUUUUUGUGUUAGAGCACUAAACAAAACUAGUAGAGCCAGUCAUGCUACACAAAACUACAGAGAAACUACACAUUGUCCACUUGUUGAGAAAAUCUCAAGAAAAUCUGACAUGAACAUUUGCUCAUACAAAGAGUAAAAUCACCAUUUUACCAAGCCUUGAAUUAUAGUGAAAUGUUACUGAGUUUGAAGCUUUAAAAACAACCAUAAAGAAACAGUCGGUCUUUAUGCUAAUGGUCUUUUUUUUUUUGCUCAUAUACUACAGGAGUUGUUACACUUUAGUCUGUUAAACAACCUGCUAAAAACUCCUCACAGAAGCUUUGAACAGAAACAGGUCAUUUGUUUUGAGUGCAGUUUAAUAAUAUUUGACUUCAUACACUCAUUUCAGGUAAAUAAAACAUAUGUUUUACUCGUGCUGUUUGGUGAGCAUUAUGGUAUUUAAAAAUUAACUGCAGCACUGCGGUGGCCUGGGCGGUGAUUAAAGAAAAAUAGAUUAAACAGAGUUUGAAAUAUUAAUGAAAUGUUACGUGGAGAGUAAUGAACUAUGUUGCAGCACCACUACUGCUGUCAGAAUUAAAUAAAUAUUGUAUAAAUAGAAGCAAGAAGAAAGCGAGGAGGAGAGAUAGGAAAGAGAGAAAAAAACGGAUGGUAUUUAAUGUAAUUUCUGAGUGUUAUAUCUAAUGUUCUAGUUUACCUUUCCUCUAAGUGGAUGAAGUUCGUUGCCUGUUGUUGACUUCGAGUGUGCACUUGUGUGUAAAGCUAACUGGAUUUUCUCUCCCCACUUUGGAGGAUCCAUGUUGAAUAUUAAGACCAGCAGGCUAAUUCACUGAAAGCCACAUCAGUAACAGUUAAACUACUAAUCAGCCUAUCUCCUGUAACCUCUCAAGUGCAUGUGAUAAAGUGGAUGAAUGAAUGAAUGUAGUGGUAACUUCAGUGGAUAAAUUAAGUAAAUUAUGUUUUCACCGAACAGCUCCCUCUGUAGAUAUCAUAUUAAUAUUCAUGCAGAGCUGAGCACAAAAGAAACAGACCAUGGUCAGGACCAAAAAGUUUUUGGAGUAAACAUCUGACCCUAACUUUACAUCUAAAACUUCAUGCCUGGGUGAAACUGACAGAAAUCGAGAGGAUAACAUUUUUAUUUCAAAAUAAACAAAAGCUCCUUCUCAUACAGUUACCUCCUGUCAAAAGGAGGACAUCUUUGCUGUUCUGAGAGUUUUUUUCCCCUAAACCUCUCAGACUGAGGUCAGAACGGUUCGGUCUGAGACCCUUUUCACUGCAACAUCUCGAUGACUCGUGCCGCUCACCAGCAACUAAUUAUUUGAGAAGACAUCUGACUGCCACCCCAGGCUUAAGAUCAACAUCUCACUCAGUCACUCAGUCAGUCAGCCUGUUUGGAUAUGAGUGAAGCUAUUCAAGCUUAGCACGGAGAGUCAAGGUCACUCUUUCCUUAAACUCUGCCAGCAUGUUUAUGUUUUUUUUUUUUUCUAAGGAAAUUGAUUUGGAGAAAAUAGUUAUUUGAGGAUAAAUAGCUAAAGGGUAUAUAUCCAUAAUGAUAACAAAAUAUUCGUGACUUAGCUUUUAAAGGUCAUUGGCCAGGAUGCGUCUCUGAAGCACGUCUUGAUUUUCUCUAAUUGUAAAAGAUGUGAUCUUUCUGUAUGAAAACUGUACAGCAGGUGGAUGUGUUGAUUAAAUCCCACGCUGAAGUACAUGUGUGCAUCCUGUGCCUCUCUGACUCCUCUCUCAUACAACCAUAAAGACCUUGCUCUGAAGAGUUAGUCAUCUGAGGACAGCUCUCAUCGACCUGCGAGCUAACAGCCCUGCAGCCGUUCUGCCAUGACACUGUAAACUUUUUUUACACCCUUGUCCACUCCAUAAAGUCGAGGUGAGCUGCAGCGGAUGAAUUGUUGCACUAAUGUAGGGACCCAAGAGGACGGAGCACAUAAUAAGCAAGAAUAAGUUUUAUUUUAGAAAUGAAAUACUGCAUCGUGAAGCUGGUCCUGGGUGAUUAUCUGAGCAAAAGCAACAGAGUCAGUAUUUAUGUGAUGAUUCGAUCAGUGUAUUUGGUGUUUAUCAUGGGGCUACCGUACACUGACAUUCACUCUGGACCUCAAAGUUAAUAUGUAGUAAAAGUGUCACGAGGUUUGCAAGCAUUGAAUUGCAGAACAGUUUUUCCGGGACGUCUGUCAACAUUUAAGCUCUGCCACUGUUGCCAACAAGUAAACAUUGUGGUUCCCCGAAAUGAUCCUGGAACACUAUCAACAGUGAUUAUCAGGAAGCUGAAGCUGUCUGGGUUUAAAUCAAAUAUAAUGGACAGUAUAAUAACUCUUAACACACAAACAAACACCAAACCAGUCAGAUGACUCUCAUCCACUGGUGCUGCUGCAACCUAACUCGUAACAAGCUGUCACAUGGACAUUUUGGCGUGAUUUAGAUUUUGUUUCGCAAAUCUAGACAUUUCUGGUACGGGCUGUUCAAAUGUGAUCCCGUUCAAUGACACCAGGGAAAACCUGGUCAUUUCCAUCUAGUGUUUGUCCAGUGCAAAUAAAGCUGUGUGUUGACUUUUACUUGUGGUGACUUUUAAACCUCAGCUUUUUUGAAUCAAUAGAAGCUGUCAGCAGAGGAGGAAGGGAAGAGGAGGAGGUCCAAAACACAAAACUGGACAUAGAAAGACUGAAUAGAGCAACACAAACAUUUCUGAUCCUCUUCAUCCAGCUCAAGUGAAAUCAAGGAGAGCUUUAUUUAACUAUUCGAGAUACAGUAUGUGAUGAAGCAGUCGUGACAAAGAAUUGAAGAAAUGACCCUCUGUCUGUCAAGAUUUUGCCAUUAGCAGUAUAAAUUCUUUGGCACACAACUACCACACUCUUCUCUUUUUGUCUUCCAAGCAAUGCAUUUGGCAUGGCCGUUCAGGACAUACAAAAAUGUGUGUGCCACUAGUUUGUCCAUUCUGUGCCACUGGACAAACAUAAGGACCUGCUUCUUAUGGAGAGAAAAACAUUUAUUUUAUGUUAAUAUUCAAAACAGUUUUUAUGUCCUGGUGAUUAAACACCAAUUUAAACAAAACUUAAUUUCUACUAAGUCUGUUCUGCUGAAUGCAUCUAAUUUCUACAAACUAAACCUUUGUAUUAUACCCUAACUCCUUUGCAAUGUAAAUGCAAUCCAGUUUGCAAGGACUAAUGCACAACAUUGCACAAAACACAUUCAGAAUGAUAGUAGCUUUCCAUAUUGUUGCAAAUUGCUUACAUUGCUUCUCUAAAUAGCAAACUAUCUGUUGCAUCGGCCUCUAAACAGCACACAAAUGAGGUGCAUAAACCACAAAUCCUGCGAGGACGAGUGUGUAGAACAGUGGAAUGACUUUUUGUGCGAGUGUGUGAAAAGGUAAAUAAUUUUCUUCUAUUUUCUGCAUUUUCUCCUGAUAUUGAAUGAAAGUCGAGGUGCGGGGAGAAAAGAGAGAGGGGAAUGUGAGAAAAGCCAAACUUGAGGUUUCUGCUCUAGGAAAAAAGGUUCUUGGGCUUUGUGAGUCUACUGACUGCACCUGCGGGGGAAGGUGAUUUAAUUUUGGUGCUAUGGAAGUGCCGAGAUUAGGACUGGGUGACUGAUAGGAAGGCUGCUGGAGGGGGAAGGCUAAGUAUCUGCAAACCGCGGAGAACAUGGCACAGGGUGAUCUGAUGGAAGCAGACAAAGUUAUUUGUUGUGAAAAUAAAUGAAAUGGAACUAAAGUUUGGACAGAAAGAGAUAUAAUGUUCUCUACUUUAAGAAAUAAACUGAACAGGUCAGUGAUUUAUUUUAGCCAGAAAGAUAUGUCUUUUCGGAAUAUAUAAUGAAAAAGGUUUUCAUGUAUUGUACGGGUUAGAAUGAGUUUGGAAAUAUCAGCAAAAAUCUAAGAUUGUGCAUGUCUAAUUCAGAGCUGUCUCCACUGUUUAGACUUUGAUAAAGAAACCACAGCUGCAGCACAGUCUGUACUGCUCCACACCUCGGCUUGCAUCAUACAGGCAUGUACCAUCCCUGAUAAGCUCUGCAUCCUGAAAUACCCCAAACCCUGACUUCCUGCUCCCCAUAUGUGCACAUAACCCCAACAGUCUCUCUGUCUUGAUGUGCAGGUACAAAGCUGUGUGCUGCAGAGUCUUUAUCUAAGGCUCUAAUACUGAAGUCAUUGGGGCAUUUCCUUGCUGUCCUACCUAAUUAAAUGCCCCAUAUGUCAGCAUCCUACUUAAUCUGCUUGUUUUUGUCAACACCAUUCAAAGGGCUAAUCUAACUUCUUCCGAACAAUCAAGGCAGACAGAGGACUGUGCCAAGAAUCAUAAUAUGCAUUUUCUGGAUAAACAUUGUAGAGGAAGGUGACCAGCAGUGUUUGGAAAAGACUGCGUGUUGAUAAAUAAAGAUGCUCGGCUUUCCCUUAUAAGGCCUUAUUAUCUAGUUUACUCGUACAUGAUUCGAACAUACUUUCACACAUUUGUUAUCACAUCUUGUACCCCUCUGCAUGUCUUUGAGAUGCAAAUGCAACCAACAUGUACUUGUUUAGCUUGUCCUAAUCAAGUGCACGAGCAAACAAGAUGCCAAAUUAAUUCUAAAGGUUAAUGAGCGCCGAGGCCAGAUGACAGCCCCUGAACAAAUAAUGAUGGAGAGAGGAAGUGUAAUAAUGGCAUGAGGUGUGGCUUGGCAGAAAGGCAGACCAGCUGUGCAGACCCAAUUUCAGGUGUGAGUUUGGGUCAGCUCGGGCUGCUGUGCCCGCUCUGAAAGAAACUUGUUGCUUCUGUCCAGCUGUCUGUGCGGCCUUGAGAGUAGUCUCCAGCAUCAAAAGAUAAACUACUGAAGAAGACUGUAAUACUUGCACUUUAGCCUUCAGCUCUAUUUCUUCUCCAGCUCCUGAUGCACAUGAUUCUGUAUGAAAAAUGAGAAUAAAUGUGAUUGUUUUCUUCAGUCUAGCUGCAGUAAUGGCCUCCUUGAGUUAAAUAUCCAAAUUCCUCAGGCUUUGUUCUUGACCUCUACACCCUCAUGUAGAAAACACUUUCAUAUCAUUUAACUGCAGCCCCCCUAAAACCUCUUUCCCAAUCUGUCUCCAGACAUUGUUUGUCUCUUUGUAAAGCAUAAUUGUGUCAACAAUCACGAGAGACGAGACACCAGACCCUUUUGGAUAAGUGCUUUCCCACAAGGUAAAUUUGGCAGGCGAUGAGGGGGCAAACAUGCAAACAAACCCGCCGACAGUGAUUUUCCGUCGCCUGUUACUAUGCAUUUUAAUGAAGUUGAUGGAUUAAUGCUUCACUCCUGUAAUAGGCCGCUCGGAGAGCACUGGUUAAGCCUGAUGUGCUCUAUCAGUGCCAAGCUUAUCUCAUCAGUAAUGGUCACUCAUGAGCUCCCAUCCGUCUUUUUCCACAUCACUUUCCAUCUUAAUAUCUUGGUGGUGAAUGGUGUUUUUUCCGAAGCAGAGCAGUCAAAGCCCACAGUAACAAUGUUGUCUCGAGGUAAAAUGACUAAAGAAUAAGCUCUUAAGUGUUGUUGCUGAUUGCCAGAUGAGAAUUGAGCUGCAGGGUAGACAUUUAGACGGAGGGUGAGAGACCUGUUUAAUUGGGGUGUUAGGUUUAUGCAUCCGCACAUACGUUUGAAACAGUUGAGCUGUUUUUAUAGUGAAGUCGGUUUGUCACUGCAUGUGUAGAUGUCUACAUUCAUGCAUGUGCACACUGUGUUGUUUUUCUUUUUUAUAAUCUUGGAUCAGAUCUGUUCGGUCUAAGUUUGUGUUGGCUUUUGAGGUGUUUGCUUGAGCUGUUGCAGUUGUUGAUAUAAGAUUGUAUUUUUUUAUUCCUAAAACUUGACCUUACUUAAAUAAACUGAAACAAUUGGAAGUUAAUUACCUUUACAUCUGCUAGAAGUAACAAUGCACGAAUGAAGAAGAGUUGGGGAAAAAUAAUGUAACCUUCAGUACCAGACUUGGCUGUGCGUCACUUAAAUGUGAGCUUCAGAGCAAAUUUUCACAGCUCUUUUAACAACAAAAAAGACAAUUAUGUUUUAACCAGAUUUUCUUUUGACAACCACCAGAUGUUUGCAAGCUUUGCUAUUCUUUUAACGAAGCUUUGGUAGAAAAUAAAGACAGCAAUUAGCAGAAGGAGAGAGAAGGUUUUUUCAGUUGUCAAGAAGUCGAAGUGGCACUGUUAUAUAAAGCUCAGCAUGUGUUGUGCCUUCAUGAGAUUCUGUUGAUGCUGCGUGUUUUGGACACAUUGAGGUCUGUCUUCUUCUUCAGAGGAUUGCACAACAGAGUUCCUCGUAGGAUGAUCAGUUUAGAGGGAUGUUUUUUUCUCUUUGGUUCUAAUUUUCUGACGCUGAAUCCUGAGUUAUAUUAAUCUAAAAAAAAAAAUCUGUCACACAGCUUUGUUUUUGUUUUGGAAAUAUCAUUAACUGCAAAAAGUUUGCUUUGGGGCUAUCCUUGCCAAAGAAAACCAAAAGCUGCACCACAAAUAGCCUCUCUUGAUUUCGACUGGGAUUAGAUUUGUUUGAAAACACGGGCAAAAAUCCCAUCAGAGUGCCUGAUUUUAAGUGUUCCUUUUCAUUUGGGUAAGCGCUAUUUAGAGCUGCUUAAUGGAUCCUGUUUCAACUCUCCUCCCAUGUCUUUGAUCGGUGUCCCACCUCCCGAGCUCUUAUCUGAGCCGACACAAUGGACCAACAACCUGCUCUCAUUCUUCUCUCUCAGAGGAGGGACCAUCAGCAUAGCUAAUACCGUUGGAUGUCAGCGUUUCAUCUCCUUUUAUAUCCUGCAUUUUCUCUUUACUCUCUUCUUAAAUGCUUUCACACUGGUGGCGGCAGUCCCACUUCUCAGCUGAAUAUCACCGUAGAGUGAAUCUUCCCUCUCGAUUAUUGCCUCCCCAUUGUCCACUAGCUUUGUGUGCUGGGGCUUUCUGUGUCAGCCUGCCUUGAAUUGGCCUGUUUACUGUGAUUAAAUGGGAGCAGGGAAGGUUGGGGGAGUGACUCUUCUUGAAUGUAGGAAAGUUUCUGAAAACACUGCAGCACUUAAGUUUUACAUUAGCCGUCACUGAGACAAAAUAGGUACCCUUUGUUUCUGCUGUUUUUUUUUUCUUCACAUCAAAUCUCCGUGCUUUUCUUACCCAUAAUUACAAACUACAAUCUGUGUGCUGUGCUAAUUGUGUUUAUUACUCUUGUGUCUAAUUCUAAUUCCCCAUUUUCUCUUAAGUGAAAUCAUUAAUUAACAGUUCGGAGCAUAUGGAGCCAUAAACUUCAUGUGAGCUCUUUCAACGAGGUUUUAUUGGUUGGCUGCUUAAACACAGUAUUUAGCUCAGAAUAUAACAAUGUUUCUUUGGACUGUGCUUUCUUAAAAGACUUUGGGGAAUAUGGAUUAAAUAUCUGGCAUCCCGCAGAGGAACUUGUUUGUCAAUUUAAUGGUAUCAGGCCUCGGAGACUAUUAUUGGGGAUGAAAAUGGAAAGAGGCUCUCCUCUUUGCGAGCACACCUUUUACUGGCUGGUGCAGCUCAUUAGCCUCACUUGGCACCGCAAAAUGCAGGAAAAAUAGAGAAAAAUGAUUAGCAUUGGCAAUGAUGGCAGUGGGAUUCAUUAUACUCAUAUACCCUGAGUAAAAUUUGGCAGUAGAGAAAAGGACAAUCAAGCGUUUAUGGAUUUUACUCCAGGCUUCCUUGACUUGAGUCAAAAAAAUGAGUCCUUUUCUACUCACCGUCUUAUUGCUUUUGGCGUACAGAUGCUAAAAAAUGACACAAUGGCAGAGUAUUUUGAUAAAGCUUUAAAAUAUGGAAUCAAGGGAACAACCCCUGUGUGCUUUGAUACCUCAUUGAAGCUUUUAUCACAAGAGGAAGUCUUAUCAGAUUAAUGAGAGGGAGGGAAAGCGAGAUUUUCAUGUGUGAAAUCUGUCCUUGUUUGAGAACUGAUGUUAUCUCUUUGUCUUUUUUUUCCAGGUUUUCGGUGAUUAUUAUCACUUCCGACAUCGCACAGUGGUGAAGAGAUCGCUGUCAGAUCACAGAGGGACACAAGUCCGUCUGGAAAAAGAUCCUAAGGUAAGAAGUUCGUACUCAGAGGUGUGAGACAAUUACUGUGCUUGUGAAUGAUGACUGUGGUGCUGUUAUUUCUGUGGCUUUGUCCGUCAGAGCACAUACUUUUCUACAAAGGGUAUGCAUGUAACGUCUCGACAUGCAUAGAGUCACGACCACAUGUGGUCAGAGUUUCAGUUCAGACAUGUUGAUGUUCUCUCUAGGCUUUUCCAGAUCCUCAGCAAGAGAUAAUAUGUAUAUGCAAUCAUUUGAAACUGUAAUUUAUCAUUAAUAUAGUCACAGUAGGAGGCUGUGCAGCAACAAGAGUAGACACCAUAUGCAGAACAUCAGGGAGCCUCUGCAUUUAAUCAGGGAUAAAUAUAAUCUGACCCCCACAGUUAUGACUCCAUAUGAUCCCUGAACCAGUUUCCUUCACAUCUUUUUGACUCAUGUUAUGAAAGCUCAGUGUUUCAGUAAAACAUUCAGAUAUUUGUAGUUAGAAAAGAUUGUCUGAAAUGAUAAAAUAUCAGACUUUGCAAAUAAGAAAAUUCUUACAGAUCGAUUGAUCAUCUAAGCUCUCAAACAUGUAACUCUAUAAAAUGAUAGAUGAUUUGAGGUGAAGUGUUCAGUCAGGCAGCUCCCUGUGACACCAGGUAUUGUGUGCAGCACAGAGGCCCAGCAGAAACAAAGAAGAAUACAGAAAGAUAACAGUGACAGGGCGAUGAACCAAACCCUGGGCUCUCAUUUGUCACCGUCUUUUAAUGGCUGCCUCAGCGUUCACGCUGCCUGUUUUUCUUUUCACCUGAGCUGUUGCCUUUUUGCAGUGCUCCCUAAAUACAUCCACUCCUGUGUGGAUCUCUGUGAAACUACCUCCACCUGCUUGACUGAUUUAAUUUAUACACAUAUAUAUAUAUAUUUUUUUUAUAUUCCUGUAUUUUUUCAUUUUUUAUGGGGGAUUUGAAGUUAGUCUGAAAAUGAAUCUGUGACCUCCCCCAUUGGGAAGGACAAAAGAGGGGAGUGUGAAAUUAAUAUCCGAGGCGUAGGAUAGUGUGUGAAAGAGGAUGUAUGUUUCCCAUGAACACUUGCCACUUCAUUAGGUAAGCCUAAGCAGUGUCUUAUUAUACGAGACAGCAACUUUGCUUUAAAUGUAUGCAGCUUCUAACCUUUCAGUUUCUGUUGACACUGUCAGAUCGGCAAUGAUUUUAUUUCAUGUUUACUAUCAGAGUCAUGAAAGUGGGAGGUUUUUACUCCACAUCAUAUCAUUGAAAGGCGUUUUCAAUAUUCUAACCCUGAUCUUAUGAUAAUGUGGGUUAGGUUUGUCUGCUGCAGAACACAAUAUUAGUAAGUAAAAGCUGGUGCUCCCUCCAUAGGUAACAUAUGGUUGGUACCCCUACAAUAGAAUCACCAUACUUAAUUAAAAUCAAGGUUAUAUGUAAUUUUCUCUAAAUUAUGUUUUCAACUGUACGUCUCCAGCACCUUUCACACAGCUGCUUUUCUCACCAGCCUUUCCUUUUCUCUUAACCUGUAAGUCUCUCCUCUGUUGAUAGUUAUCAUCAGCAGUACAUACCAGAUCAAAUAUAUACAGGACUAUUUAUUUCAUAGAAAAAAGGUGGACAAACACUGAAAAAACUCCUCAUAGAAUAAAGUAAUAUGGGACUCUAUUAUGAUGUGAUCCAGGAAUGGGUGUGGCUUUUUGUUGAUGAGGAAGCCUGUCUUAAUGAUCCAAAACUGAGAGUACAGGAAAACAUCUGUUGCAAAGUAAAUAGAGAGCAUGAGGAUCAAGUGCGUGUUAGUAAAGCAAAGGCACAGACUGAGCAUAGAGAACAAAGCCAGUAUUGAUUAGCUCAUGGCUAACCUAAAGGUUUGUAUCAUUGUAAAACACUUAUAGGCACAUGAAGAUAUAAGUCUUCUGUUUUUUUAAAUGAAGGCUGAAAGGUUGUUAAAAAGGUUUUAUCGGUAACUGCAACAUGGUUAAGUGAAUGCACAUUUAGGGGAUUUACUUUCAACACCACACUGGUGCUUUGUCCUAUCCAACCAUGGCAAUGGGUGAGCAGUAGGAUAUACAUGUUUUUAUAACUAAUAAUAAACAGUAAAGAUGUCUCAGGUCUGUGUUUUUUUAGUGUUUUGUAGGCCUGAUGUAAAAAUUAAUGAUACCUCAAACCAUCAAAACACUCAAAGCUGUAUACUUUAAGUCUGAAGAGUGUACUGGGGGAAUAGUUUUGCUGCUUGACAACAGUGCAUUUCAGUGUCAUAUUAAAGUAUUUUAAGUUCAGUGCAGAUUUUCUGACAGCUGGCAUACCUCAAGUACAAUGGGCUGCAGUGAACAAUGAAACUGAAAUAGCUCAGGCUUUAUAUAAAGCAAGCUGUGGUCAGUUGUCUCCAGUACUUGUCUUAGACUCCACUGCUCUUUAUAUUACCAGCCGACCGGUACAUGAGCCUUUUGAGGAACAGUUUUCCACUGAUGAUGAGGAGCAUCUCUUCUUCUUCACUGUCUUUAUAAACAUGUUUGUAUCUAUUAUACAGUACAACAUUUUCAACAAUGUCUAUGAAAAUCUAUUGAAUCUGCAAAAAAUCUAGGAAAAUGUUUAAUGCCCACAAAGAGCGACUGAAACCCUCUGUAAGGUUUCCACUCACAUGUUGUUAUGCUGUCCACCUACACAGAACAAGUGCAACAACCUCUGCUGAGUUAAUUUGCACCCAUGUUAGAAAUGGUCCACCUCUUCUGUGGGAUUUCCUCUAAUGCUGGGGCUUCAUUUCCUGUUGUUGAAUUCCUUUUUUUCCCCUCACAGCAGCCAAGGAAAGGCGGAAACUCUUUAGCAGGGGCCAGGUCAGCUUGUCAAUAUCUACAGCAAUCUACGAAAUGCUUUAUGUCAGCAACUGCACGAUUUUGGUUAAUUUGUUUGUAUAUUUAAUCAAGCAAGUUUUACAAAAGAUGCUGCAAUAUGUUGCAAUUUUUACCAGAUCCCUCACAGUUUUAGGACUUAUCAACUCCUUAUCUAAACAGCAGUGCAUUUUUUCUUUUAGCUGGGACGCACUGAAAAUCACCUCACAUUUGACUCCCGUUUGCAGCGAAGCACAGGAAGGAUUACGAAACAAUUCCUAAUGGGAGUAAUUUUCAGUUCUAGAGAGGCUGUGCCUGCAGCCCCUAAACGGGUCGAGAUGAAGCUUUAACAAAAGGGCCGGUAAACUCUCUUUGAAGAGUGUCUAAUUACUGACAAAAGCACCUGGACCUGAGCCAGAUCUCAUAGAUUGGUACGCAGAGCUCUGUUAAUGGGGCCUAUUGAAGAUUUAAAGCUCAGGUCUAUCUGCUACCUCCACACCUUCUACUGUCUCUUUUUAGUAUCUGGUUGCUUUGUCAGGCGGUUUGCUUUACCCCGUGAGUUUUUGUCUAAUGAGUUAAAAGAAACAUUGAACUUAACUCUCAUUUGUUUGCUUGUGGUUGAGGCUCAUAAUUUCCUGGUUUCAUUACUGUGGAAGAAGAGGAGCAGCUGUGACAUGAAAAAGCUUUAGUAUAAAUCUGAACAUCUGAUCUGUACUAUAAUUGGUGUUAUGUUCCCUCAUGGUAAUGAUGCUUCAUUUGAGGUUUCCGUGCAGCCUCAGAGGGAGGAUGCUAUGUUUGUGUAAUGAAGAAGGACAAUUCGGUGGGUGGGCGAAACGAGUCCUGCUGGGAAGCUUUGUUUGUUUUGUUUUUUAGAAAGUAUCCUCCACCUAAACAUAAAACAGUCUGUUUGCGAAUAUCCCUGUUCUGCACUGAAGCUGGUGGAGCGCACAAGAUUAACACAGUUUUUCAUUUUCAUAAGCUCAUCCACAAUGAAAAAAGGCUGUUUGUCACAGGCAGUUAAGGAAUCACAAAAUAUACCUGUUUAUGACAAAUCCUACAAAGAAAAUGGAAAAGUUUCUAGUUAAACUCUUGCCAAAGUAUGAAAUUUCCUCUUUGUGGGUUCAGAUUUGGUGCUGAACACUCACAUUUUUCACUCUGAAUCAGUGAAGGGAAAGAAGUCUCUGCUGAUGUGAGGUUAAAUUUGAUAAAUACAGACUAACCACUGACAUUUAAUAUUAAAAACAACUGGCAGUAGACGCAGAGCACUAUUGGGGAGAUAUGUUCUUGUAAAUGGAAUAUGUUCCUCUCUCCACAAAAGGAUCAGUAAAAGUAAUUACUGUACUGCUGCACAGUUUUCAUCAAGUUAUGUUUCCCAGGGCUGAUUGAUUGAGAAUCCCCAUCAAGUAAAUCGAUUCUGCAGACACCCAACGUGUGCCAUUGUUUCCCCAACUAGGACUAAAGCAGGAUGGUGUCUUUUCUUUGCUGCGCUUUGAUUGACGUCUUAAGGAGUGGUGUAAGGCAUCAAAAUGAGUAGCUGCACAAAUGAGCAGGAAAUAUCUGGAGGUGUCUGCGUUUAGAAAGAGCAGAAACCAAAGCUACUGUACUGUGGCUAAUUUACAUGUUAGCUGGAAGCACAUGGGCUGUGAUUAAGCUGUAAUAUCAUGAUCUUUUAUUAAGUAGACUGUUAAAGCUGGACCAUGUAAAAGGGAACUGUGAUAUUUAUAAAACAUUUCUGUAUAUUGACAUAUUUCUAAGUCUGAAUCUGCUAAAUGUUCCUGAAUGGCCUCUAAACAUCUCCUGCAGCAGUUGCAGUAUAAUCCAAGAGGGUGAAGCUCUUCUUUGACACGGACAGACCCAGACUGUUAUGGAUUGAACUCAAUGUCCUCAAAAAUCACAAAAACAGCGGCUACAUUUUCUCCAGGUCUGACUCACAUUUCCAACAUUGUCUCUCAGCGAUGUCUCCUCGCAAAAGGUUACCUCGCUCACAAGAUUUCAAAGCAAGAUCUGAUGUUUGCCAAAGAAAAGGAGGAUCCUACCUUUGAACAAAAGGGUCUACCUCCUCAGAGACCCUCUCCUCUCAGUUAUCAGGAACAAUCUGAGCCUGUAACUAGUAAAAAGGAUACUUUUACCGGACUUGAUCUGCUUGUUUUUAAAAAUAUGAUUUCUUUGUUAUUGAAGCUAGUUCUUAUGCAUGAGUUAGUAAAACUUCUCUGUGCCAUCAAGCCUCCAAACUGUGGUAGCAGUGCCUGGAUUUGAAGCCAAAAUCCCGCUUUGAGUGAGCGAGCAAGAAGAUGAUCCUUAAUUUGGAGGAAUAAACUGAAACAUCUAUCACUGAAAAACAUGUAAAACAAUCAAAACUUGCUCACUACUUUAGCUGGCUCUGUUAGUUUUUAUACUGAUAAUGCCAUGACAACAAGAUCUUUUAAGGGACUUAUCAGCAUUUGAGUUAAUACUACUGUAGUUGGCUGAUGCACUCAAUGCAUUCGAGUGAGAGCUUGUAGCAACUCAACAACAUUUCCUCUGCAGUGAAAAUAAGAGUGAAAAUAAGUUGCUACACUUCCAGCAAGGCCGUGUAUAAGAUUGCAAUGCAUGCCUAUGAUGUUUGUAUGUAUAGGGUACAACACCAGGGGAAAUAUGAAUCCCACUAUGCUCCACAGGGAUAAUGAGAUCAUUUAAGAUGCAAGUUAGACUCAGUGGAAGCUACUCAAGCCACACGGUGCCGUGAUCAGUCAGCAGCUUUCUACAAUUUUCUGUGCGUAUAACUUCCUGUGUUGCCCCAGAUAACAAAUAGUGCGGUAUGAUUGCGUGUUUAGCAUCCUACAAUACUUGUGUCAGCAUUCAGGCAGACCUCACUGACAUAUGUGUGAAAACCCAACGAGUUUCACACAAGAUUUGAUGAUAAAUAGCAUACCAGGAAUUGGAUGAGGGGAAAUCACGUACACAUCCUUUUGACGCAAGAGGAAACCACUUUUUUUUUUAAUCUCAGUAAAUCUUGAGAAUUUUUUAUAAGAUGGAAUUUUUAACCUCCUAACUGAGUCUUCGUCAGUCAGACAGUAGAUAUCUUUUUCAGUCGAUGUUACCAUUUUCUUUAACAUAGUAUGCCAGUAUUACAGCCUGCUGCAGAAACUGCCUGUGGGUCUCCAAACCGUCUCUGUCUCUGACUAAUUAGCCGUAGUAAUAACGUCACAUAGGAAUAGUUGUGUAAAACCCCAGAGAUCUGGAUCUCUUCGUCUAAAGUUGUGAAACGAGUAAAAACAUAUUUAAUGAUUCAGUGAGAACACUCUCCAUUCGAGCUACUGUAAAGGCCAUUCACUCAAAAUUUGAUCAGUUGUGACACCGCUAAGAAAUAGAAAUUACAAUUAUGGUAUUAAAAGUAGGAGCGAUAAACCUAAAAAGUAAAGUGUAAAGCUUUAUAACAGUUUCUGACCCAAACCUACGCUGCGCUCUGACUUGAUUUAUCUUCACAGUGCUGUCAACAGGGGAAUUUAGCAGAAUAAAAUACACACCCAGUAAGACACAGGCAUUUAUUUUUUGAGUUUGAUAGAUAAGAUUUCAUUUCUUCUUUUCAAAACUCCAGCUGCUGACAACACCAACACGAAGUCAAAAAAAAAGAAAGAAAGUGCCAGUUUCCAUUUUUGUAGACAAAUUCUUAGUUUAUAUUCGAGCAUAUACAGAAGUGAGAUUGUCAGAUUGCCUGUUGGCCUGAAAAUUGUCUGCAACUUUUUUGGAGUUAUCCAUCAGUACAAACACAGACUGCUUACUUGUUAUUCUCUUCCACCGCUUGCAACUUUUUAGCGAAAAUGUUUGCUGACACAUCCCAUAUGUUUGUUAGCAGCAGUUCUGUGACUCGGUGUGUCAAAGACCUAUAAUUUCUCUUUUUCUAAGUGGAAAUUCUCAGUGUGACAAACUGCCACAGCUGUACCACUCAGUGCUGACCUCAUCCUCUGUAAGACUGCAGUUGGAAACAUCUUCACCACUCGAAAACCACCAGUAAAGAGACUAACAGACAUGAUCCUUCACAUUAAAACCUCUCUACUUCUUUGGAAAAAGGAAAUUAUUUCAUUAUGGCAUUUUAUUAUUCUAGUGUUGAAUUGGCAUGGCUUCAGUUUUGCAGCUAAUGUGACCUUCAUUACUUCUGUUCCUCUUUUACUCUUGCGUCUCUAGUGAUCUGCAGAGAGAGAGAGAGCGAGAGGGAGAGAGAUGCACUAUGAUUCAGUCGUCCUUCACAUCAGGUGCUCCGUCCUUGCAGCAGGCAGCUCUCUGUCUUCUUUCACUGACAUAUUUAGUUUCUUUUCUGGUCCGCCUGGCUGUUUUGCUGUGAAGUGAGCACGAUUCUGCAGAGGAAGGAAGAUGCAGGGCUUAUUUUCCCUGUAUGCAAUCUGCCUCUGUCAACAUUUUCUGCAGGAGCUCUCACAUUAGGAAAGCCGCUGCAGACUGGCUUACUGUUGUGUUGUGAGACUUGUACUGACGCUCUGCCUCUAUCUGUACGUUGUUUGUAUACAUGUAUGGUAAGAUUCUCUUUGUCAGCAUAUUAAAUCCUAAUGCAUUUCAUUUUUACACUGAUCCUGAUGUUUUAAUUAGUCUGGAUUUACAGUGGAAACUCUUAGGAAGUCUCAUUAGUGUGGAGUCCUCAACACCCCGCUGCCUCUAAUCCCUCUCUUUCUUAUGUCAUCCUGCAGGAUCCAAGAAUUUAGAUCUUGAUUUAUUUGUCCGACAUCCUGACCCCCAUGUUUAGCGCUUAAUCAUUUCUUUUUUUGAGUUAGCAGCAGGAGUUCUUUUUUUCUGCGAGCCACAACAAAUUUUGGUUUUAAUUGCUCAUUUUAAUCCAUGUAUUUGUGUGUUUGUGCAUUCCUCGUUUAGGUGACUUGGGCUGAGCAACAGGUUUCAAAACGAAGGAAAAAGAGAGAUGUCUACGUGGAACCUUUGGAUCCUAAAUUCAGAGAUCAGUGGUACCUGGUGAGUCUGAACAGGAAUGUGUUGAAUGAAAGGCGAAGUGUGUGUGUAUGUGCAGAACUGUAAAUUUGAUGCGUGUGUGUAUGUCAAAAAUGAGUCAGCAUUGAGCACUGGUUGAGCUUUUCAUCCGUCUCACGUCAAUACAGCUAAUUAAAUUUUUUGGCUGCUUUGCUUCCUCAGCUGUCAAAAGACAAGUCGGUAUCUGAUCCUUUAUAUCUCUCUGUGAAAGCCUGGUGUGUGUCUUGUUUGCAGAGGAAGCAGCACAACUCAGAGUAACUUAACUGAGAAGCUUGAGCUCGAACAAAAGCAGACAGAUCCACACAGAGCAUCUUUGAUUUCUGAAUUGCAUCCUUUUUCCGAUUGAUGGUUGACUUAAAUCUGUGGACGAAAACAAAAGAGAGGGAAGCAGAGAAAGUGAAGGUUAUUCACCUUGAAGCGUUCUUGUUCUCCCUGAUUGAUUCUCACGUUUGACUUGAAGAAUGUCACUGAUACAUUGGCCUGUUAGAAGCAGCUGUAGCAACCCCUGAGAUUUUCUCCUCAGCUCCACUCUUCCUCCAAUUACUGAGAGGAUGCUUCAGGCGGAAGAAGACUCACACUGAUGCAAAACAGACUUGCAUCACCACUGGUUCAAAAUGUCUGAGCUUUGACGGAGGCACUCUGACUUCCCUCGUUGGAGUAGUUAGCGGCGGCUUGAAAGCCAAAUGAGCAGAUAAAAGCCUGCUGCCUGGUUUUAUCUAUGUGACUAGAUGUUAUAGGUUCUGACUUCAGUCAUAGGAGUUCAGAGGAGUUCACUGACUCAGUAGUACAAGCUGUCUGUGAUGGAGAUGGGUGUAGAGGGGCUUUGUGUAAAAUUUAUGGGCUUUUUAAUGUAUUUUGGGACUGAGAGAGUAACACAUUAUAAAGUUCAUGAUUAAUUAUUCUAUCAAGCAUUUUCUCAACUUUUAAUCAGGGAAAAAGGAGCAAUAUGAUCCAGGCUCUGACCUCUAGAUAUAAAUAGAUAGUCCCAAUUCUACACACGGUACCUUUAAUUGUUGAACUACUGAAAAAAGGUUUAAAAACACGCACACACACACACACACACACACACACACACACACACACACACACACACACACACACACACACACACACAUUUAUAGGCAAUAAAUGAUGUUUGAGGGGGGAAAAAAAAGAACAUAAACAAAAACUUUCUUAUCAUUAGUCUAGUAUCUAUGACGGAGUAUUAGAGCCACAUUAAGAAAAAUGUAGACUUUGAGAUGAGUGUCAUUAAUUUACGAGAAUGAAGUAAUUACUAACGAGAAUAAAGUCAUAAUAAAAUCAUUUAUUAUGACAAUAAAGUCAUAAUAAAAUCAUUACUUUCUAGUAUAAAGUCAUUGUAAAAUCAUUAUGAUACUUAUGAUAAUGUGGUGCUGAUAUCCCGAAAGAUUAAGUAUCUCCCUGUUUCAGAAACCUACAUUGAAGUACAUUUUCACAAAAUACUUGAUGGUUCUUAUUUCGCAUCUGUAAUCUUAGACAACAGGUUAGAAUAUAAGGACUUUGUUCUGACUUUACUCUCGUAAGUGAUAACUUUACUACGACUUUAUUCUUGUGAGUAAUGACUUUAUUACAACUUUAUUCUUCGAAGUAAUGAUUUAAUUACGACUUAAUUCUUGUAAGUAAUUACUUUAUUAUGACUUUAUUCUUGUUAGCAAUUACUUUAUUCUCAUAAACUAAUCCAUAAGUCUUCAUAUUUUUUUCUUAAUGUGGCCCUAAUAGUCCAUCGUAAGUAUCCAAUAUUCAUUCUAUUUACAUUUGUUUAUUCUAUUUUUUAUUCUAUUUAUUUAUGUAAUAUUUAUAUAUUGUUGUGGUAAAUGAAAUCAUAAAGUUAUUCAUUUAUUAUCAAAAAAGAUAUGAAGUCAUUUUCUGUCAAUCAAUUGAUGGACUAAUCAUUUUCUUCUUCACUACAAACUCUGUUGGUGCAUUUUUCUGUAACAGUUGAUGAGAAAAUGACGUAUAAAACUGUUUAAAAAGAAGCACAGAAGGAUUGAUGUUCAUAAAUACUUAUACUGUAGCUUUUAAAGCAGAACUGAACCAAAAGAGAGGGUCUCUCAAAAAUAAAGAUCAAUUUCUAUUUGAGUCUGCCGGCAGCCCAUGAGGUUUUGAGCUCAUUAAACAACAAAAGACACGAAACUGGAGCAGCACCUUUACUAUUCUCAGAUCUGUUCCACUGGCAGGAACAGCUAAGCCCUGAGCAGAAUAUAAAUGUCACGAUUUCAACAUUUGUUAAAACAAAAAAAAAAAAAGGACUGUGAACAUGUAAGUCGUUCACAAAAACAAAGACCAUAUAGAGUGUUGGGUCAGAAUCACUUCAAGCCUAUUUAAAGGGCAGUAAUUAGUGUUUUUGGACUUCAUUAGGAUAUCAGAUGUCGGACAAGUCAACAUUUCUGUGAGCUGGGCUCAAUAUGAAAAAAAAAAAUUUUCCUUUGAGUACUAGUAUCUUCAACCUCACUGUAAAUAAAUCUGAUGUACCCUGAGUCAAUACUCUAAUGUUGAGUGUUGGAUAAACCUCUAAAUAUUGUUCUUGCUGCUCCAAAACCAAGCAAAAGUAAUUUGAAAAUACCUACUUGUUUGGUUUACCUUCAACUUCUAAAUUAAUGUUUGUUUUAUUCAUAGUUCACCUCACUGAUGUUUUAACGUUCUAGUUAAGACCCUGAGUCAAAAAAAAAAAUGGCAUCAUGUUUGUCAGGAAGCACAAAGAUGAAGCAAAAGUUGCAGAAGUGUGUGGCAAUUCUCUCUCUUCUGAUGGAGAAGGGUCGAGGCCUCAUUAAAACCCAAACAUGGAUGGCCAGAGGAGAGUGUGGGUGGGACCGUGUGCACAGGCGUCCUUCAUGGUCAGAUGCUAAUGGUCAGCAGCUGCUGUUACAAUCAAUAUUUUAGUAUUUUUCUGACAUUCAUCUAAACGAUAAGAUGUUUUGUUUCCCACUGGUAAAACAGCGUAAAUCAUUGGCCAGUCAAAAAACUGAAAGCUUAAGCAGCAGAUCAAGCUCUGAGUUUGCUGAAGAAAGCCUGACAUUCAGGGAAAAAGAGAAGGGUCUUAGCUAAAGAGCAAAAUUCAAAUGAAACCCUGCACAUGCCACUGUUAGAUUUAUUAGACACUUAGUAUGUCAGCAGCAAAAAGGCAUUUUGAAUGUGAAUCAGCAUUGAGGGUCACAACAUUCAGCUUUAAUUGAUUUUGCUCUUGAUGGUCUCAGUGUGAACGAAGUAACAAGGUUGUUGAAGAAACCUCAUCCAGGGUGAUAGAUGACAAUUUCAAAGGUCUCAAAUCUAAGAGGAAACCUGUGACAGAUAGCCCUUCAGACAGAUUGAAUAUUAUGUGAUGAUAUUUUUGAAAAAGAGGAGCUUUGAACUCGGGACAUGGCUUUUGACCAAAGGUCACAUUGAAUGUCAGAAACGUAUCUAAUAGCAUACAGAAUCAUGAUUGGGUGCUGCAGCUCUGCUUGAUGUUGAUAAUGAAUGUAAUAAAUGCAGGCAUGCUCUGAUGCUUUCAGAAUAGAGAUACCCUUAGUAUUACUUUAAUACCUGUUCUCGCUCAUUGAGAAACUUCAACGUUUCACAGAAGAUGAAUGACUGAAAUUCAAUAAGCAGCACCCUUUUCCCUAAUGCUUCAGUCUCCAUCUAAAGGUCUUAAAUGAUUGCACUCGUUUUUGGAAUAAGCCCUUCAGGAUUUAGUUAAAAGCACCGUCCUGUCAGCCCUCAGGUGUCUCGCCAAUAAAUUAGAUUCCAUCUAAGUUAUUUGCCUUCUCCAUCCUCAGUACAACGGCAACCAUCGUGACCUGAAUGCCAAAGCUGCGUGGGAGUUGGGCUACACAGGUAAAGGAGUGGUGGUGUCCAUCCUGGAUGAUGGAAUAGAGAAGAACCAUCCAGACCUGAGCCAGAACUAUGUGAGUAUGACAAUUUAUGAGCUGAAACAGUAGGCUUUUUUUUUAUAUGAAGACUCUGCUUUACAGUCACAGCAGAUAGAAUAAAGAUGAAAACAGAAUAAAUGGAGCAGAGUUUAAAUAAGAGAUGGUGUCUUCCUGGAGCUGAGCUGUUGAUGGAUUUCGAGAACCCUUCUCAGACAGACACAUUUACAAGUUUGAUAUUUUGCAUUUUGGAUACCUGGAAACUAAGAGAAAGCUUUUUAUUUACAUGUAACUAACUCUAACAGCUUGUUUGUCUCUCUAAGGACCCCGAAGCCAGCUAUGAUGUGAACGACGGUGACCCAGAUCCACAGCCUCGAUACACUCAGCUUAAUGACAACAGGUAGGACUUUCCACCAAUAAUUUAAUUUCUGCUCUUUCCUUUGUCUUCUGGCCUUCCCUGAAACCACCUGCCUGUCUUUUCUAAAUGUUGGCUGCAUGUGGAAAACAUGUCAGGGAUGAAAUUACACGUGUUCAUUAAUUCUUCCCACUCACUCUGAUAGCUGACAGCUGAUUUGUAAAUAGAGCGGUGGCUGUUUAUCACCCGCUGCUGAGUCAAAGGGUGACAUUUAUGAGAAACAAACUAAUUAAAGGCCAACGCCUACAGGGUUUGUCUUGUCCACCGCAUUCUAAUUUUCCUCCAUUUUAUGCUUUUUACCCUCUACAACUGCACAUUUACUCGCUCAUAAAAAGCUUGUCCCAAACUUAGAGUCUGGAUUUGUUUUAGCCUCUUAAAUCACUCAGGCACCACCAGGGCAUUUCUGCAGCCCGGGUAAGUCGAGUAAAUCUACACAAGGAUUAAGGUGGUGUGUGAAGAAAACAGCUUUAUUGCAGUGGCCUCUGCUGAUGACAUUAGGAGUUGUUUACCACCACAGUGAUGUUGCGCAGAGAACUGAUUGAAUUAAGUUCAUCAGCAUUAAUGAAUCAGCAAAGCCCUUGGCGCUCGUCUUCCGUCAUUCCCACCACCUGCCUCCUUUCCACUUAAAUUUCUGGUUCGCUCUAAUCUGCCAUUUGUGGGCCACUGGCCUUCCUGCCCGAGAGACUUUUUUUAUAUUUCAAGACUCAUCAUGAUUACUGGCGGUAGGCAGAGAAGAUUAUAGUUAGGCACUGAUAGCAAUCACACGUCCCCAGCAGAGUCAGGGACAGGGGCCUGGAGCGGGCACAUGGUCAGAGCUGCAGAGUGACCUCAAGUUACUGUAAUCAUGCCAACAGUGCAUCAACUCUUUGAGAGCUUUGAGCAACAUAUCAAAGGUGGAGGCUGAUCAAAGUAGGCGUGUAAUUGUUUUCACACUUAAAACAGAGUGCACGACUUUAAAGAGAAAACCAAACACUCACAGUUAUCAGUAAAAGUUCCCCUAAACAUGGAAACAGUUCAAAUAAUAUGUCUCUGCUUUUUACUUUAGCCCAGAUUUAGUAUUUUUAAGAUUUCCUGCCAAUGCCUGUAACUGUUUUCACUGCCGCCAUCAACAAAACCCUAAAUGGGGAAUUUCUCGUGAAAGAAUGUGGGAGAACAUCCCUGUGGUGCAGCUCUGUGGAUCCUCAAUCUAUGCCAAAGCAUGCUUAAGCUCUUCUGGGGGCUUGCAGUGGCCCAGAGCCCAGCCAAGACACUCACUAUUGAUGUUUCCUCGUUCUGGCUGCUCCUCUCUCCAACCCUCGCUCACCUCAGCCCUUAUCUCUUGCCACCCAGCUCUCUGUGUCUUCCUCGUGGCAGGAUGAAAUGAGAAGGAGCAUAUUUGUGUGUGUAUAUACGAAUGUGUGUGUUUCUCUUACUUUGCAGUGGGUUGGUGCAGAUGCAUGUGUAAACAACCUGUGGGCGAGCAUGAAAAUGCGUGAGGUUGUGUAAGACUGUAAGUGUCUGUUCCCUGCAGAAAGCCCAACUCUGUUCACCUCCAUAAAGCUGUCUUUCUUUCUCAGCAUACAGGAGGCAGUGAGGAUGGUUCAGCAGCAAUGCAACCAUUCACCCACAUGUUUAUCUAAGACAGCAUGAGAUUGAGGUGUUUCUCUUUCCAAGGUUUCCUCGCGCUCCUAUCAGGAUGCUUUUCAAAUAAGCAUUUUGGCAAAACUGUCUUUCAGUCGUUUUUUCAGGUUCCUGGGAAAUCCUCCGUUUAUUGCCUCCUGAAUUUGAAUAAGGAUGGCCCUCAGUGUGGUUAAAAAAUGCCAGAAUUAUUGGACAACUUGUUUCUUUAUCUAUUCAACAAAACAAGGGAAAAGUACAGACGGACCACUCGAGCGUGUUUAGAAAAAUUUGUAACACAUGGAUCGAUUAAAGAAACUUUUUAACAGAUCUGCAAACAGCAGGCUGAUUAAUUUUCCCCAGACCUGACAUUAAUCUCUCUCUACACACUUUCUUCAUGCUCCUCUCUUUACCAUGCUCCAUAAACAUCGCUGGACCUUUUGUCCUCAAGGCCAGCUCAUUAGUAAACCGGCAGAACCAUUACCAGACUUAAGAACGAGUAGAGCAAAACAGUUGUUCAGAUUUACCUUUGAGGCUUCGUGCAGCCAAAAGACUAAUGAACAGCAAACACCGCUAUCUACAGCCUCUAGAGCCUCAAUGAUUUUUUAGAAAGUAAUUAAGCUAAUGCAAGAGAGGGAAAGCAAUUGAGUGAAAGGUGUUGUGUACCAGACUCUGAAUAGGGCAUGAAGUGGGACUUUGAAGAUAAAAAAAGAUCAAUGCGAUGACGGACACUGGCACAGGCUGAUAUUCUGGCAUUUCAAGCAAAUGUCAAAUGGGCUGAUCAGCCUCUUAUGCCUCAAUGACCAAUUUGUGUGAGGAAAAAAAACCUUUUUACAGGUUCAGCCCACUUUAUGUUAAAGCUAUGUAUGAUUUGACAUUAAAUUCUUUUUAAGCUAAUAAAACCUUUUUCUGUAAGACAGGUGUAGCGUUUCCAAUCUUUCCCCUGAGUGGAUCUGAAAAAAAAAAGGUGGAAAAAGAAGAGUGGAAAAGGUCAGAGAGAAAUGAAAAGAAGUAGUAGGACUGAGAUUGCAAAAUAUUUUUGGAACAGGUUAUGGUCCAGACAGAAAUUAUCAACGAGAGCUCAAGACCGAACAAAGCAAGUGAAACAAACAGUAAGAAAAGGAGAAUUUCACAAGUUUUUUUAAUGUCUGUAAGCCAGAUCCAUGUCAGACAAAGCAACUGAAGCUCCAAGUGUUUUAUUUAUUUUUUGUGUUUAACCUUUAUUAACUAAAGGGACCUCGCUGAGAUCUACUGAUCGGGCUAAUGGGGCGCUCACACCAAGCGGGAGUAAAAUCAUCUACUAGCUUAAGUCGCAAGAAUCUCCAAGUGCAUUUACUCACUUCAUUCUCGCAUCAACGAUAAUCCCUGUCAAGUCAACCGGCGGUAUCAAGUGAUAGACAAAGGUUUUUUACAAUGUAGCAGGUAAUCCAACCUCCUCACUCACUUACCUCCAGGCAGGUUCCUUUUUAUUCCAAUUUCAGUAAUUAAAAAAAAGGUAUCAUGUAAUUCGGGGCACCGACAUGAUCAGUUUGUCCUCCAUUUUAGAUACCAGUGAACAACCGUCCGUUUUCUUGCGUCACCUGGUAACCUUCGUGCUGAUUGGUUUAGUGACUCAAAUGUCCACUCAAAUAGAUACAUUUUCAGCUCAUGCCCAAUUAGCGUCAUUCAUGCUGCCAGAUGAGUACGAAUGUCUAAUCGCGUCAUUCGCACAAAUACUUUACAUGAUACAUGAUAAUAACUCAAUUGUGAUUAUUCCUUUGUUUGCGUUUUCAGCAACAAGGAAGAUUAAAAUGUGUGACAGCAGGAAAAAGCAGGAGGAUGUUUUCUUGGGCUUGGGUUGACAAUAAUGACAACACAAACACGAAAGGAAAGUUACUCACAGUCAUUUACUCAUUACUUCAUAACACAUUUGUUACAUAAAAAUUACUGGCAGUUGAAGACAAAAACUCGCUUGCUCCGGCCAUGUUGACAAAAUUUACGAGUUUACCUGCACCAAAAAGAGGAAGGAUGAAGACUUGAAUAGUGUUGGUUCAGCUCUGUUUUGUUCCCAGUAUGAAAGUUUUUACUGGCAUAGUUUUUGCUUUCGUGGUUUAAGGUUUGCUUCUUGUGCUUGAGGUCAUAAAGUGGUGAAGUCACCAUGCUGUCAGAGUUGCAAAGUGCAGGAUAUUGAUUCAGAGCUGACACUAGAAUUUAGAGACCAGUUGUUUCUGAUCACAAGUGGCACAAGGAUUGAUUGAGGAGUCCUGUCACAUCAGAGGCAGAGUGCAACUCAGUGAACCAGUAAGUGGCCUUUCAGGGUCAGUCCCUUUGGUGGCAGGUCUUGGUGAACAUUUUUUCCAGUCUUGGCCAGUGACAUAGUUCAGAGACCUGUCCAUGAAGCAGUUGAGCUCUAGCACAAUGAUAAUGGCUCUUCCAGCUGUGGGCAUGAAUACUGAUCAUACUGUUGGCCUUGAACCUGCAGUUAACUGUAACCCGAGUCAGCCUCUGUGACUAGAAUCUACCAUGGGGAUUGUCCUCACUGUAAUCUAUACGAGGCUUUGCUGAAAUUCCCCUUUGUUCACCGUAAUCUCCUACCAUCACCAUUACGUAUGAUGCGGGAAUCCUGAGAUUAUCGCACAGUGACUGUGCAACAGAAGAUUUUGUUUUAAAGUUUUCACAAGCUUCUUCUGUUUCCCUCUCAGUGACGUGGGCGACUUUUUCUAUCACGCUUUUGUUGUGUAGGAUCAGCGAAGGCAAAGAAGUAUUUGAAAUGAAAGUCAUAUGUUGUUUUUCUUGUGUGUCGACAAAAGGCUGCACUUACAAGAAAAGUUAAAACCCUUUUAAUCUAUAAAUAGAGAGUUUGCUUUUGGUAGGCACCUACAUUUUUAUACUCACUUGGUUUGGUUUUAGUCUGCUGGUAGCUCAUCUUAUACUCAAUGUGCCCAGGUAUGAUGUGUUUGCAGAGCAUCUUCUUUUAGUAUUUUUACAGUCAUUGCAUGAGCAUAAAUAAAGUUGAAGUUUUCCACUCUACUUUAAGUAUAGCCAAGAUAUUGUGUUCCUAACCCUGUCAACAAAAACUGAAGUUUUAUUAGUUUUUUUUCUCCUUUGAGCUGUUGCUGGAAAUGUCAAGGCGAUUUGGCUCUUGACUGACGUCUUUGUGAUAAAUGAAAAAAUCAAGUCAGAGCGCCAACGUGUCAGAGAAUCAUGUAUCAGACUGAUAUUCUGGCAGUGAUAAUUAAUCCCUGGUACGUGUUAACAACUCAUUGAACAAUGCAGUGCUUGUAGUGACAGACAGCUCUUUGUUCCUGCAGAUAAUGUCCGCGACUAUUUUCACCGCAGCACUUCAUGCAGUGAUCUCCAGCUCUCUGCUGUCACCUCUCCCAGCCUCUUCUCCUUCUCAAACACGCUGUGCCUGGAGGUUGGAUCCAGGAUUUAGUUUCAUGUGAUGUCAGUCUCAUCAGCACAUUGAAUCAGUGGAAAUGUGAGCGAGCAGAGAAACUGAGGGCAUGCAGUGAAGCCGUGUUCUUAUUGUCAGAGGAGCUGUAGACCCCUCCAGGCUCCCCCGUCGUGACUGCUCAUCCUGCUGACAUAUGAACUCACACAGUCAAGGCAUCUAAUUAGCUAUGAUAUAAUUCUGCAUAUGAGGAUUAGGGCUAUGAACUGUUUAAAUCUUUACCAUGGGUGCCAUUUGUAAUAUAAAUUAUAAUUUGCAGGUCUAAUGAAGCAUCGUGAGGGCUUAGGACUAUGUGUGUGUAUGUAGUGCCACCAUGAUGGAGAAUAAUUUGAAAGGUCAGAGCAGGCUUUAGAUAUUUUUUAUAAAGAGCGCCCGAUUAAUUGAAUUACAUGUGUUUAGAUUGUCAUUAUCCUGUGUCUCUCCUGGUGCUUAACUGUCCUCAUGUUCCUACUUUAGUGAGUUUUUAUUUGUCACAUUUACUAGUCAGAUCUCUUUCAGGGUUUUUGUGGAAGCAUUUUUUCUCAAUAUCAAGUUUAUGAAAAACAAGGACGUGUCAGUUAAUCAAAAAAUAGUUUUUUUGAAAGUAAUGCGAUAAUAUUUGGUAAAUUUCACUUGAAUGUUCUCCGUUCUGCUGAUCAUUUUAAAGGUCGUGGGGGCUGGAGCUGAUCCAAGCAGUUCCUGGAUGAGUCUGACCCGCAGGUUGCCAGUUUAUCACUGGGGCUGAUAAAUAGAAUAGAGAGAGAGAAGCAGCCACACUUACAUUUCAGGCAACUGGUGAUUUAAAGCUCUAGUGAGGAGUUUUUAACUGGUAAAUAAUCUGAAUAAGACAAAAUGAAGCAAGACCACUACUGACUGGAUUGACUCUUUCCUAAAAUUACUUACAUGGGUCCAGUGUGCAUGAAGUGGUCAGCUGUACUCUUUUUUUUUUUUUUUCUCUUCAAAUUUUUCUCCUACAAAAUUUAUCAAUAAGUGAAACACCUGACCCAUUUGAGAAGUGGAAAGUGGAUGAAUAUAUUGUUAAAAAGAAAAGAACACUACUUAGCUAUUUGACCCUACCUCCUCCUGUUGUAAAGGCUGUUGAGAUGUGGAGUCAAAAAACUGCAAAACACACAUUAAACUUACCGAUAAAUCAUCAAGAGAAACAAAACAACCUUUGUUUGUUACAGUCCACCACUGAAGUGAUUCUCAUGUUGAUUUAAAACAGACACUUCUGCCUGUAGAAAGAUUGGUGACUCUUGUGUUAGUGGUUGCCACAUCUUCUCUGGCUGUUCCUCCUCUACUCUGAUAAUCCAAUGAAGAACACGGCAGGAAUCUCAUUGGUCAAUAGAGCUGUCAAUCAAUCAAUCGUCUCCUUAACACCAAAUAAAUGACUGGAACCAACUCGGGCAUUUUUGAGACACAUUUAUUUGACUCAUACUUCAAUUUCUACCUUGACUGGUGUCCCAUCUGUUAUAACAGAGGUGGCGUCAAGACUUACUCUACAGCAGGUCACUGGAAGGAGCUCUCAAGGUUCCGGCCCGACUUAAGAUAGCUGUUGUCCUGUUUACUCUUUAUAUAGUCUGUGGUAUGCUGGUGUGCUUAUUUACUUAUCACUGUCAAAAUAUGUUAAAAUUAAAAAAGCUUAAUAUACAGUAAGUAGUCAGUCUUCUUACUGAUGGUGUGGUGGUACAGAGACCGGUGUUCAAGUGACACUGUAAACCACAACCACUCUACAACACAACAUACAUUCAUUGACUAUGACUCAAAGUAGUUAUAUUCCCAUUGAAUGAAAACCCAUUUAUGUUGGAGGAUGAUGAGUCAUGUUGAUUUAAAAGUGAGCAGACGUCUCUUACCAGAAAAUCCCACUUCAGUGUUUGACCCCAUGAUGCACUCUUCUUAGUGACCCAAUCUGUGACUGGAAGCAGUAAAAGGAUUCUUCUUGUAUCCAUUUUAUCACUCCUGGGAAAAUCACUCCCAAAAACCUGAUUAUGCAAGUAGUUUCUCCAUAAUCAGAUACAGAAACCAAGAGGCUCGCCUCUACAACAGCAUUUGUAUGCUGUGAAUCAGUCUACCAUGUAAGUGACUGUAAUGAAUGUGUCAAAAAGAGAUUUGGAAGAAGGCUCAGCUGAAGACUGGAGUUACGGGCCUGUGCAUGCCCUGCAUCCCAUACAGACACCUGAGCCGCUGCUUAUCUUCAGCUGCAUCACAAACACGGAUGCUGCCUGUCCAACAUCAGACUCCAAAGUCAACAAACUCGCACUUCCAGGAAUGCGGAGAUAAAGCUCUGUGGAAAAUCUUCCAGAUGACAUUUGUGUGAGCGUGUGUGUUUACUUCUGUGUCUGGAAAGAUGUUUUUAAUCAUCCUGCAGACCAUCUCUUCUCAGCACUCUGAUCUAAAAAUGUCCUGUGACACGUCAGAAAUAUGAUUCUGAUUUAGACUGUGGCGUUGUCAUUAACCUUUGCUCCCUCGAUUCAUCUACGUGUCUAAAGAGAUUUCUGGAGGCCGGCUGAUGAAUUAUAACUCUCUGACCUUCUGUCAUUAUACCUCUGCCUUUAAUAAAAAUGGAAGUCUUGAAGAUAAUAUAAAUUAUGAAGUUUAAUAAAAUGGGUCUUAUAUUCUCUGACCUCUGACCUUUUUACUAUACCUGGAUCAAAUUGCACUUCGGUUAACUCAGUUUGAGUGAUUUAUGUGUUCUUGAGUCUAAUAAUUAUUUGUUUGAUACUGUGACUUGUUACUUUUUCAUCAGCGUAAAAUGACAUAACUUGAAUAAACAUAAAAAUGUUAUCUGGAGUUGAACAUGAAUUUGUUUUCCUGUCUGUGAACACGAACGAUCACAGCCUGAGUCAUUCAUCUUGGCAGUGAGUACACAGACUUUCCUGAUCCCAUGCUACUCUAUCAAUUGAUUGUUUGAUCAAGAGAAAUUAUAUAAUGUGUAUUUAAUGCUCUUUAAAAGCUGAUAGAGGUUGUUUUGGCAGGCUCCUCUAAGAUUAAAUUUCGGUGAUACCCUGACAGCAGAUAAAGUCUAUUAUGUCAGAGGAGGUUAUCUACUGCAGCCAGGGUGUUUUGAUUCUUGUGCUUUGGGUUUGGCUUAUUACCCAGACUGCCUUAAUGGAAUCCUGCUGGCGCAGAAAGUUUCUCAAGAAGUGAGAGUUGGCUGUUUCCUGUUAUGUCCUGGCGUGGUUCGGGGCUGCUGUAGCUUCAGCAUCUUUGUCUGUGUGGGCCCACACUCCAGUGGGGUUUUACGCUUUGAAGGGCAUUCAGAGUACAUCUCCAUCUGGCAGACCAUGAGAGUGCACCUGAGUGGAAUGUGGUGAUCAGCUCUAGUGUGCAGCUUCUUGGAUCUCCACAGAGCAGUGCCUGCAGCUACCGAUCACCUCAGAGGCUUAGGUUUAAUAAAACAGCCGUUGUGAAAAUGGUAAAGCUUAUAUUUUCCCUCUGUGUGAUAUGUCAUCUGAUUUCCCCUUGACUCUUUUCAAGGCCCAGUGGGUAAGCAAGGUAUUCCACAGUGUCCAGUGCUAGAAGGCCACAGAUAAUGUACAGUGGUCUCCACUCAUAGACUGAAUGUUUUCUUUUGGAUCAAUGUGGGAAUUCAUAUUUGUGUAAAGGAAUCAAAGCCAAGAACAUUUCUGAGUCUGAGUCUAAGGGGAGAGAAGGACGGUCUUUCACAAGCCCCCGUUUUUUGAAACAUACACUACCUAUGAAUUUAUACCAUGUCAUCGGGUUGAUGACUUUUACAUAAAUAAGUGGUUUCCUUUAACAUUCAUCUCAUUUUCUCUUCUCUCCUUUCCUCCAGGCAUGGGACACGAUGUGCAGGCGAAGUGGCAGCGGUGGCCAACAAUGGAUUCUGUGGAGUCGGCGUGGCUUAUAAUGCCAAGAUCGGAGGUACGGUCUGAUAAAAACAAACACUUGGUUGAUUUGAAUUUAUUGGGAGGAAGGUAUUGGUUUUUCUUUUGUUGGCUCACUUUACUGCCAGAUCAGCUGAGCUUCAUGUUCUGUAGCAGCAGUCUUAUUUUUAGUCCAUUUCCUGGGCACAGUGUGCCUCUGAAUCCAAGGCAGCUUCACCACACUUGUGAUGUGGCUCCUUGUCUGACUGAAAGUGUAUUAGUUCUGAACUGAUUUUCAGCAAAGUGAUAUAAUGUUUCAAAAUUGCCAGACACCACAGCUUCAAGGAUAUGUGUUUUCACUUAAUAUCAAAUAUACUGUCCUUAGAUCAGAACCUACUGGAAGCUGCAUGAGACAAAACAUACACGCACUUUUCAAUUUACGCUCAAGCAAAAAUCCAGCCGCUACAGAAAACCGUGACCACAAAAAAAUACAGGAUUGAGUUAACGCCUCUUUGAAAAAGCAUAACAAUGGAGGCCUCUAGGGAUUGGGUUAGCUGCAGAGCUGUUGUGCUGGGUCACAUUACAGUGUACAGAUGUAGUUUAUAUACCGCUCACUCAUAUUCAGAGGUGCCUGGCUGUGAUGUCAGGGAGUGAUGGAGGGCUGCCUCAGAGUUUGACAAUGCUUUCUUGAAUAUUUGUUGAAGGCAAAUCAAGUGAUGGAGAAAUCUUUUGAAGCAGUGUCACAGAGGGGCUGGAGUCAAAUCGUCAGAAUAAACAUUUGUCAGGGUCUUGUUGUGCCCCCUGCUGUGAUGUCAGCCUCCAUAUGCUCAGUUCUUGAAUGUGUCACUUUGGUCGAGGAUAUUUCAUCAUCCACCCUCUGUCACCGACAUAAUGCCAUGCAGGAUGUUGCCUUGUUUCACCUUCUCCUAUGAGCUAAUGAAAUAAAGACCAGGUUGUGUUGGUUUCUGGCUUGCACUCUGUCUCUGUCACCUCCCCUCAUUAUUUUCAGAUAAACUUGCUUUCCCUUUUCGAACAAAAAAAGCAAAUGAAUGAAUUUCUUGUGGUGUGUGGAGCUGAAACAAUUUGUCAAAUAAGGCCCCUGACAGAAAAUUAACCACCAAAUAUUCUGAUUAUAACUCAAUCAAUUGUUUUGUUUCAUGUAAAAGGGAAAACCUUUUUGGUGCAGGAUGUCAGAGGAGAGCUUUUCCUAUUUAGUCUGUUUUUCAAGAUUGUAAAUGAUGUAUUUCAGGAUUUUUGGACUUAAGUGGGAAAAAAUGUUUUCCUCUGCAGUAGCUCAGGCCAUGUCACUCUUGUGUAAGACGAGAUAAGGGAGCAGAAUCAGAAAAAGAGAGGUCAAGGCUGAUCUCAAAUAUUUUUAUUUAACAAGUCUGUGUACUUAAACUUCGUAACUGUGCACCUCAACAUGUCACAUUGUACUUUAUCACUUUUCAACAAGCGUAUGUAUUUGCCCUCAAGGUCUGAGUUCACUGAGCAAACAGGACCUGGAUUCAGGAAAAGAAAUCCUUCAUGGAUUUGAACUGAGAGGCAGAGGUUGACUACAGAGCUACAAUCAGCACUGUUAGUGGAAAACAUCAUAUUUUAAUCAUGAGAGGUGAUAAUUAUUUUAUCAUCAUUUGCCUCAGUCGGAGAUGCACAGACAUGAAGUCGAAUCUGAAAAUAAAGAAGCUGGGAAACAGUGAAAAUAAAGUGAAAUAUUAAUUUGUUUGUUCUAAAAAGGGUUUUGCACCCUGAUGAGUUGUUUUGCUUUGACUUCAGGGAGGGGCUUUUAUACUUUCUGUUCUCAUUCUUCAAGAGGAGUUUCAGAGGUUUCCGAUAUUUAAAGGAAAAAAAAAAACUAAAGUUGAUUUAUAUACAUUUUUGAUCCUGAACAGCUCGUUUUAUCGUAUCCUGAUCUUUCAUUCAAGCGUGUCUCCAAGUUCUUAUCCAAAUGAAACGGAGUAUCAAGAUCAAAGUUUGUUUUUGAUGCAGUCACAUUGCUCCUACAUGUGCUUGUGUUUUGUGAUUGCUUACGUCUUGUUCCCGAGUUGAUGCCUGUUCUGGUGCUCUGAUGAUGUGCAGUGUUUUAACUGAAGGCGCCUCUUUAUUCCAGACAGGGCUGUCGUUGCUUCUCUGCUCAUCUCAAAGUGUCAUAACUUAACUCUUUAUGAUGAUUCCAGAUGGCAGCCAGGAACACACCACAUGGCAUUCAGCUUUUCUAUCAUAACAAGUAUGCUGUGUGCGGUUAUGUAGGUUGAGCAGGAGGCAGCAUGAAAAACAUACACGCUUCACACAUGCUUUAAUUCACACAUGUUGCUCUACUUAAUUGGUACCCCAGAGCAGUUUGGUAACAAUGAAAACAUUCAACUUGUAAGAAUGAAGCAGUUAACCGGAUAUUAGUUUCAAAUGUUUGAUUCCUAUUUUACUUUAAAGCUGUUAUUUAAACUUUCAAAAGCAAUCUAACCUCACGGCUGUUCUGUUCAGGCAUGAUGCAUUUCCUGGCAUGAGGCUCUGCGAUGUGUCAAACAUUCACUGAACAUUAAAUUGACCUAUACACAUCACAGAAACAGAGGAGAGCCCAGAUUGUGCAAGUCCAGCAAUAACUCUAAGCAGACAGCCAGUUUCCUCUGAAAUAUCAAUGGCAAAAGGCAGGAACAAAAACUGUCGUUUUAAAUCCAAGGCAGCUGGGCCAGCUCUGUCAUUGUGGUGGCCGGGGAGAAUUUAUUGGAAAGGCUGAGUGCAGCAGGAGCAGUGCAAAAGCUUCUGUGAUUCCUCACUUGCCCACUUGCCCCCGUGCCACCUGCUGUACUGUAGCUCAUUAUUCACCCGGGAGACUCCUGUGAAAUGUUUCAUGCUAGUUUCAAACAUAUAUUGGCUGGCUUAGAUCUUCCAACAGACAUAUGUUUGUCAGCAGUAAAAGCGGUCGUUACUGUGAACGGAAAGAAAAAAUCCUCAGGCUGACAAAGGUACAAAGGAUAUAGCACAGAGUUGCUGCCAUAUUCAGGUCAGCUGCUGAGGGUUCCCACCAAGAAUAUCAUCAGGAAUUUAUUGUCUGUUGGUCCAGACAAAUAUGUUAUGUAUUAUAGUACUUGCUUUGUCAGAAGAUGUUUUUGUCGGAUUUUGUAGCCUUCCAACAGAGCUGGGUUUGCAGUUUUCACCUGCCUCUGGUCUUCAUGUCAUGCUAAGCACAGCUAAUGGCUUGCUGUGUUUAGCUUCACAUUUUUCAUGAAGAUAUGAGUGGUAUCAGUGAUCUCCUGUACCUCUCUGCAGGAAAGUGCAGAGCGUAUUUUUCAAACAUUUAAAGAGCACCUUCAAAGAUGUGGUCUUAAUGCUCCAGCAAGGAGAUCUGGACUUUAUUCAGAGGCAAAAUGUGCUGGAGAGAAGACUACUGGUCACAUUUUAGAACAGCAUUUUUGUUAAUUUGUUGUCAUAAAAGCUUGAAUAAACAAGCUCAUAAAACCUUUUCAUAAAACUGCCCUGUACAGAAUAAAAGACUGAAAUAACCAUGAUGUACUUUCCACCUUGUUCUCUGGUUUUUGGGAUGGAUGUGUGUUUUUUGGAUGGGUACUGAAGAUACUUGAGUCUCCUCAGCGAAUCACAUGACCCUCUCACAGAGAUCUAGGCUGCCAUGGAAACACUAGCAGCUCAUCCUGUUGGAUGCUUUUGAAGGACUUCAAAGAGCCAGAGAUUGGUUGUUUUAACCCGUAUAGAACUGCGUGAAGUAACCCGACCUGCGGUGCAUCAAAGGGGAAAAUUACAAUCAUUUGUUUUGUAGGUGUUUGGUUCUUUACCACCUUCUUUAAGGGUGCAUGUUUCUGAGACAGAGAAAGACAGAGCUCGAAUGCAAGAAAAACGCUCAUAACCAAAAGGAAAAUAUAAUUGGCUACAACAAGCAACACACACUCUUUGUGUUUCUCUUGCAUUGCUUUGUCUUUCUUUGUGUUUAAUCUCCUCAGAACACCAUCAAUGAUCACUUUCAAUUAUGAAUAAACCACAUUUGAAGCCUGUGGUUAAACAUAAGCCGGGUUUUUCCCUUUUAUUUUUUAUGGAAGAGAGUUUGUUUUGAUUAAUACUCAAUAGAGUUGUGUUGAGAGAGACGUGCAGUGCUGUCUUUUCAUCAUCUGAUCUGAAUUUCCAGCCUCAGAAAUUUGCUUCACGCUCAAGGCGGCAGUUCACCCACAAUGCAGUUCAUCUCCUUCAGUUCCUGUUUUUUUUUUUACAAACCAGCUCGCGUGCCAGAGUGAGUCAAUAGUGUUGGCGUUCAUUUACACGGCGGUGUCCAUGAAAGCAUCGCAGUGGAUGCAUGAAAAAAAAAAAACAAGCACUGACAACAUGUGCUGCACAUAUACAUGAUCUCUACAAACACUUACUGGCAGAAAAACAUUGUAAACAAGUGUGUAAAUAUGCAGAUUGGACAACGCUGUAGCUUUAUGACUCUGACUGUCAGUGGUCGCUGAAUUGAAGUGCACACACAGGUAUAUCAAAGUAUGAAUAACAUGAGCUGCUCUGCUUGCACCAUGUCCCACUGUCGUCUGUAAUUGCAGGAAAAAAACAAGAGUCCUCUACUGAUUCGACAUCGUGUCACUCCAACCUGAUGGUUGCAUUUAUCACUGUUAACAAAUUGGCCAUAUUCCAAAUGGAUCAAUAAGAUAGUGCUGUGUUUUAAUUCUGUGUCUUCCUCCUCAGCUGACAGCUGAGUCUUAUUCUGAUGUUUUGUUAUGCUAGAAGCAGUCAAUAUAGCCGUAAGCCCACUUCAGGGUCUCUCACAGUUUCAAACUUGUAGACUUUAGUACCAACUGAUUCCUCAAAUUGCCUCAUUCAGUGUGAUUUAUUAAACUUCAACAGAGCCACUGAAGACUAAAUAUCACUUUUAUAUAUGCAGCUGUACUCUUCGAUACUUGCAGACAGACAGACAGACACUAAUGUGAAGUUCUGCCUUUACAAAGUAUGUAAGGCCGUGUAGUUUCUGCUGUGUCGUCCUCUGUUGUGUGGUUGUGUAUGUUAAUGCGUCUGUUUGCUUGUUGGACUGUGGUUGCAGGUGUGCGCAUGCUGGAUGGUGAGGUGACCGACAUGGUGGAGGCCCAGUCUCUCAGCCUGAAUCCUCAACACAUUGACAUCUACAGUGCCAGCUGGGGCCCAGAGGACGAUGGCAAAACCGUGGAUGGACCUGCCAAACUCGCCAAAGAAGCCUUUCUGAAUGGUGUUACAAAGGUGUGUGUGUGUGUGUAUGAGUGUGUGAGACAGAAAUUAUUUACAGCCCGUGUGUUGCUUCCUUUCAGCACUCAGUAAUUAAACUGUUCAAGCAUGAGAGGACAAAGCGGCAAGUACAAAGCAGUUUUUUUUUUUUUUUUUUACCCCCGCAAUUAUGUAUGGAAGGGAAUGUCCUCUGAAAACCACCAGAGAGAGAAAUCUUGGAAAACGUAUUAGAAGCAGCUCUGACGCAAACAAUUAAUGAAAAGUUUUAAUGUUUUUAUCUUCCUUUUCCCUUGAAAGGCUUCGCUUCAUCUGCCAACUCAUCCUCUAUGUUUCGAGCCUUUCAGCCAGAGUACACAUGGCCUCCUUAAGUGCUGAGGGUGUUUAAAAAAGAUCAAGGUUGUUUUCAAAGUCCAAUCACAAAAUCACUGGAGUUUCAGCAUUUGUCUUUGAUCUGCGUUUCUAACCAAAGACCUCUAAAAUCACGAUGAACAAACGGACAUAAAUCUGAAGGCUAAUUUUCAGAACUUGUCUCUUGGCUUCAUAUCAAUCUAAUUUCUAACCGAAAGGACACCAAACUGUCAAAUUAAAUUUCAAUCCAAAUUUCAGUCUUGAUGACUUACAGUAUCUUUCCAGCAAACUUUGACUCCUUUAUUGAGCUGUCGGAUUCACGACAUGUGCAAUAAAGCUGAUUGAAGGUGCUGACACUGACUACAAAGAUAAUUACCACAGUGACGGUGCUGUCAGAUGGCAGUGUGGGUGGUGCAUAGCUGGGUUUGAUCAAUGCCCAGAGAGACGGUUCCACUCAAUACAAUAAGAGGCUCUUAGAUGAAAAUUAAUGCACUUCAAAGGCUGAGAGGUUGGAUGAUUUAUGACAAUGAGCUGUUGUCAUACGGGCCCUUUUUCUAUUGCAUUGCUGUCAUGUGAUAUUUAGCUCUCUUUAAUUUACUGAGUGACCACCCAGCCUCUGUGAGGGAUGCUGCCUUUUAAUGGGCCUGUUUUGAAAUGAAUUUGCCUUUGUAUAAUUGGUUCUCCUUUUCAGAGAUUGAAUGAGAUUAUGCCCUUCUCUGCUUCAAGCUGGUCCAAGGACUGAAUAAUGAAUAAAUGAAUGAAGGGGAUUUUUUCCCCCCCCAGUUAGUCUGAUUUCUGCGUAUCUAUCUGCAGGGUCGUGGUGGUUUGGGCUCCAUCUUUGUGUGGGCUUCUGGAAAUGGAGGGAGGGAGAAGGACAGCUGUAACUGCGAUGGCUACACCAACAGCAUCUACACCUUGUCCAUCAGUAGCUCCACCCAGAAUGGCAACGUCCCCUGGUAUAGUGAGGCCUGCUCCUCCACCCUGGCCACCACCUACAGCUCGGGGAACCUCAACGAGAAGCAGAUAGUGAGUGGGAGCUGUGUUUGGCGUGCUUGCUGUGUCCUCCACAUUAACUGUGUUUUUGCAUCAGAGUUCAUUCAAACAAAAGAUCAUUAAUUACAGGUUUAGUUCAUCCAAACAUCUGUAAACCUGCUGAAAUGUUUGGAUGACAAUUAUCUGAACUAGCUAUUAAUUCUGUUUAUUUUAUUUAUUUUAUUUUAUGAUAACUCAUAAAAUGAAUAACAGCCUGGUAUUGUAAUUAGUGCUCAGCGGUUAACAGAUGAGCUAAUUUAUCACCAGCAGGAUUAAUACACUAAAGCAAACCUGUGGAGUUUAUUUUGUCAACAAAAAAUAAUGAAGCUUACAUACAGUAUGACUCAGGACCCGAAAGUCCCCAAAAACAAGCUGAAUUCACUUCCCCCUCUCAUAAAACAUUUCCAGGAGGAUUGUUUGCAUCAGUGUUGACUUGCUCGCCGUCUCUGCUGGCACAGCAUGUUUAUUUGUGUUACCCAGCCACAUGCAGCCACAACAGUGAAAAAUCCACUCAAACUUUUGGCAAUAUUUCACCCUCAUCUGUUGCAUAGGAGCACCGUGAUGCACAUGAACGAAGCAACUGACACAACGGGGUGGUCUUUAGAAAUGCUCCAUGAUUCGACAAGUGGUCACGUCCAUAUUGAAGGGGGGGAAAAAAAUAGCUGUUUCCAGCUUAAUUGUUCUUUUCAGUUUCCAUGACAUCGUUCACUGCAGCCCAUUUAUUCGAAUUAGGACGUGCAGUAGUUAGUGAGCUGUGCUUGCAAUAAAAUAUAAUUGGCAUAGUUGAGGAGGAUAUGACAAUUUGUCUUUGUUGUAUUUCUGGUUGCAAUGUUUUAAAAACCUCUUCAGGAACAUGCCUCAAGUGCAAAUGUUAGAGCCCUGUACACAAGAUGCUCUGACUCUUUUUCUUACAGUUAAUGCUGCUCCAAGUAAUCUUUGUCUUUUUUUAUCAAUUAAUCAAAUCGUUCUCUCUGUAGAUGGUUAAAUACUCAGGGAGUAUGUAGAGGAGCCCCCACAGAGCCUAAUACGAAGUCUAAAUAACCAGCAACAGAAGUGGCGUACCAUCGUGUGAAGUUAAGAAACCAGAAAACAGAACUAUGAAGCUGUAAACGGCACAGUUUUUCUGUUCCUCUUAAAAAUACCCCAAACUCUUCAUUGAUUUCUAGAAAGAUGAAUUAUGAUCGGGUGAAUUUUGAUCUCUGAGGACUGAGUAGCCAUUCCAGCUCCGUCCACACAGCCUUAUUAUAGAGCCGGGAUCCUCGGCUUUAAUGCGUACCUGCUGUUUGAACCACAGCUUCACUCCUUCAGUCUUGCCGCCUUUUCUUCACUCCUCUUCUUCUCCAUUCAUCCCGUCUUGGACCAUUAAAAUUGUUAUGAAUUGCGAACGACUCAAACUCCAUCUGGUAAUAUGUUGCUGCUUAACAUUCCCGUCACAUAAAACCACACACACACACACACACACACACACACACACACACACACACACACACACACACACACACACACACACACACACACACACACACACACACACACACUCAUAAACACAGUCUUUCUUUCUCGAGCAGCCAGGCCGACUGGACAGACAGCUUAUGACAUCUCCAUGACAUGUGGCUGGUCCCUUAAUGCUUCACUGCUGUACUCAUUUAAUUGUGCUGUCACUCAUAAACCAGGGAAUGAGGAGAUGGAGUAGGAGAGAGGAGAGGGGGGACCUCCAGGGGGUUCGGCAGCGGAGAAUAUCUUCUGUUUAUUACGCUUAUAUUAUCUUUCUCUUUCAAUUUCAAGUUAUAAGAAUAUGGGAAUCUCCUGCAUGCAUAAUCGCACCAUUAAAGUCGGUUCUGCCGGAGCAUUUAGUAUUCUGUUUAGUGCGUUAAGGGACUAGUUCCUGGAGGCUGUGCAGUGGUCAGCACAAAUAGAAGAUCUUUGAUUUGAACCGCCCUUGUAUCCAUGUUAUUCAGUUACAGACACUGACCUCCCCUGUAGGAUUAUACCGGGGGUGACUGGAGGCUUCUCGCAGGACAACGUUUUGUAACCUUUAUCCUUUCUGAGAUGGGAUUUUUGCUGAGUACAAACAUACUGGUUCUGCAUCACCUCACUAUAUAUUCAUGCAGCUGCAGAUAUUCCCUCCUGAGAGCUGCCCAGUAAAACCACAGCCCUCUGCUGUGUGUCACUGAGGAGAUCUAAUCUAACAAGAGUGAUGCUCACUGGUCGCUGAAGAUGGUUGAGCAGAAGCGAUAUGAUUUCCCUCCUUUCAUUUUCCAGCUGGUCCACAGUGUGAUGCUGAGGACUUUUUGUUUCCAAUACUCUCACGUCUUAGAGAUUUCUGCCUCCAGCUAAAAAAACAUGAUUAGUAAGAAAAGAACCGAGUGAAUUAUCAGGUGGUCAGAGUUCAGAUAUCUUGUGGAUUUAUUUUUCAAUAUGAAAGCAUAGAACGGCUCUGGUGAAAGUGUAGGAAUUGUGAUGCAGUGUGAAUAUAAACCGAAAUCAUCAGAGUGAAGUAGAAGGAGGGUAAAGUUUGUUAAUGUUUGCUUUCGAACAGGAAACGAAACACAAGAUUUGAGACUGAGAAAACAACUUUUUAGCUUUUUCUUUCCACUUUCAAUUUUUGUUUUUAAGCCCACCCUCUCCAUCCUCCCUAGGUGACUACAGAUCUCAAAUCAAAAUGCACAGACUCCCACACAGGCACCUCUGCCUCUGCCCCGCUGGCUGCUGGGAUCAUUGCUCUCGCCCUCGAGGCCAAGUAAGUGCUUAUCAUCAUUUUCCCGAGUCCUACCGAGCCUCACAAUUCUCUUUAGUUAUGCAGUCUCUUUCUUGCCUUUCCUAUCUGCAUAUUUUCCGGACUUUUCUGAUUGAAAUCCUUUUAUCCAAUGGAAAUUUAAAAUGUUAAAAAUACAAUUUAUGCUCAGCCGACUCAAGAUUAAACUGGCUGUAAUUAUUGCAGGGAGAGUCAUUGGUCACCUUGCACGUACUCUUAAAUAUUCCGAAAGCUCCUGCUAUCACUUUUCCAGCAUGUGGUUAGAAUUUUUAAAAUGCAAAUUGUUCAUUUAGUGGCGAGUCUACUUCUUUUCUGCUUACUCUUUUUAAACAGACCAUUUUAGAUUGAACCCAAUUUAACUGAAUCAGGCUGAAAUUGCUGGUGGUCUGAGUUUUCGCAUUAAUUCUGCUUGAUUAUCCCGUUUUAUGAGUAACUUUUUGGCCUCCCUGCCUGACAGACUUCUGCAGAGCAUUUACAAAAAAAAAAAAAAGGAAAAAAACAGCACAAUUCGAUGUAAGCACUAAUCAUUCCUAUCCAGUCAUGCAGCACUAAUGGAGGGACAAACAUGAACAGCAGAACUACUGAAAAUGAGUAAUUAGUCUUGUGGCAAAACAGAGUGAGGUGAUGGAAAAGGAUUGCAAUUAGGAACAGAUUUGAUGAGAAAAUAAUUAAGCAAAGUAACUACAUAAUAUGAUUCGUUUUGAUAAAUCUGCAAAAACAGUUUUUAUAUUGAAAGUUAAACACGAUCAUGACCUCACGUAACCCUGUCCCUUUUUCUUUUAAUCUUGUACGGCUGCAGGCUGAGAAAUAACUCGGCCAGGUUUUCUGCUUGGAAAAUAUUUGACCAAAGGGCAGAAAUUGUGCUCAAAAGCAUGUUUAAUAUGGAUUUAGUGUUGUUUAGAUAUAUGUGUUGAUAUUUCCUGAUUGUUUUCUGUGUUAAAUCAGCCGUUCACCUGCAGGUUCACACUGUAAAAGGUAUAGUCAAAAGUUUCUGUUUGAUCUGAUUUCAAAGUGGAGAAUCUCACCGUUUGUGCCUGUGCCUGUGUGUGUGUGUGUUCCUCUUCCUUUUAUGUGGCUGUGUGUGUCUGCGCGUGUGCUUGCAUAUUCACAUGUUCCAGUAAAAACCUCACCUGGAGGGACAUGCAACAUCUGGUAGUCCGAACUUCUCACCCUGCCCACCUGCUCACUAACGACUGGAGGACCAACGGGGUUGGCCGCAGAGGUAACGCAGCUCCUUUCAAGUCCUCCUCUGUGCUCUGCAGACUUUAGAGGCUUUAGAGGUUCAUUGGUAUGUUGUGCAUAUAACAAACCACAUUCUCCGAGAGGUCCCAGUCCCUGAGCUGGUCAGAAAUGUUGCACUGCAGCUAUAGAUGAGAAACAUGCUGUGUGACUUGUCUACAAAGUCAGAGCAGGCAGAGUGAGGAUGCUCCUCUCAGCAGGCAGACUUUCAUGUGUGUUCCCUCUCUUCUCUCUGCAGUUAGCCAUUCGUAUGGAUACGGUCUGCUCGAUGCCAGUGCAAUUGUAGCUCAGGCAAAGACUUGGAAAAGUGUGGGGUCGCAGCGGAAAUGUGUGAUCACCAUGGCCUGUGACCCAAGGUUGGUAAACUAAAUACACCCACGCAUACACAUUUAUACAUAAUGCUUAUUGAACUACUGUCAAGACUGUGGCCACAUGUAUGUCCACAUGUUAAAGCUAUCAUUCGUUUGGUCAAAGCUGAUGAGGACUAACAAGAGAUUUGUUCACACUAAUUUGAAUAUCACCCACCAAGAGGAAUCUGAAACUUCUCUGUAGAUUAAAUGCUGCUGAGUUCAUUUAAAGGUCUCUUACAUCAGUGACAAGCUGACAUUAUUGUGUCACUGUUUCCCUACAGCUUCCCCUUCACCCUCAAAUCAAAAAUAUUUGCUCUCUCUGCUUCUUACAUGGUUGAUGGUGAUCUCUUUGACAAAGAUAACUAGAAACAACUGUGGCCCUGCUGAUAGAUCAAGAGGGAAUUAAAAGGUCAAUUAAGUGGCAUAUUUUGGGAAUGCUCCCCUCUGUGAUACAAGUCACAGUCUGUUGCACUGAUGUACGCUCAGAACAAAAACUGAGUCCAGUGAAAUUAACUCGGUCCGAAAUCAAAUCACAUAUUAAAUUUUGCCUUUAGGACUUUACAUCUAAAGUACCAAAGGACAUCUGCCUUUGCUAGAUUCAGAGACAAACUCUCCAAAACUAUAGAUAUAACUUUAAAUGGUAAAUACAUAAACAAAUAAAUAAAUGGAAAACCCUUCAGGCAAGAAACUAAGAAGUAUUCCUCUGCCUUAAAGGCCAGAACUGCAUCUGAUAAUAUGUAAGAGAUCUGCAAUGGAAAAACACAGUAUUUACUUGCUUAAGGUAUCACCUAAAGGACUUGACACCACACCACUCACUCUCCAGCCCACACAAACUAAGAAGGAGAAAGAAAAGUACUCACUGAUCACAGAGAAACACAAACAUAUAAACAGGGAAACAUGUAAACUAAGAAGAGAGGAAGGACAAAAGAAAAGUACUCAGGAGAAUCAGGUCCAGAACAGCAGCUGGUCCAGCAGAGAAGUCUGAGGACGACUAGAGGACAAGAGGGGAGACAGACACAGAGGAAAAGAUAUCACAUCAAUACAAGAAUAAGCAUAACAGAUGCUCCACAAAUGUAUAAUUUAUUCAGCAGAUCGUUUUGUUUUUGCUCGAACUCAGUCUGUGAUUUGGCAUCUUGAUGCGAAAUGAGAAACUGACGCUAAACUAAUCUAAAACAGACUGUAGAUGUGAGAGAUGUUCAGGUUUGAUUGAGCUGUGAUGCCUCACUGCGACGACAUGUUACGUCUUCUCCGUCUUCAUCUUUAUAUCUGUACUCAGGUGUGUGUGCGUGCAGGUGCUCAGCUCAGCUCCACUCGAGCUUUAAAAGUGGAAAAAAAAUAAUUUGUCAGUUCUUGUGUUCCCCUCACCGCGAGGUUCUGCGUUUCUCCUCAGCCAUUUUAUUUCUUCCUCUUGCGGCGUCGGGGUCUAAACGCAUCCUGACAUCCUCUCUUCAUUAUGCGCUCCCUGUCACUUCUCUCGCUGCGUCUGAGCUUGCUCUCUCUUUUUACUGCAGCUGUGAGAUGCUCGGAGCAGAUGGUUCGAGCGUCUGGGAGCAGCAGUCGAGGCAGGUUAUUCAAUUUAGGUUUUUUAGGUGUUUAGCUGCCUCACUUAUCCAGAAUGACUCAAAAUAAGUCAGCAGGUAGGUGUUCAGUGUCUCUUACUGUCACUUACAUCAGUGAUUACAUCAUGGCGGCGUAUUCAAAGAGGACUAAUUUCUGAGGAGGCUGCAGACGGCAUUGAGAAAUAAUAAUCACUAUGAAUAUAUCUCCCAAUGCAAUCCAUGGUGUCUUUGUAGCAUAUGAAGAAUGAAUAACUGGAGGUUGAAGUUAGAGAGAGGGUUGUUAAUGGAUUUCAGAGUGACACAGGUUUGACGGUGAUGGUUUCGAAUUGUAUCUCUGUUUGAAAUGGAUCAGUGUUAAAGUAUGAAAUCUUCUGCAGAAAUGCUCAAAUAAGAUGGUGUAGAGCCACCCAGGUGAGCACGCAGGAUUUUUCCAACAGAAGGAUUUUCCCUGUAGUUUCAACCUUGAGUUUUUGGCCGAGAUGUGUGCACACGGGUCUGGGGGAUUUGUUCAGAACAACUUUAAUGCAGGUGACUGUUGAAAAUUUGGUGUUAUUUUACAUUGGAUUUGCCGUGUGGGUUUGGAAGCUGAGGAAUAGAUUUAUGAGGGAGAAUAAAACUCUGUCCUCUCUGAAGCGUACUCGGCUAAAGGGAUAGCAGUGCCUCAUGUUUGGCUGGCCGGCAGAAUAUUUUCGGUAACCCUGAAAAGCUUUAUUCACACCGGAUUAAAUCCCUCUUUGUGUCUCCCAAGGAUUACCGCUGUAAACAGAUUUUAUUUAAAUACCAAAUUUAAUAAAUUAUUUCAAAUGUGAUAAAUGUGUGGUAAAUUUUUCAUCAUGCACUGAACCGGAUCUGCAGGGAGCUGCUGAAUGCCAGAGAAAAAAUAUUGAACAGAAGCGAAGAAAGGAACGAGAUAAUACAGUUUGUGGGUUUGUGUGCUUCAGAUGCUGAGCAGCAAUUGUGCUAUCCAUCACCACUGAAGUGUUUCCACCUGCUGCUGCUGCUGCUACUGUAAUGUUUAUCAUAAAAAGGGUCAAAGUUGUCAUCUCUCUUUUGUUGGCUAGUUGCCUUUCUUUACUUGCUGAUUUUCCGUAGUGACUGAGUGGCAGAUCUGCAGUUACAGGUUUGACUUUUUCUCUGCGUGGGUGUGUGUGUGUGUGCGCGCGUGCUUGUAAAACAGAUGCUGUGAUUCCAGCAGUGCCACAAAUUUUGUUUCACCCAGACUUUAAAUCACUGACGCCUGUGCCGCAGCAGUCAACUGGCAAUCAUGAAUCAACUUCAGCAGCCAUUUGUAUAAAUUUCCAUUCCCCUCUCCCAGGUUUUCUGACUCUACCUCCAAACACCACAAAAUACAUAUUGUAUUAGCUUAAAAAAUGCAAAUGUGGGAUGCUGCAUCGCUGCCAAUUUGCAUCCUAAAAAAAAAAUAAUGUGGGCAGUGACUGUGUGACUGGUUGGCAUCCAGAGAAGAGCCACAGUAUAUUAAGCUUUAUACUGCCUCAAUGUUUGAUUACUACAAAGGUAACAAGUGUUUCUGUAGUCUUUAAAGGCAUCAUGAAAAAUUAACCAGAGUGAACACAGGUGGAUCGUGUCUUAAACCUGCAUGGCAGUUUCCUUCUCACCCUCAUUUUGUCUAUAAUUUAGGAACCUCAGUGUCACUAAAAGCGUGCUCCUUUCUCCUCCUCCUCAGUAUUGUUGUGGAUGCAAGUAAUCUCCUAAGCGGAUUUGGGGGAAGACUGAAAAAAAAAGGUGGAUGCUUUAUUUCCACAGAGGACACUGGGUCUACAGGUUGUGUGACAUUAAUCCUGUUCAGGCCACAAACUCCUUAACCCUGUGUCAGCUCACUCACCGGACAGGAGAAGAAUGUCACACUAACGCAGCUCUAUGAAGUGUAGCUUAUCCCAAACUCUUAGUGCUUAAAACUUUUAACAAAUCUCUCCCUCCAUCCCACUGAGUCUGCUUUUUGUCGACAGGAACAUCGGCAGCCGCUUGUCGAUCAACAAGAGUGUGGACGCCUGCUUCGGGACAGACAGUCAUGUGACCUCUCUGGAGCACGUCCAGGCCAGACUCACCCUUUCCUACAACCGCAGAGGAAACCUGGCGAUCCACCUCAUUAGUCCUGCAGGCACUCGCUCCACACUGCUCCACCCCAGGUACAAACACGCACACUCAGACACACAAACAACUAGUCAAAGUGUAUAAAAACAGACAAACAGAGAGAGAUAAAAUCACAAACUCUUAUCACUGCUUCUUGUCUUUCUUCCUGCAGGCCGCAUGACUACUCCUCCGAGGGGUUUAACGACUGGGCUUUCAUGACCACCCACUCCUGGGAUGAAAACCCGAGCGGGGUGUGGACACUAGAGAUCGAGAACGUAGCUGGCGCCAGUGACUAUGGUACACCAUCUUUGUUGUUUAUUUGUUAGGGAAAUCCAAGACAUGGCGUGACUCUGUGGUGUGUACUUGCAUAAAGAGUUCAGGGUUGUCCAAGUUAAUCAGAUCUCGUUACAGUUCAAAUUAAUAACGGGCAAAGAAAAUCAGCUAAUCCUCAAUUUGAGGAGCUGGAAAGAGGUAAUUUGGCUCUCUGAUAAACAAUUCAAUCAUGACAAAAAUUGCUUCCAGUUAUUUUUCUGUUGAUUAGAAUAAUCGUAUUUAGGAAAAGCACAACAGACAACUUUAAAAAUAACUCUUAAGAACACAGCUUGAAAAAAAGAGUGAAGCAGACCUCACAGUACCAAAACAGAAACUUGGAUUCUGAGCUAUAAAGUACCUUAUAAACAGGCUUCAAUGAUGAUAAGAAAUACAGAACACCACACCUUAAAUCCAGAGCUAAUUUUAGGUGUCUGUACACACAUAAUGUAAAUGUUAAAGGUAUGUUAAGUAGAUCUAUAGUUGGGCUUUUUUUGCUUUUAUUCAGAGGUAACAGUGGAAACAUCACCGAGCAAAUACAGGAUUAGAAAGACGAUGUUAUUAUAAUUAUGUGGACUGAAGCUUGAGUGAUUGAAGUCAGGCCGUGUACAUCUUGGCACCUAGGUUAACAGGGUGGCGUAAAUCAGUCCCACAUGAAUGUUAGCUAACACGUGAAUUAAUCUGUUGAGUCAAGUGUUCAACUCAUGGUUUUUAGGUUCAGUGCCAGCAGAUUAGAGAUCAAGGAGCUCCUUUAUUCUGGAGGUUUUGAGCUCUUGGUCUCUGUCGGCGCUGUGAAGCUGAAUCUGCAUAGCUCUGUUACAGUCAGUUUACUUAAAGCCUCCAGCUCAGUGAAGUGGUCAAGUGUGAGCUGCACUAUAAAUUCUCAUUUCUGUGUCAUAGAGAGAGGAGCAUUUGUGGUACACUUGAUGCAAAAGGCUGAAUUUAUUUCCAUGAAUUAGAUAAUUUUUUAACAUAAUUUUAACAUUUGUGAACAUCAUUGGCAUUACGGCCAUGCUUUAAAAAAGUCUGAUGAAGCUCAAGCUUCUUUUAAGUCACCCUAAGAUUAAUCAGAGCCAAUAAAGUGAUUAAAAAAACAUAUUUCAGUGAUUUUUAUCAGAUUCAAGAAGAACAUGUUUCAUACACAGGUGCAGUUGAAACACAAAACUCUAACAAAGCAAUAUAAUGCACCAAGCAGGUCUACAGGAGGGAAUAAUUUCUUUUUGUCAUCUGAAACAGCACAAAUGAUCCAACCACAAACACACAAACACCACACUCAAGAGUCCAAGGAAACUCCAGAACACCGAUCCUGAUAAACGUGUAACUGCUCCCUCCUCAGCGAGAAACCAUUUUGUAAAGUGGAACCUCUCACAAGGGCCCACAAUUCAGUGAUUCUUCAGAGAUGUUCGUUUUAUAAAACUCCUAUUAGGCACUGAGUGAAAUCAUGCUGUCUUUAAGUUGAGGCUCAUUUCCUGUCACUUUACGCAGAAAAUCUAAGAGUGGAGGAUAAGAGAGGAUACAUUUACUAAAUCCACUCUAAGGAGUGCCAGAGCCUUAAUGUUUUUGACAGCUCUGCUUUACUUUUUGGUGACUUUACUUUCUUAUCUCGAUCUCUUAUCUCUCCUCUCAGGCACUUUGACCCAGUUCAUCCUGGUGCUGUACGGUACCGGCUCAGCAACUUCCAGCUCAUCUGAGAAGGCUCAGCCCAGUAACGGCAGCUGUAAGACCUUGGACCUGAGGCAGAUCUGCAUCGGUAAGACUGAUGUCAGAAACUGUUUCCACACCUGAGGAGGAGAAGGAGGGUUUCCUGGUCAUCAGAAGGUUAAAAAUAUAGAAUAGUAUCGUAUUGAGCAGCAAUGUGAGCAGACUCGUUUGAAAGUCACACAAUUAUCUUGUUCAAACUCUUCCAGCGAACGUCAUCCUCUUAUAUCACCUCAGCGUCAGCUGCAAAUUUAAAUGAAGAUUUAACUGCAGAUGAGAUCAAAUCAAAUUUCACUUCAGGUCCUUUUUUAAUCAUCUCAUUUAAAUUUGAAUGGUGUCCAUACUGCCCACCUUCUUCCUAAUACAAAUACUGCUAUAGGCAAGGUCUCCAGGAACCCCUGACUGAGCUCCAGCACAGUGCGAGUCCACCUGCACGUGUAAAACAGUGACAGUCUGACCCCUACAGGCUGUCAGAGGUACUAAAAUACCUGCAGGCAGAAUCAAAUAUAAAAUCAUUAAAGGAACAUGUAGGUUUCAUGAUCAUGUAUGUGUGAUUAUUAUAUGGUCAUAAUGUUUCAUAGAGUACACAGAUCUGUUUGACAGCUGUAGUUUUGUGUGUUUUUAUCCAGCUGACUAAACCCUGCAGUGUGUUAGAUUUACUUAUUCAGCUCUGUUACCCCCAGCGCCCACACUCUGUUAAUUGCCUCUAAAGGCAAUGGUCUGCAUCUGGACUUGCUGCAUAUGGAGAAGGCUGUGUUGACUUAGAGAUGCUGCGCUCAGCAUAUAAAUUCCAAAGUAUUUUUUUCUUUUCUUAGUAAAAGUCGUCUCACUAAAGUGAAAAUGGCCAAAGUUUGUUUCACAUUGACAACACAUUCGACUAUCCCGGGAUCAACAUACAUGAGAGAAAGUUCAGUGGCAGCAUGUGAGCCUAUUUAAAGCUCUCUGUAUCUCAACAGUCUCUGCAGGAUUCCUGCUUCUCUGUUUUUGGUUUUGUUUGUUUGUGCGGUCUGACUCAUAUGGAAAGGUAAGACUUUUGUUUGGCUGCUAAUGUCAGUUUUGUUUCUCUGUAUUACAGAGUGCGACACUGGCUACUACCUCUUUCAGCAGGGCUGUGUAAAACAAUGUCCACCAGGCUUCUCAGUGGGCUCCCAGCCCCUCAACUACACCGUUGGAAACUCCAUACCACCAGCGUCCGUCCCCGCCUGCCUGCCCUGCCCAGCGCCCUGCCUGACCUGCAGCAGCCUCAGCAGCCUAGCCUGCCUGUCCUGCCCUCCUCACAGCUCCCUAGAUCCUGUCUCCGGCACUUGCGAGCACCUGAACCAGUACAUGCGCGAGUCCCCUGGCAGCUUUAUGGUGGGCCAGGGGGACCCCGAAUCGCAGCUUCAGCUCAGCUCACGGCUGCCCAUCACUAUCGCCGUGCUCAGCUGCAUGGCCAUCAUCGCCACCUUCGCUGGUGUCUUCCUGCUACUGCAGCUGCGCUCCGGUGCGCUCAUCAAGCUGCCUUCCCUGGAGGCCGGCGGCGGUCUCGGGGGUGGCUUCAGUCUCGGGGGUAACAGAGUGGUGUCGUACCGCGGCAUCCCAACAAUGUGGGGGGAUGACGGGGUGAACACAGACUCGGAUAAUGAAGAGUUUGACGUCCACAAUGAGAGGACUGCCUUUAUCAAAACACAAAGUGCUCUUUAAUGCCUCCACCACAUCCCUCCUCUGCCCCUGCUUUUAAAACCCCCUCCCUCUCUUUGGUCCGAUGAUUCCGGGCUGUGGUAACUGUCUCUCCACAGUCUUCUCUGGUUUUAUCUCUCAUUCUUCCUCCUCUGUCUCCAUCUUACCGGGUUUUUGUUCAAGUCCUGCUUCAGGACCUCGUCUUCCACUCUGCUGUGGUAGACCCGGCGGGAAGCAGCUGUCUCUCAGAGCUCGGGAUGGCCCCAGCUUUGCUCCGUUCACACUUGGGCGCACUUCUAUUAAACUGGCUCUCUCCCUCCUCUUGCCCUCAAUCACUAACAGAGUCUGUCUGUGCAGAGUCCAUUUCCCCCUCCAGCUUCGUCUCCUUUUUGUUACAGUAAACAACUGAUUAUUAUUUGCUUUCUUCCUCUUUUAUUCCUCUUUCCAUCAGUCUCAGUGCAGUAGCCAGACGAGAUUGUUGAAUGUGAGGAGAAGAGUGUGAGUGCACAAAUGCCUGUUUGUAUGCAUGUGAGUGUGAAUGUGUAAAUCUGAUGUAGUUUGAUGCCCUUUCUAGAGGAGCUAAAGCCGGUCCUGUCACAUUUAAUAGUGGAGUGGUAACAAAGACUUGUAAUGUGAGGCAUUAAAUCGGAUUAGGAAACACUGAUUCUCUCCAAAGUGUCAUUUAGUGACGUUAAUGUCCAAAAUCUGCCCUGAAAUGCUCCAUUUAUUCAUAGUUUUCACAUUUUUAGAGUGCGGUUUUGAAAAUUCCACAAAUCAAAAGCAUAUUCGUUGUCAGAGAAAUGUCCAGACUUGAAUGGUUUCUAAUAAUGUGUCUCUAAAACAGUCUGAGAGCUUUCUGACUGUCCGCCUUCUCUCCUUUGAGAUGGUGAAAUGUUUCAUAUUUACUUAAAAACACAAAUCUGUCUCUCACGCAGUCUGUUUUAAAUGUCUUUAGCUAUUGAUCUUUGUGGGACGAGGACUUUUGUUCUCCUAUAGUACACACGAUCGGCAAAGAUCUCUCUUAGCUCUGGCCAAACAAACGGUGAGUCACACAGCUAACAAAGCUGCCUCCAGCCUUUUGGGAUUCAAGAUGCACUCUUGGAAACUAUCAAUUCUUCUGCACUCAUAACCUCCAAACCAUCACAGGAGGAUUUCAAAAAAUCUGAUCAAUUUAAAGGAAGAAAAGGCUACUCCGUCAACCCUGAGGCACUAGCCUUCCAGGGAUAUUUAAUUUCUAUGUGUGAAGUUCUCCCAUCCCAGGCCUGAGAGAGAAGCAGCUGAAGUCCUGACGGGAACAGAACAGGAAGCGGAACAAAAAAAAUGUGAUGGAGGAGAACGAGAGCUUCUUUUCAAACAGCUGUGGGGUGAGUGUAGCUGAUUUCUUAAUGGAGCAAACACAGAAACAACAAAUCGAUGCUUUCCCUUUUUUUGUCAGUGCAAAUUAGCACAACAAGGAGUCAUUACACAUAUCAUUAAAAACGAGCGUGCGUGUGUGUGUGUGUAGGUGUGUGUGUGUCACUGCAUAUGGAAAAAAGAAAAACUCAUCUAUCCUCUGAGCAGGGGUUUCCUCUCCUCCUUCAUCUCUUUGGUAUAUCUUAAAUGCUCUUUAGAAGAUUGUGUUGAGACCCCGCUCUCUUUAGUGUCUCCGCACUUACCCUCCAGUCUUCUUCUAAUCUGAAUUUCAGAUUAUGUCUUCAGCGUACUCGCCAAUUAAUUAUAUUCAGAAUGAAUCUGCAGCAACUAUUUAUUCUGAGAGAUUUUAAUCAUACCUUUAGGGGAGAUGGUUUUAAAGUGAUUUUUCUCCUGGGCUGGUUAUCUUCUAAAAUAUGCGUCUCGUGAUUCAAUCCAGAGUAGAAAUUCUGAAUCCAUUGAUCUCUCUCCUUUUUUUUUUUUUUUUCCAUUGAUUUUCUUUUUUAUUUCCAGUCCUAAAACAAUGGAGCUUGCUGAGAGAGGUUGUCAUGGUGAUGACGUGCAUACAAAUCUGCAGCUGCUCAUCCUUUUAUCUACCUCUCAUAACAUUCAGCAAGGGUUCAUGUGCUGUAAUAGGAGCUGUUAAAUGGUUAUUGAGGGCAUAUAAUAUGUAGGUCACAUAAAACGCUUCGAGAGAAAGAUUUCGGAGGAUCAGCGUGAGAGUCAAAUUUAUGUUUUCGAAGUGAAAUAAGCAACUGCAUUUCUUAAACUGUAAAGCUGCUGUGUAGAUUCUCCACUCCUGAACCUCCUAUCUCCCCUGACAUUUAUUGCCUUUAGGAUCAGCAUUCAUGGGCUGUCACACCUGGGCUUUAAAACCUGUUGUUGAAAAUAAAAUGGGUAAAAGGAUCCAUAGAUCUUGUUGGCGUUAAAGUGCUACAUCAACUUUAAAUCAUAGGGUCCUCGUUUUUACUCAUUCGCUCAGUCGAGAUCUUUUGCUUCUUGAAUUAAUGACAAUCAAAAUAUUACCCGACAUUGAAGCCAGAAAAGGUGCACAUGCACACAAAACAAAAUCUAAUUGAACUACUUGUGUCAAAAAGCCUUCUCAGAAGGUAUUUUUAUGAAUAUUUUGAGAUAAAUGGGAUUGAAAUUGCGAAACGAACAAAAUCAAAACAGAAGAAAUUGGGGUUGAAGAUGAAACCCUAUUUGUAUGAAUCCUCUCAAACACAGCGCUGAGCAAGAAAGCGAAGAAUUCAUCUCAGCUGGAUGAUGCAGGUGCAGCAAAUGUGGCUUGUUUCAGCUGAGAAGAACUAAACAGAUUUGGAGAACCCAGCUGAGAACGUGGGUCUUAGAGCAAGUGCCCUCUGAAGCUGUGAAGCUAAUGUGGCUGCAGUAUAAUGAGUGUGUGCUGCAUCACUCUGUGUGAUGUACAUUAGUGCCUACUGCCAUUUAGGCUGUUAUUAGCCUCAGUUUAAGGAGGAUGCUAAUCUACAAAAUAAGUACAGCUCCAGACUUGAGCCACUGACUCCUUAUUGACUUCCCAGCGUGGUGUGGAGUGUGUAAACAACAGAUUAUGGGCUGAUGCGGCGCUAAAAUUGCUUUCUCGAAACUGAAAUUCAGGACGCUCAGUUAGCUUUUUUUAAUCAGAACUAUAAAGUGGAACUCGUAUUGAUUUAUUAUGCUUAGUCAUGUCUACUUAUUCAAUUGUCCAUCUUCCCUUCCAGUAGAUUCACACUGCUUCCAGAAAAACUAAAGCUGCCCUCAAGUGAAACACUUUGGGGUGUUUAUCAAACUUUCUGUUACCCCUUGAGUGCACACACAAAAUGAUUUAUUCAUUUUGGCUUCAUGUUGCAUCCACCACAGCCUGAAAACUCAAAAGUUUAAACUGAUUAACUUGGAGCUUUGUGCAUUCAAGUGUUCAACUUUUAAGGAAAGCGUGAAUGCAGUCUGCAUUAAGUAGCUGGUGCUUCCACAGCACGGUGAGCUGCUGAAAACCAUUAGUAGCUGGCUCACUCUUUCGCUGCAAAGAUGUGAUGAAAAUGACACACUAAAAAAAGAAAAGAGGGACGCUAAUUGUGCCAGAUAGCAGCUCGUCAUUAAAAUGCUACCACUUCACUGGCACAAAAAUAAGAAGCCUCUCCAUGAAAGUAACAAGAACAUUGCUAAAAAAAAAAAAAUCUGCAAAUUGUCUCUUUUGGUGAUAAAGAAAAGAGUCACCCGUGGGGAGAACAGAGGCUUUUUCUUUAUACAGCCAAAUUAUUUAAAGCUUGAUGUUGCUUCAUUCCUGCCUUAGGAUAUAGUCUGAAGUGAUCAAUAUGAAGUUGAAUGGAGUAAAUAGGAGCAAUAUCUUUGGCAUAACCAAAGACAAUCAUGUUAAUGCUGUCUGUUUAGUGUUACAGCGUGUUGCUUUCAGGUUUUCACAGUCCAUCAAGCACUUCACUUGUGUUCAGAGUGUUUUGUUGACAUAAUCCUGUCAUCUCUGCCUUUAUUUUGAAGACCUGCAGUGACAGCUUGUCUGUUCAGCAGCAGUGGAGGGAGAGCUAGAAUGUAUCCCACCUCCAUUAACUUAAAGGGCUGAAUCAGAUCUGCGUGUGUACAAAUGCUUGUUUGAGUGUAAAUGAAACACUUUAAAGGUGUGGGCGAGGUCGGUCAAGACUCUGAUGACCUCUUCACGCCUCUUGUUGAGGUUCCUGGCCUGUGGCUGCAUACAGUACCUUACAGAUUUGUGACCUAUGAAUAAUGUACAAGAAUGACUAUCUUACAUGGGACAAAACUCUAUUACAAGGCCUAUUUUUGUACUAUAUGAAUGGUGCAGUGUAAUUUUCUUGUAAUUUAAAGAUUUUUUUGCUCUUGUUUUUUUCUCCUUUUUAUUUAAUUGAUGUCAAUUAUAGAUUCUACUAAAAAUAAAGAUCUAUGCAAAUUUGAA